AUGUCAUUCCUUGUGCAUAUUGGAAGAAAAUUAACUUACGCAAUUGUGGAGAAGAGAGGUGGGUCAUGCCAUGAAGGGGAAGGACCACAGGUCAGUGAUGGAGCACCUGCUUUGCAUGCUGAAGUUCCCAGGUUCUAUACCCAUCCAGGAUCUCCAGGUAUGGCUGGGAGAGACUCCUGUCUGAAACCCUGGAGAGUCACUGCCAGUCAGUGCAGACAAUACUGAGCUAAAUGGAUCAAUGGUCUGACUCAGUAUGAGCAACAGGGGAUUAUUCCCACCCGGUUCCUCUACAGCAGUGGUUUCCAACUUUUUUUUGGCCAUGCCCCAUCUAUGACAUAUAAUUCUUAUUAUUCAAAAAGUGAACUCCUGUUCACAUGGAGGAAGCCUAAAAGGCCAUUAACUUGCUCUAAACAAGCUUCCAAAUUGCCCCCCUGUGGAGCGUGUGCCCCACGUUGGGAACCACGGCUCUACAGCAAAGCCUGUUUCCUGCCUAGUCCAUUGCCUUUAUUGUGAGCAAAUCUUUACUCACGAGCAGGCUAUUUACUCACAAGAAGGCCUCCCUAAGAGACAAGGGACUGACUACUGCCUCCACUGCGGGGACACCAGUUGCUGGGAAUGGGAAGUGCGAAAAGUGCUGCUGGUACUUUCCCCAAAGAAUCUUGUUGACCAUUGUGAGAACAGGAUGCUGGACUAGAUGGGCCUUUGGACUGAUCUAGCAGGCUCUCCGUAAGUUCUUACAUUAGUGUAACACACACUCCGGUGCUUCCCAUUUAUUAAUAGAUGACACUGGUAUAAUUAUUGGAAUGCUAUUCAACAAUAGUAGUUCAGUUACGCUCCUGCAAGUUGCAGCGGUGGUCACCAGCUUGAAACAGCUUCCAAUAGCUACUGCCCAUGAUGGAGAUGUUUUCCAUCCAAAGUCAGAGGCAGUAGGUUUCUGAAUCCCAGCUGCCGGGAAUCACACGAGGGGAGAGUUGCCUCUGCACUCGGGGGCUUCUUGUGGGCUCCCCGUAGGCACUGGGAGGUUGUGCAUUGGGAGAGCAAGAUGCCGGAAUAGAUGGCCCUUUGGCCUGAUGCAGCAGGAAUCUUCUUUUUAGGUUCUCCCUGGCAAAAGGGCCACUUCCUCUCCUCUUGCUCUUCCACCUCUUGCAUGCUGUACAAUUCACAUGUACUGAAUGAGUGCAUCACAUUUGCUUCUUCUGAACAUUGCAUAGACUCUUCCACGUUGAUUGGGGGCCCUGUAUUCACAGUCUCCACCUUCAGUCUUUCCUCUUGGUGGAGUAGGGCAGUCAGUGGAGUUGGCAGGACUGUUGGGAGGGCUCAUGUUCACAACCCGCCUCCCCCUCAGCAAGUUCCUUGAAUGCCUGGGGGAAUCAUUUCUGCAUAAGGCUUAUGGUUGCUUCUGGAUGACCUUUUCGUUGAGCAUUCCAUCCUGGCUUGUUUGCCCACGAAGUUUGUCAGGGGGUUAGAUGCCCUUGGCUGUUUGUUGAGGAUUCAUUCUGAUUUGUUUGCCGGCGGGGGCAAUUAGAUGGCAUUGCUAUCCGACACUUUUCAGGGCAUUUUCUAUAUUCUAAUCACAAAAAAUGAUGCAUUUAUUGUGCAUUAUCAUCAAAUCAUGAUUAGUUGAACAGCCUGAGUUUGCCAACAAGUGGCUGGAUCUCACCCCCAAAACAGUGGUAGCUAGGAACGGGUGGAUCUGUCAAUUCUGGUUUCUCAUUUAUCCAGACAGGUGCAGUUCUCCACAUUCCCACAUCAGUUUGAUAUUUGCUUUUUAAAUAAUGAAGCAUCUUAGUGUAAUUUUCUCCCUAUAUGCAUAUUUUUGUAUGCAAUUUAGCCUAAUAUACACAUUUUUCAAAAACAAUUCCUCCUCAUAUACUGCAAUUGUGAUAUAUUAUUUUCACUAAUGUAUGCAUGUAUAUGUACAUUUUGCCCUCAUAUAUGUAUUUUUCUACACAUUACUUGGCUGGAGUACUGCACUGCAAAAUUUGGAAAAGUAUGGAUUUAGGAUGGCUGUGUUUUGAUUCAUGUGUUUUUUUGGAAGGUACGAAUUAGGUAGGUUUGCCUUGUAACACAAGUCAAAAUGAAUUCCACCUCCCACCGCACACCAUCCCUAAUGACAGUCUGGAAGUGCCCUUGGUCUUCAAAUUCCGCAUCACCUUCUGUGACCUCUAUUCAGAUACUUAGUGAGAGCCUGCCUUUAGUUUUGUGCAUCUCACUAUGACAGGCUAGACCAGCAGUUCUGCGUGAACUUCUCUCAUGAACCAGUAGGUUGCUGCCUUUCUGGCUGCCGCUGCUGCUGCUUAAACCUUGCGUACCCUUCUCGUUUGUGUGUGCAGGGCAGGCGGGGACUUUGCAACAGGUUGCAUCCUCUCAGCAUGUGCCCUCCAGACAGGGUGGAGCAAAGACUGCCGGGAGCAGGUGAGCGGCGGUCUGAGCAAACGUCUGCUGAAAUUGAGUGGGCACUAGAGUGAUGACAAGGAAAGCCUUGCUGCACGGCGGUUGCCCGGCAACAGAAACGCCUGAUGCCAGAGAAGUGGGAGAAGGAGGAGGGUGCCAGGGAGAUGGAUGGGUUUUUCUAAUACAACCGCCAGAGCGUAAACUGUGCGGUUUGGGAAGGAAAAAGAGAGGCGCUGGUCUACAUAUCAAUAACAACUCUGGUACAGGAAGCCUGAGCUUGUCGGGCUCGGUGUGGGUUUCCCUGAUGGGUUGAGCCGCAGGCUGUGAGGGGCUCCCUGAUUGCCAGGCUUCUUUUAUGGCGGCUUAUUUUUGACAGUCACUGUUAAUCAUUAUUGGUGCCGAUAAACAGCAACACCACAAUCGGAGCCAGGCCUGCCUUGGGCGGCAGAUUUGGGGAGGCUGUGAGAGGCCACCAGAAUGCCCAUUAUUUAGUUUAUUUUACCCUGCAGUGGGUGUCAGGGGAAGGAAGCAGUUUUGGGUUUUCUGCCCCCAGGCUCCAAAAUGCUACUGAGCAAAAGUGCAAAGUGAGAGACUGUGUAGUGUUGUGGUUAGAGCGUCCUUCCCCACCACCCAGUGCCCUCCAGAUGGGGAUGGGAGAGAUCGUCAGGUCGCAUUUAAAGUCAUAUCUACCUAAUUUCCACUUUCUGGGGACCCCCACCCCAAAGAACGCCAUCCUUUGACAUUUGCAUUUCUCCAGAUUUUGCAGUGCUCUUCUCCAGCCAAGUGAUGUGUACAGAAAGGCUGGAGAAUAAGGUAUGCACAAGAAUGCAUAUAUUCUUGAUGACAGCAUACAAAAAAAAAAGCAUUAGGGAAAACCAUAUUGAAAAAUGUAUACAUUAGGAAAAAGCACACUAAAAUGUUGAUGAAUUUUCAUGAUGAUUAAAAGAAAAACACAAGCAAACAUUUAUGGAGACGUGGGGAACUGAAUUUAAGAUUGGAAAGGAGAUAAACUGAAGUGGACAGAUCCUUCCACCCCCAUUUCCCAUUAUUGUUGGACUGCGACCCCAUCCUCUCUGAGCAUUGACUAUUCUGGCUGGGGCUGAUGGGAAUUGCGAGUCCAAUAAUAUUGGGAGGCCAGCAGGUUGGGAAGGCUGGAGCAGCACCUUCAGGGACAUGUAAUAGGUGGGCAUCCUAAAAAGCAGAGACAUCACCUUGCCAACAAAGGUCCGUAUAGUUAAAGCUAUGGUUUUCCCAGUAGUGAUGUAUGGAAGCGAAAGCUGGACCAUAAAGAAGGCUGAUCACUGAAGAAUUGAUGCUUUUGUAUUAUGCUGCUAGAGGAGACUCUUGAGAGUCCCGUGGACAAGAAGAUCAAACCUAUCCAUUCUUAAGGAAAUCAGCCCUGAGUGCUCACUAGAAGGACAGAUCGUGAAGCUGAGGCUCCAAUACUUUGGCCACCUCAUGAGAAGAGAAGACUCCCUGGAAAAGACCCUGAUGUUGGGAAAGAUGGAGGGCACAAGGAGAAGGGGACGGCAGAGGACAAGAUGGUUGGAUAGUGUUCUCGAAGCUACCAGCAUGAGUUUGACCAAACUGUGGGAGGCAAUGGAAGACAGGAGUGCCUGGCGUGCUCUGGUCCAUGGAGUCACGAAGAGUCAGACACAACUAAAUGACUAAACAACAACAACAAUAGGUGGGAAAGGAAGCUCAUAGGAACAUGUUGUUUGGUGGUUGUGGGGAGGGGAUAAUUCAGAGCCACCUGAGUAGCCAUUGCUGGAGACGGCUUCUAGUGUGACUUCACAGGGCCGUGGUCAUGCUCUUAGAGCAGGAAUGGAAAAUCUGUGUCCUUCCAGAUGUUUGCUGGACUACAACUUCCAUAAUUCCUUGACGUUGAGCAUGCUGAUUGGGGCUUAUGGGAAUUGGUGUCCAGCAAUGCCAUUGAACUACAACUCCCAUCAUUCCUGGCUGUUGGGCAUGCUUGGCUAGGGCUGAUGGAAAUUGCAGUGCAACAAUAUCCGGAGGCCACUGCAUUGGGUUAGAGUCCCAGACUAGGGCUAAAGAGACUCAGCUUUCAAAUCCCCAUACAGACAUGAAGCCCACAGGAUAACUUUGGGCCUAUGGAUACAUCGCAACUUUACCUACCUCUCAGGGUUGUUGUGAAAAUAUAAAAAGGGGGAAAGGGGAAGAGAGAGUGUGGGGAGGAUUGCAGCCCAAGUAAGGCAGUGAUGUAUGGUGGCUAGCGUAGACUAAGGCCAGGAAGACCCAGAUUCAAAUCGCCUCUUUGCUGUGAAGUGCACUAGCUAGGUGUCUGCUUGGGCCGCUCAUUACCUCUCAGCCUAAUCUACUUCAAAGGGUUGUUGUGAAGCUGAAAUAGAGGGAGGAGAACCAUGCGCACUCCUUGAGCUGCUCGACAAGCAUGUGGAAUACUGAUGUAAUAAGCAAUCCAAGCCAUCUGACAGCUAGGGAGCAGGAGUAGGGUCAGCCCUUCGACAGAAGCAAAAUUAUUGCAUUGAUUUCCCACUCAUCCUCCUAUGAGCUUUGGGGCAAGUGAACGUUAUCCCUCACUUUAUCCCUGCCUUUCAAUCAAAUGAUUCUCAAGGCAGUUUACAAGCAACUGGUUGCAAUAAUACAGAUGGGAGGCCAGGAUUCAGAUUUCCACUCAGCCGAGAAGCUCACUGGGUGACCUUAAGAAAGCCACUGCCUCUCAGCCUAACCUACCUCACAAGAUUAUGGAUUAAAUGGGGAGGGGGAGAAGUAUGUGUGCCACCUUCAGCUCCUUGAAGGAAAGGCGAGAUGUUGUCAUCGUCAUCAUCCCUGGCUAAUGGACGGGGCCAGAGCCCUUUAGUUCUGCAAUGACAGGGCAACAGGCAGUGGUUUCUGGUGGUGUUUGGGGAUGGGACGCCAGCUCCCUGCAGCUGCUCCUUCUCUGACUUUAUGGUUGGCACCAGGGUGGGCUUCCCCUGCCGUGAUGUUCCUCCUGGGGGGCUGGGGAUGCAGCUUCUCAGUGGCCCUGGCCCCACAGAUGAUGAUUAAGGCCAGCAUGUGUGUCCCUUCUGCUUUCCAGUCCCCAGGGCUAUGGGUAGUUGCAGCCACAUAUGUCUUUUCCGGCAAGGAGGUGGGGAAGUAACCAACACCAGCUUGUGGGAGGAAACCUAGCUUUUCUUGAUCUGUGUUGAAAGGCGCCUAGUGCCCCAAACCGGGGCUGGGGUCAUGGCAUCUUCAAAACCUCUGAGCCAGCACCAGGCCUGGUAGGCACAGAUGCCUUUCCCACCUGUUGCCAGCUGAACCGCAGUGUCCUUAAUUAGCAAAAAGAGAAUGGUAGGAAGGCGGGUGGGGGGACCCGCCCCAACAAGAGUGCUUGGGGUGGAUGUAGGGGAGCUGCCCCAAAGCCACCGCAAAGAUAAGAGGGACCGCCCGCAUAUGUGAUUUAUCUGUAGCCCUUUGCUAGGGGUGGCUGGUUCAGCAACCCCCUUGCUCACUCCCAUUGCGCUUCCCUCUUUGCAGUUUGGGAGCAGCACAUUCUGUCUUAAUUAGCUGCUCAUAUUAAUCUGGCAAAUAAAAGCAGCCCCCGUGCUUUCAGGCUGCUAGAUUAAUUAUUCCCCAAGUGCAGGACUGUCAAAGGGGGGGGGAGGCAGAGAAAGAGAGAUGGUGGGGGGAGGAAGUUGGGUUUGUGUAGAGGGGGGCAAAAAAGUCGAGGCAAAAAAACACUCUGUGUUGGCUUGCCGUGUGGCUGAAUGAAGGGCAGAGUGUGCAAGGGACAGGGAGAAAUCUGUUCCAGUUUACAUUCCGAAGUGAAUCUGUCUUAAUUUUCACUUUCUAAAGCAACGGGUGAACCGAAACACAGCUAUCCUUGGAAAUUCACACCUCUCUGGAUUUUGCAAUGCAGUUCCCCAACCAAAAAACUGUGUACAUUGGAGGAAAGAGUAUAUAAAAAUGUGUGUGUGUAUCAGUGAAAAUAAGCCACUCAGAUGUCUCAUACUACAGGAAAUUGGUUGCAGAAAUGUGCCUAGGAGGAGAAACACACACUAAAAUGCUGGUGAAUUUUGUGAUAAUUUUUUUUAAAAUUGCAAACUGAUGUGGAAAUGUGGCAAACAUAACUUAAGGUUGGAAAAAUGAGAAAAGGAAAGGAACAGAUAGUGACAGGUCUGUCCAUCCUUAGUGAGUGUACAGACAACUGCUGCGAAGUUUUUCCAUCUUAUAGGACAGGGCUGUGGAACCCCAAGUCACUAGGCUGGUUGUGGCCCAUGGCAUAUUUCUGUCUGACCCAUGCUCUCACCACCUCAGCCAUAAUCUGCUACAUUUCCAUGCUGGGAAGAGAGGAAAAGAAUCCUUAGGGGGUCAGCAGGUGAGCAGCCAUGGGUCAAAUCUGGCCUAAAAAGGCAGGCAUGGGGAACAUUUUUCAACUUCAGGGCUGCAUUAUCUUCAGGGAAAACCUUCUAAGGGCCACAUGCAAGGAGUGGACAGGGCCAGGGGAGAAAGUGGGUUGAAUAAUGGAUGUGAAUGUUAUGUGUAUAAACAACAACAGCAACAAUAUAAUCUACGAGCGGGAGUGCCUGGCUCUGCCUAGGAAUUUGUAGAAACUAAAAAAAAAAUGUGAUUUCUAAAUGGAUAGUACAAUUUGGGAGUUUGGACCCAUCACGCUGAAAGCUGGGCAAAGUCACACCAAAGUGUGUCACAAGUAAAAAUAAUGUUUUCCUUCCUAUUUUUUGUACGGGUUGUGCUGCUGUUUAUAACUGUCUUUAUCUAUUUUUGCACAACAGUUUUCUUCAAGUUCUGUUGCUUGGGGGAAGCAGGAGGAGGAGGUAUUCAGCUCAGAGAUUCCACACAAACUUUGCAUCAUAUACACUUUCCAGCAUACAUCUGCAACAAUACGGGCUAUAAACUUUAAAUUAUUUUCUUUCUUUGUAGAAAGGAAAGGAAAGAAUGACCACUGCGAUUUGCAGGGAGCUGAGCAUCACAGCCACUUCUCUGCUUGCCUUGAACUGCUAUAUACAGAACUAUUUUUACCUGGGUCUAGCCAUUCAUCUGGUCCUCACUCCUCCCUGUAGGCUCCAGUCUCCUUCCCUCCCUUCCCUGUAUCGUCAGUCCCAUCUCUUCCUAUCUAUUUAAUCUGUCUAUCUGUGUAGCCUUCCUUCCCAAGAGCCUACCACACGGCCUUCUGCUGUUCUGCCUGUCCAAUCCCAUUUACUCUCCCCGUAUUUCUGCAAAUCUCCUUUCAGUUUGUCCCAGGUGGUUUCCUUGAUCUGGGCAGACACGGAGCAGGCCAGCUCACACAUGGCUGCUGUACCUUGGCAUAAACCCACGGGCAGUUCCUGACUCACACACGCACAUGUGCCCCUGCUUAUAAAUAUACCCUUCAACAUGUAGACUCUGGCAAGUUUGUACACAUACAGUGCUCUGCGUGCACGUAUAGAGCUGCUCCAGGUUUUGUGCUUUUUCUUAUACAAUCCUUGAUAUAUCGAAAGCCCUGAUCAAGUCUGGAAUUGUAGAAUCCAGUCCAGCAUCCUCUUCUCCCAGUGGCUAACCUUUAGAUCUAUGCACAACACCAAUUAUCUAUGCUUGUGACUCUCAACAACCGGAAUUCAGACACCCACUGGCUCUUAUACGGAGGUAGUAUAUACGCAUCAUAACUAGUAGUCAUUGAUAGCCAUAUCUGCCAUGAAUUGGUCUAACCCCUUUGAAACCAUCUAAGUUGGUAGCAUACUGCCUCUGUUACUGCAGGAGAGUAGGUGGUCUCCUGGAAGGCCACACUAAAUUAUGGACCUUCCUCAUUCUGGCAAGCAAACGAGGUUAUAAUAAGUAUUUCAGGUUUGACUACAGACAACGACUGAUUUAUUGAUGCAUGACCAUGCACCCGGGCAUCACAGUGACCUGGAAGGGGCUGUGAAAAGGGGCAGGACAGGGCAGGGUUGGGUGGAAGAAGGCAGAGUAGGCUUGUGUGCAUUCUGCUGUCGCACACGCUGACCCAGAACGUGCCCCCGUGCAAAUCGGGGAUUGCCUGUUUGUGACAUUUUAGCAUAGAGCAACCUUUGCCAAUCUGAUGCCCCCCCCCCAAUGUUUUGGACCAUUGCUCUCGUCCUAGCCAGUGCUGAGGCUAGAUACUUUCCUGUUCUUCAGUGGGGUUCCAACUUCACACUAGCAGUUUAAACGGCAACUUCUUCUUUUUUAGCAAGAUUUCUAAUGAAAAGCUGAAGACUGCAUUUCAGCUGCCUAUAUUUUUUUAUUUUUUAUUUGGUUAAAGCUCAAAGAUAAACAUAUGCAGUCAGAAGAGAGCAGCACUGAAUUCAAUAUAAUUUACUCCUUGGAGCCUAUAACCUUAAUGAAUUGGGUAUUGUGUUAUGUAAUGCUUCUCUUUUAUUUAGGAAUUUAUUAUUGCAUUGAUAUCCCACUUUUCCUGUAUGCAACUCAGUAUGACCCCUGGGCUCCCUUCCAGCUCUAUGAUUCUAUGUGGCAUACAUGGGGUUGCAUCCAACUAGUUUUUACUCAGAGAAGACCCACUAAAAUUAAUGGACCCAAGUACUAAAGGUAAAGGUACCCCUGCCCGUACGGGCCAGUCUUGACAGACUCUAGGGUUGUGCGCUCAUCUCACUCUAGAGGCCGGGAGCCAGCGCUGUCCGCAGACACUUCCGGGUCACGUGGCCAGCGUGACGAAGCUGCUCUGGCGAACCGGCACCAGAGCAGCACACGGAAACGCCGUUUACCUUCCCGCUAUAAAGCGGUACCUAUUUAUCUACUUGCACUUAAGGGUGCUUUCGAACUGCUAGGUGGGCAGGAGCUGGGACCGAACGACGGGAGCUCACCCCGCCGCGGGGAUUCGAACCGCCAACCAUGCGAUCGGCAAGUCCUAGGUGCUGAGGUUUUACCCACAGCGCCACCCACGUCCACAGCGCCACCCGCGUGGACCCAAGUACUACAUAGCCAUUAAAGUCAAUGGGUUGUGGUCUGAGAGUCCCAGCUCUUCCUUGUCCCCAGUUUUAGUCACAUUCUGGGCUUUCCUAAGUCACAGGGACUCCAGGUCACCCUUGGAGGAGGAAUCCUCCAGCUGAGACAUAACACAGGGUAGUUACCAGCAAUAGCAGCCGGGCAGCUGCCUGGUGAUUCCUCUUAUUGGCACCAGCCUUCGUAUUAAGUUGGGGCGGAAGGAGGGGAAGAGCCCUCAGAAGAGAAAUUAUUUAUUCUUUUUCAUGUGACGCUCACCUAAACCGAACACAGCAAAAAUUAAUCCCUUUCGGAAGGUGCUCUUCCGCCCCUCGAAAAGCGACAAGCUUUUUUCCGGGCCGCUGUCCACCUGGAUGCGGUCUAGCUGGGGAAAGACUGACAAGCUCAAUUAGCUUCACAACUCGGGAGCCAGUGGAUUAAGUGUUUGCUGGGGUGAUUGACAGGAGCUGGUGGAAGCGCAGGCGUCCGUGGAGAGAUGGGCUGUCUGGAUGCCUGACGGAGGGGUCAGAUGCUGACCCAGGGAGAGGCAGCGCGGGUGGGCCUCACAAAGUGGUGUGUGUGUGUGUGUAAUAUGGUUGUUGAGGCCACUUGUGUGGCACUGGCAGCUCGACUGAGAGACUGACAACUCAGUUAGCAGAACUAAAAUAGGGUUUUCUUCCCACCCCAAGCUGCAGCCUCACCAUAUUUUACUUUUUGGGGUGCAGUAAAUCAGUUAACCCCAUACAGGCAGAAAGGGGAUCACACUAAGGUGACCCGUUUAUCCUGAUUAUUCAUCCUAAUUUGCUUGCACAAGGUUUUCACUGAGGUUAGGUUAUACAGUGGUACCUCUGGUUAAGAACUUAAUUCAUUCCGGAGGUCUGUUCUUAACCUGAAACCAUUCUUAACCUGAGGUACCACUUUAGCUAAUGAGGCCUUCCGCUGCUGCCGCUGCACAAUUUCUGUUCUCAUCCUGAAGCAAAGUUCUUAACCCGAGGUACUACUUCCAGAUUAGCGGAGUCUGUCACCCGAAGCCUUUGUAACCCGAGGUACCACUGUAUCUGGUCUUUGCUGAGCAUUUGUUCUGAUUCGCUUGCAAGGAGGAUAUAUAAAACAAUGAGCAUCCAUCUUGAUUUGAUUCACGGGGUGUUUACAUGUCUUCCCAUUAAACAUUCAUCCAUCCCUCACUUUUCGGUGUAUUUCCCAGUCACUUUCUAAACUGUAAGAAGUCCAGUUCUUUUUAAAGGGGGUUUUAAAAGGGGGUAGGGAGCCUCCAGACAAUGGGGCAGUAUUCACGUUGACCCAUGAGGCCAUUUCCCCCAAACCACAUCCACCUGUCCAUUGGCUGACAUCACUAGCAACAUCAUCUGAAGGACAAGAGGCCAAGCUUACAUCCUGCAUUGGCUGCACCCAGAGCUUUUUUUCUGGGGGGGGGGGACUCAGGGGUAUGCAUACCCCCAAACAUUUUGUGAAUCUUUGUACUUUUGUCCAUUUACUGUAUUUCCCCCGAUUUGAACUAUAAAAUGGUGAUUUUCUUGAGUCAAAAUGAGAGUACCCCUAAACUUUUUUUUUAAAGAAUAAAAAGCACUGGCUGCUGUACCUCUUCCCAGCAGCAGAGGUUAAAUCCUGCUCAAUUCAAAAAGAUUCAUUCCAACUCCUCCCUGAUUCAAGAAAAGGUUUUCAUUGGAAUCCCUUGUUCAAACAAGGGGGCGGGGGGAGCUUUUGUUUUAGCAGUGUUUUGCAAGGUGGUUUGAAGUCCCGACUUCAGUGCAGCUUGUAGGUGACUGACAGGCAGCCACAUAGCAUGGGUUCUUGACAAUGGUUCCUCUGGUUUUCAGACAGAGAGUCUUUCCCAGCCCUACCUGGAGAUGCAAUACCUUCUGUAUGCCUUCGCCUUGCUUCAGUUGCUGCUAAAUCACAGGCAACGGGAUCAAGCAGGGCUGUCCAGUAGCUCUGUGCUAAGCUGUGGGCAUAGGCAAGUGCCCAACCAUGCUGACCACUGACGCCAGCCCCAAAUGUGCACAUUCGUCACUUCUUGUCGUGUUUUUCAUCCUUCAAAGUGCAGCAGCCAGGAAUGGGAACUGGCUCCCAUCAAAAAGCAUUUCCUUUUGAGGGCCCUGCAGGGGCAGGCAGACAUUGUGAGCUGGAUGCGCGGCAGGUCACAUUUUUUUUAAGGCACCCUUGGAUGUUGCAUGCACCAAGCAUGUAAAUUUCCACAGCAAAUGGAAUGCAACUUUUAUGCCCCGGUGUGGAAUCAAUGUGCCGUUUGCAUAUUGAUUUUAUUGUUGCCGUUUUCAUUCCCCCCCCAUGCCCUCCCCACCCUUAGUUAAUAAGCUGUUUUGAGCACACGUUGGAAAAUGUGGUGUGUAUGUUUUAAAAGCAAAUGAAAUGAAACAAAAUCUGGUCAUGCUCUCUCGUCCAGUUGUUUUCAGACUUCUUUUAAAUUGCAAAUUCCUAUCUUUAAUUCAUCCUUUCCCCAUCAGCUUGUCUUCUGGAAAUGCCAGGGAUUGAACCUGGGACCUGCUGCAUGGAAGGCAGAUGCAAAACCAUUGAUCUAUGGUUCUGAGUAGACUUUUGAAUAACUACAUGCAGAAAUGAUGCAGAAUUCAACUGAUCUAUUCAUGGCUAGUAUAGUACUUGGUUUCAAGGAUGCUCACCAUCCUAUCUGCUUUCCUCUGGAUGAGAUGCAGUUUGUCAAUGUGUUGCCCCAAACUACACACAGUACUCCAGAGGAUGCUGGGACAUUUUCUAUGGGAUACUCUCAGGCUGGAGAAAGUCGAAUAUGAUUUCAAAGUGCCAUUGCUGCUCAGAGAGAAUGCGUUCGUACCCUUGUUGCUUUUGGUCAAACAGGUUACGUAGGUCCUGAAUUCUUAAUAAUAAUCUUGCACAACAUGUUUGAGCAGAAGCGAGGAAAGCUUUCAAACCACUCUGAAGAAUUUGUUUCUUUUCAUGAACUGAAGGUACACCCUGGGACACACACAUUCCGCAUCCCCCCAUCAACUGCAAAUUCCAAGAGAAGAUUGGUGGUGGGUGGAAAAGCCAUUCAGCCCCCUCCCCAGUGUAAGCUGGUGAAACGUGCUUGCAACACCCCAAUUCUCAUACAAAAGAUUGCUUCCCUCCCUCCCCACACUAUGACGCAUUGCCAGCAAUUCUACUCCAGCUGCGGUCUUCGUUUACUCUACCGCAGCCUGUCCUCCUCUGAUGUAUAAGUCAAGUUAUUUUUAAAAUAUUUUUUGUUAAGGAUAUAUUUGCAAAAAAACAAACAAACAAAAAACUGGUGUGAUGCAUGCAAGCACUGCUCCCAACACCCCUUUCCUGCAUGUUCCGCCCCAAGUUUCCUGCUCUAACCCAAAUGCAAUUGAGAUGUGGGGAAGGGCUGUAGCUGGGUUGUAGAACUUCUGUUCUGCAUGCAGAAAGUCACAGGUUCAGUCCCCUGCAUCACUAAGUAGGGCUGGGAGAGACCACUGCCUGAAGUCCUGAGGAGCCACUACAAGUCAGUGUAGACAAUACUGAGCUAUAUGGACCAAAUGGACUGAUUCACUAUAAGGCACAUGCCUAUGUUUCAGGGGGCAAGAGCAAGCCAGAAGUCUGUUUGAGGACAGACUGCAGCUGCAGCUCAGCAGUAUGCAACCACUAGAAGCCCCAUCAGCACAAUGAUGUCUGCCUGUGCAACAGGACUUUCCUCCCACUAUGGAGGGCUGGGAGAACCCACAGAGCAGAUUUAGGAGGACUCAAGAGAGGAGAGGGGGCAGCCCCAUGUUGCCAGGGCAAAUCCUUGCACUGAGAAGCUUACUUACUGCUACUUCUGCUUUGCAUGCAGAAGCUCCCAGGUUCAAUCCCAAGCAUCUCCAGGUAGUGUUGGGAGAGACCCCUGUCUGAAAUCCUGGAGAGCUUCUGCCAAGAGUGUAGGCAAAACCCAAUGUUCUGCUUUCUGUGUUCCUAGAAGCCUCUCCACAGUUGGGAAUGGUGUAAUAUUAUGUUGGGAACUUUCCUGAGAUUUGCAAGUAUAGGGCGGCAUACCGAAUGAGUGAAUGAAUAUUAAGAGUUUCAAGUCAUGCAGAGACUUCUAUGUGCUUUCAUCCAAACACGCUCCAAAGACCUCUUCAGACCUUUGUGCUCAACCAAGAACAGCCAGGUCCACACAUGUAGAACAGGGACAUUUGGGGGGCGGGGCGCACAACCACUUUUGCUCCCUAUACACUUUCCACCCACAAAUGUUGUUCGGACGCACUCAGACAAGACUGCCAUUUCUCCACAAUGGGUUUUCCAGAGUUCUAAAUCACACCUCAUCAGUUGCAGCACUGCCAACUCAGCGUCCAUGUGUGAGCUGUGUGCAUAUCUGCGCUAGAGGCAAGGUGCACUACCCACCCUGCCCGGCUGAGAGAUUUCAUUUCUAAAGACCCUGGGGAGGGAGCUGAAUCUUGAAGAAUAACCAUACCAGCAGCUCAGCUGCAAGAAAAUUUUUAACAAGAGUAUUCCCAGAAGCCCUGAGCGGUGAUUCACCAGGGACAGGUUCCAGAAAAUAGGGAUCACCUCUCAUAAAGAGGAGUGCAGUCAGAGUACACGUGAGCUGUCUUUUCUAAGAAGGCUUUUCAGCCCUCCUGAUGGUUUCCUUGGGGAGUCUUCUGAUCAGCUCCCAAGGAGCCCAUAGCUGAGUAGUUGAGAACGUGUUUUGCCUUCAGAAGGUGCCAGGUUCCAGCUGUCUCCAGCUAGGAGAAAGGAGCAGGAAGCAGGUGACCCUGAGGAGAUGCUGCCAGUCUGUGUUGUAGGCAGCUCUGGGUUAGGUGUGCAGCCAAUCAAAUCUGGUAUAUGUGCCAAGAAAAGGCUAAUUCUGAAAGACCUGAUAAGCAGUUUUCCUUGUCUUGGCAUUCUCUUGAUGUGCUUCUUUCCUAGCUAUUUUGAGACUCCCUCUCUCCAUAUGAGAUGUAGCCCGUUGGCUGUUUACACACACACUGCGGUGUGGGGAGACUGACCUGAAGUUUCCAUGCGUGCCCCUCCCAACCCGCAUUACACACCUCACUUCUCCCAGCUCCAACCACAGUGGCGUGGAUCUCCUGGCUAGGCUCCCUGGGAACAGGGGCUUAUUCUGUACUGGGUGUUUCCGAGGUGACAGCAAUCGUAUGCGAUGCUCCCGUUGCCAAGGUAACUUCUCGGUAACAGGUGCUAAACCUUCAGCAAACUGCUAGGGCAUGAAUGAAGUCUGGAACGGCAUUUAUUUCCAGCUGUAACUGGGGACAGGGGUUUGAGGGGGGAAACAGUGAGGAGAUUUUGUCUACAAGCUGAUUUGAAGCAUAAACACGGCUUAUCCUACAGGUUGCCCCCAGUAGCGAAAGCCCAGGGAAAUACAGGGCUGUAUCUAAUGCUAGUUCUACUCAGAGGACACCCAUUGAAAUUAAUGGGCAUGACUUACUCUGAGAAGGAGAAGCAUUGGAUACAGCCCAUAAGUAGUGUCCAACUUCAACAUAGGCUUAUGCAAGCAGAUCCCUUUCAACCCAGGGGUCUCCCAGUGAAUCAGGUUUAGAGUAUAAAAGUAAGCAGGGAUGUAGGAUGUGGAACUCACUUCCACAAGAUGUGCUGCUACCUUUUAUUUAUUUGGCAGAUUAGUAUAUCCACGAUGUGGUGAUAGGUGCUAGCCUGUGUUGGUUUCUUUGCUUGUUUACUUCUUUAUUUUGUGUAUUUGCAUAGCACCCUUUGGCCAAUUGGCUCAAAGUCCUGAGGACAGCAUGAUAGACAAUGAAGGGGGUUGCUGCUGGACAGAAGCUCCAGCUCCUGGGGGCGGCUGAGCACUUUUGGGCCCCCUGAAUAUUUUUGGGGUAGGAUCAGUAUAGCCAGGUGCCUGUGGGGAGCUCACAACAAUCACAUGUGAUUCUCAGUUAUUCAGAGGCACAUGCAACCUCUGACAGUGGAGGUAGAAAACAGCCAUUGCGGAUAAGAAGAAGAAGAGUUUGGAUUUGAUAUCCCACUUUAUCACUACCCUAAGGAGUCUCAAAGCAGCUAACAAUCUCCUUUCCCUUCCUCCCCCACAACAAACACUCUGUGAGGUGAGUGGGGCUGAGAGACUUCAGAGAAGUGUGACUAGCCCAAGGUCACCCAGCAGCUGCAUGUAGAGGAGCGGGGAAUCAAACCCGGUUCACCAGAUUACGAGUCUACCGCUCUGAACCACUACACCACACUGGCAUUGACAGCCUUACCCUCCAAGAAAACAAUAAAAACAAUAUGAAGUCAGAAUAAAAAACAAACAUGAAAAGGGCAAUCAAUAAGACCAACAUUAAAAGCAGGUGGUUAAAACAAUGAAUUAAACUUAGAAUGAUUUUCAAAAUGGAUUGAAGAGAUUCAGGGAGGGAGAGGCCGUCAGCUGCAAACCUCCCAUUACGAGGUGAUCAGAAUGCUUGGGGCAGGGGGCAGCCAGCACGGGGAGGGAUUUUGCCUUCAUGCCCUGUUGGGAAUCAAAGAGAAAUUUGGUUUGGUAACUUGCACUUUCUGGAGCAGUAAAUGAACUGAAAUGCAGCCAUCCUUUGAAACCCAGACUUCUACAAAUCUUGCAGUGCAGUUCCCUAGCCAAUUAAAAUGGACAAGAAUGCAUAAAGUGCACAUUAAAAUGCAUAUAUUAAGCAAAAUAAAGGAAAAAAUGCAUUGUAGAUGGGGAAAUUGAUUUGGGAAAUGUACCUAUUAAGAUAAUUCUGCACUAAGAUGCUUAAUUUACACAAGGGUUUUCUGGAAAAAAAUGCAAGCUUAUGUGGAAAUGUGGAAAACCGAACUUCAGACUGAAAAAAUAAUAAACUGAGAAAAAGUGAAAUUCAAGGUUCACCUAUCCCUUUCCUCUAAGCCAGGGGUAGGCAACCUAAGGCCUGUGGGCUAGAUGCGGCCCAAUCACCUUCUUAAUCCGGCCCACAGACGUUCUGGGAAUUGGCGUGGUUUUUACAUGAGUAGAAUGUGUCCUUUUAUUUAAAAUGCAUCUUUGGGUUAUUUGUGGGGCAUAGGAAUUCAUUCAUUCAUUUAUUUUUCAAAAUAUAGUCCGGCCCACCACAUGGUCUGAGGGACGGUGGACCGGCCCACAGCUGAAAAAGGUUGCUGACCCCUGCUCUAAGCAUUUCUCACCAGAGUGUCCACAACUAUGGUCCUGAUGUCAAUAGCUGUCAUAUUGCCCACCUGUCAAAGAUGGCCCAGAGGAGUGGGGGAGAUAAAGACCAGGCCUGUGAGGCCAAAAGGUUCCCGCCCCCUGGUCUAUCUGUAUAGAAAGCCAUCAGCAGGCAUGGCCUUUUAUCAAGCGCAGAAGGACAGGUCUCUGCCCCAAGUGACUUUGCAGUCAGAAACUUGACACAGAGAAGAUUACAGAGUGAAAUGCGGUUGCACAAAUAGCUCAGCUGGUAGAGCAUGAGACUCUUGAGCUCAGGGUCGUGGGGUUGAUCCCCACAUUGAGGAAAAUAUUCCUGUAUUGCAGGGGGUUGGACUAGAUCACCCUUGUGGUCCCUUCCAACUCUAGGACCCUAUGAUUCAGACAAAGGGAUGAAGAUGCUUUGACUUUCGGUACCUGAGUUCCCACAGGGAGAUGGGCCUGGUAAGAGAAGCAGCUUGGUGCAAAGUGGGGGUGGAGGGGACUCCAAGGGUUGGGACAAGGGCUGGAGGGAAGGAGCCUUCCAAAAAGCCAAAUGAGUUAGUAUUGUAAUGCUUCCCCCUGCUUUUUUUGUGAAUGAACUAAAGUGAAAUGGUUCCUGAGCAGGCAGCGAUUUAAUAACAUCAUCUUUCUCUGUGUUUUCUUUGUAGCUAACAGUUCCCUGCUGGGAGGAGGCGGUGGUGAGUCUUCUAAUUGAUACCUUUUUCUUCUUCACAGCAUUCAAAUUAAUAUCUCUACUGGUUUGAAAGGGAGGGGGAAGGAAGCACAGGGUGCUGGGAGUUAGGUACUGCCUGUGGCUGUUCAGAAUACAUGAGAUGCCCAGCUGGCUGAAUCACUGGAGAGCUGCUGCCAGUCAGUGGUGGACUAGAUAGACAAGAAGCUGGACAUAGUAUAAAGCAGAAGGUUGUGAUCUUAAGUUCAAGAACGGCACAAUGUUAAAUAAGUAUGUCUUCCACAGUACAUAACUUACAGCAUUUCAUUACCAGGUGAGAUAGCUUUUUAAUUAUUAUUUUUUUAAAAAAGGAAAAACAAAUACUUGGAGAAUAGGUCUAUGAAUCACCACUCAUAAUGAGGCAAAAUAGAACCUCCAUCUGCAGGGGCACUCCACCUUUUGGUGACAGCUGAUGGGGUCAAGCAGUACAAGAAGGGGUAACCAACAUGGUGCUCCUCCAUGUGUCGUUGUCCUACAACGUUGUGUUAUGCCACACCUCCACAGCAUCCAUUUUGUGACUGGCAACCCUAAAACUCUCUCAAAAUUAAAAAUGUGCCCCUUGGUCAGAAAAGGUUGGUCUACUCUGACUGGCAGCAGCUCUCCAGGGAUUCAGGCAGAGAAAGGUGUUUUUUCACCUGGCUAGGCAGAACAAAACAAGUGUUUGGAAAGAAUAUUAAGAUAAAUUUUGACUCUUGGUGUGUUAUUUAUUUGGUUGUUUAAUAUUGUGCUACCUAGGGAGAGGACAGAAAUCCCAUUUUGUUUGCAUUUUGAUGUGGAGCUGCCUAAUUUGUUCUUCUCAAAAUGUUAUGCAAACCAAAAGACACAUUCACUUUUCUGAAUUUUGCAGUGCAAUUCUCUAACCAAAUAAUAUGCAGAAAAAUGCACAUGUUGGGGGGAAAUGUGGUUCAAAAUGCGCACACUGAUUAAAAUAACAUACAAAAAUGCAUUAUAGUAGGAUAAUUUGCCUACAAAAUUGUGCAUAUUAGUCAAAACUUCAUAUAAAAUAUUGAUGGUUUUUUAUGAUUAUCGUUUUUUAAAAACAAUCAAUCUGUAAAUUGCUGGGGAAAUGGAAAACACUGAGAAACCAAAACAAAUCCAGACAUCCUGAGUGCUACCCCACCUUUCAGAGUGAGCCCUCACAAGGCAGUUUACAAUCAAACAAUUGAACAAACAUGCAACAAAAACAGCAUCUGAUAAAACCAUACAUACAGGGAGCUGGCAAAAUAAAUAAAAGCCUGGACUAGAUGUUCUUUAAAAGCUGAGCGUAGAAAGGCCAGACAGGGCCAUUCAAAGGCUAGUGGGCUGUAGGGGAUAUGAUGAAGGCAGGCAGACUGGGUGGGGCUAAACAUCUAUUGCUCCCCCUGCCCUCUGGGUCUUUCUGCCAAUGAGAAAGUUCUAAGUUCUUUUGUGAUGACUUCCUGGCUUGACAUUGUGCUAUAGAAUAGAGGGGGGGAAGCUGUGGACCACACCGAAUUUGGAUGAGUAAGGGCCCUCCCACCCCCCACGUAUGUGUCCUUUCCUUUGCCCUUUUCCAAAAUGGUGGGCAUUGUCAGCAUACUAUGUGCUCUGAAUAAGAAGCCGCCCGCACUCCCCAGGGCUCUUCUGCAAAGGCUGCUCUCCAUGCAAGUAGCAGGUUGUGCUUGGCUUUUGACAUGGCACCUGGGAGGGCCAGCGACUCCCAGGAUUUAUCUGUAAAGCAGGGAGUGGAGGUCACGCUUGGCCAGUGGCAGCACAUAGCUCUCCAAGAUGCUCACAGCUCUCCAGGUGUUAGGCAGGCAGGUGUCCCCUGGUGCAGGUUGAGGUCGGCUUAGUUUUUGCUCACAUAUGGUAUACAGACAGACACACACAGAGAGAGAUGCACUUUCAGGAGGAGGACAGCUAUGCGCCCUGGCAGCUGACAUGCCCGGGAUCACUGCAGCUAGUAUUUCUGUGUGGUGUGUACACAGCCUUAAAACAAGAAAUUAACCAUCUUAAUAAACAAACAAGUAAAUAAAUUUGGAAACAGUUUGACACCAGCAGAAGCACAAAUAAUGUAGCCAUGAAAUAUUAUAAAGCAACAGGGGGAAAACAUAUUUAAAACACAGCCACCAUAAAAAAAUGUGGGAUAAUUAUGGGAUAAUCCUAUGCCUGUCUACUCUGGUGUGAGUCCUACUGAGUUGAUUGGGACUUACUCCCAGGUAAGUUGAAGUUAGCUUUAACUACAGCAGUUAUGCCACUUCAGAAGGGAAUAACCAUUUACCCAUGAGCCCCAGCAAGUAUGGCCAAUGUCCAGGGGUGAUGGGAGUUGUAGUUCAGCAAACAACUGGAGGGCCAAAGGCUCCCCCACACCCGAUGAGCUUUCUUGAGGAUUGGUACAUUCUGUUAAUUCUCCAGUGCAAGUGAUCACAUGGUGGAGAUACCCUCUAUGCAGAUGCAUGGUAGAAUUAUUCUUCCCCUGUCCUCCCCUCCCCUCAACUCCCAAGAAGGUUCAUUGGAUGGAGGCAAGCCGAGAACAGUCACUCAUGCAGAGAAGCAACAAACAGCCUCCUCUGGGGGCAGGGAAUUUUGCUGCAGGCAUGGACUAAUCCAACCAUGCAUGAGGCAGAGGUGUAGCAAAAUUGCCUCCCUCUACCCCACCCCACCCACAAAAGGAGACUUUGGAAAGAGGCAAGUCCAGGGCAGUUACUCACGCAGAGAGACGGCAGGCAUCCUUCUCUGUGGGUGGGCGAUUUGGAGUUCACAGCAGCCUGCAGUUACUUGAUUCAUUCAUUUACCUGGACUGCUAGCAAUUCUCUUCACGAAACUUGCAGACUGGUUUAAAGAAAGAGCGGCUUCCUAGGGACUCCCAACACUGCAGAGAUACAAGAGUGUGGGGAGGGGGUCCUCUGAAAUGGCCCUCUGGCCAAGCCUGCUCUAACCUGCAGAACAGUGCCCCCCAGAGGCAAGGCUGCCCUUUACCGGUCUCUGCCACUACAGCCCCCUCAUCUGCAUCCCAUCCAUGCCACGCAGCGUAGGCCUCACUGAGCCAAGAUUUCACAAAGUCAAAGCCCAAGGUGGCAGGAGUCUGGAAGCCGAGCCAGCCAGCAGAAGAAAAUUGCUAGGAAAUGAAGGAGUCAGGCAAACAAACAAGCCCCAUCCUGAGGCCACUCGCUCCCAGCGGCAUCACUGCCAAUGUUAAUGGGUCCUUUAUUUAUGCCUGACCCGAAGUGAUCCCAUUUUAUUUCCACUCUUUAAAGUCCUGGACCUGUCGCCAGUGUGCGUGGGGCUUUUUUCGUACGGUGAUAAACAAGAACCAACCGGGAUUUAUCCUCCCGUCCAUUAACCUGUGAUCUCACAGCUCGCAAAUAAACGCUGAAGCUGCAGGCUGCCUAACGACCCACCCACCCACUCGCUCGCCCAACCUCUUCCUCAGCUUACCACUCCUGCAGACGCAGCAGCAAAGUGGGGGACAGGGAUUGGCCGGGGGGGGGGGCAUAGCACAGCACAGCCAGCCUGGACAAAGAGGCUCCUUCUGUUCUGCAGCAGGGGAACCUAACAAGAUUAGAAGAAUCUGGCUUUCCAAGCAUCUGGACCUCAUGGUCUGAAAGAAAAUGUGCCGCUCCUAAGAAUCGAGUGUACAGUGAUACCUCAGGUUACAUAUGCUUCAGGUUGCAUACACUUCAGAUUACAGACUCCGCUAACCCAGAAAUAGUGCUUCAGGUUAAGAACUUUGCUUCAGGAUGAGAAACGAAAUCGUGCUCCAGUGGCGCGGCGGCAGCAGGAGGCCCCAUUAGCUAAAGUGGUGCUUCAGGUUAAGAACCAGUUUCAGGUUAAGUACAGACCUCCGGAACAAAUUAAGUUCUUAACCUGAGGUACCACUGUACAAGGUGUGAGACAAAACAUGCAGAUUCUGAGAAUCUAGUCCACAAGGACUGAGAGAAAACAUGAAGCUGCUAAGAAUCCAGCCUGCAAGGUCUGAGAGAAUACGUGCAGAUCUAAGAAUCUAGUCCACAUGGUUUGAGAAAUAUAUGUUAGUAGUAUACCAGGAACCUAGGCCUCGAAACAAGAGCUUUGGUAUUAGCCUGGUGAGCUAGUUGCUGGUCACCAAGGAGUCUCAAUCUCUUUGCCCUCUCUUCUUGUGCAUGGAGAGUUGUGCAAAACAGAUUUAAGAGAUGCAUGGCUUUCCCUCUCCCACCUCUCCCACUGUAUUAGUUAUAGAAUGCUGCUCUUUUCUGAGUCAGACUACUUGGUCCAGCGAGCUCAGUGUUGUCUGCAGUGACUGGCAGCUAGGGACAUCGGGAGGCAGCAAUUUCCAUCUCAUCCUGUGUUCAUCACAAUCAGUUCUGUUUCUGUUCCACUGCAGUUCGGCUGUCCCACUUAGGUCAUUAAUUUCAAUGCAUUUUGAUGGAAGGGAAAUGCCAUGAACAUAGUGUUUGCAGACUAAAGCAAAAACAAAAAACCCUGCAACAGCAGACACCACUUGUAUUUGCUUGUGCGAUUUCUGGUCCUGUUGAACAUGCAAAUUGUGUCAAAUUCCUCUCCCGUUUCCAACAGAAUUCUCUUACAUCCUUACUGGCAGCUGCUCUCCAGGGUUUCAGGCAGUGGGCAUUCUCAGCACUACCUGGGGGUGUUGGGGAUUGAACCUGGGACUUUUUGCACGUCAAGCAGAUGCUCUACUACUGAGCUUCAGUAUUUGAGGCUUGAGCUUAUUUAGCAGAGGAGUAAUUCAUGACUGGCUGUGGCCCAGACAGUGUCCUUCCCCCAUUUCUGUCGCAGAAUGCAUCUCACUUAGCAAGCACACCUGCUGUGCAGUGUUGCUGGAAUGUCAGUCAACUUCCUACCUUUUGCAACCAUGGAAAUUCCCCACCAACAACGAUGGGCAGUGCUGAGUGGGUGAGAGCAACAAAUGAACACAGGAAGCUGCCUUGUCAAGCAAUUGGCCCACCCAGCUCAGGACUCUCUACAACAACUGGCAAAUUCUCUCCAAGGUUUCAUGCAGGGGUAUGUCUACCUGGGCAUGCCAGGGAUUGAUGCUCUACCACUGAGCUAGGCAGGUGCAAGAAAGCAUGCAGGUAGAAUCCCUCCAGGCAGCUCCCUCCUAUGCUUCCAAGUGAUUGACUUAGCUCUCUGCUUGGAGCAACAAAAGGCAUCCUAGGGAAAUAAAUAAAAAAACUGUCUAGUAGCACCUUAGAGACCAACUUAGUUCUGGGUAUAAGCUUUCAUCUGCAUGCACACUUCUUCAGAUACCUGCAUGCAGACGAAAGCUUAUACCCAGAAUUACUUAGUUGGUCUCUAAGGUGCAACUGGGCAAAUUUUUAAUUAAUUUAUUUCGACUGCGUCAGACCAACACAGCUACCUACCUGAAUCUAGAAUCCUAGGGAAAGGUAGCUUUCAUUCCCCACCACCACCACAUCCCAGGCCACGCCAUUGCACUCGCUCUGCAGGGAGCCUUCCGUGUAGACCACACACCUGGUUGCUUGGGGGGGGGGAGAGAGAAGGUGCUGAAACAGUGUGCCCAAUCUCCAGAGCUGGAGCUCAUCCAGGUGUGCUUCUCUAUCUGACUGCAUGUUUUCCUCUGCCAGUACAGGGGACGCUGGAUUGCAUGUACAGUACAGUGGUACCUCGGGUUACAUACGCUUCAGGUUACAGACUCUGCUAACCCAGAAAUAGUGCUUCAGGUUAAGAACUUUGCUUCAGGAUGAGAACAGAAAUUGUGCUCCGGUGGCGCGGCGGCAGCAGGAGGCCCCAUUAGCUAAAGUGCUGCUUCAGGUUAAGAACAGUUUCAGGUUACGUACGGAUCUCUGGAAUGAAUUAAGUACUUAACCCGAGGUACCACUGUACUUUGCAUGCAAAAGAACCUGCAGUUCAAUCCCAGCAUUUCCAGGUAGGGCAGUGGGGCAGCAGGGCACAUUGUCUGAAACUUUGUAGAAGCUGCUGCCAGUCUGUGUGGACAGUAAUAAGCUGGGUGGAUACCAGAAGCUGAGCUAGACAAUUUCCUGUGUUUCCAAAUUUGCAUUUAGAUAUGUGAAUUACCAUCGGAAUAUUUUAUGCAAAUCCAGUUCUUCAUUUGUUUUCCCCUCUGUCUUUUUGGUGAUGCAUUGCCUCCUUCUGGUGGUGGUGAAGUGUAGACCACAUGACAAAUGUAGUUUGGCCCUUACAAGUGGAUAGCCAGCAAGAAAAUGCCUUUGUCACAAGCAACAUCUGCGGGACUAGUCCAAGACAUUUUGACAAAGCCAAAUUAUUCCCCUCCCACCUCUUCCUCCUCCCUCUCCCCAUCCUCUGUAGGAGCCAACUCCUAGGGGCUGAGGUCCCUUUGGGCCCCCCAAUAAAUUAUUUGAUGGGGCUGGGCCCCUCAAAGGUUGAUGGGCAUUGCCACUCAAAUGGGGUGUGUGUGUGUGUGCUACGUCAUGUGAUUGUUUAUGUGGGGUGGGGCUUACCUGUGUCCCCCAAAAGUUUAUUCAAGUUGGCAGCUCUGCCCUGCCCUCCCCCCUCUAUGAGGCCAGGAAGGCAAACACCAAUGUGGUAAAACAAUAAAAUUAAAAAUAAUAUAAAAGCUUUUUUAACAAUCACAUACCUUAAUGCCUGAAUAUUUCAAGGUGGCCAGCGGCAGUAGAUUUCAGCCAGCAAAUGUCUGGGAGUAAACAGGAAUGUUUUUAACUUCUUCCUGGAAAUUAGUAAUGAGGGGAAUAGUUGCACCGCACCAAGGAGAGAAUUCCACAGCCAGGGAGCCACCAUCAAUAAGUCCCUGUAACGGGUCAACACCACCAGGCAUCAGUCAGCAGUGGCACCAGCAACCGGGCCUUCCUGCUGACUGUAGGACCCAAGGUAGUUGAUAAUGCUGUCACCCCUCCCACAAAUUAAAACGGAGUGGUAUCCAAGAUUCUACUUAAACUAGGCCCAUUGAAAUGAAUGGAGCUAAGUGAAUCACACUCGUUAAUUUCAGUGGGUCUGUUCUGAUUAGGCAGGGCCUCAGACGUUGUACAGGUCCUUACACCUAGCAUUGCUGCCUGAAUCACCGCAGUUCAGCCCCUGCUUAUCUCCCCUCACACAAUUGCACUUGAGUGUUGUGCUAGCAAACCAACCGCAACGGCUUUCUUUCUUUAAAUAAAUAAAUAAAAUCAACUUCAGAAGCUUUAAUCUUACGAUGAAUCUGAGCUGUUGUUAUUUCAGGGUAGCGGCAACUCACAAUGCAUUCAGCAACAUUUAUUAUCUGAACUGGCAUCCUCCGCCCUUCAGAGAUCUAACCUCUGGAGAGAGAGAAGGGAGGGAGGGAGGGAGAAAGCGAGAGACUGCGGGGGGGGGGGGACACAAUGGGGCAUAAUAUUCAAAACCGCAAAAAUAAUUUUAUGUACAAUGUUCAUUUUUUUAUAGUAAAAAAAUAUACUAUUCAUGAGCUUUUAACACUCUUCCUCUCUUCCUCCUAAGGCUCAUAGAAUUAUGUGCAAAUAAUUAACACCGUUCAGGAUUGCACUCAUACGUUCCUCUAUCCUCAGCCCCUCACUAGCUCCCCCUUUCUCUCCUGGUUUUAAAAGGCACACACAUACCCUGGGCAAAACAGGGGUGAUUAGACUAGGAGCCAGAAGGCUUGGUUGUUACCAUCUGGAAUGAAAAAAUAAGGUAGCCUUUUUUUUAUAUAGCCCAUGACCAUAGUAAUUUAUCAACCCUGAGUAGCUUUCAACGAAAAACAUACCUUAAUCAUGUAAACAAAUAGUCAAAAAUACACAAUAUCCAUAUGGGGGGUUUCACAGCUUUUACCCAAUUAUAUACCAACAUUUUGGCAUGUUAUAUACCAAAACUUUCCUCAUUUAGUCUGCUAUCUUACACUGAUUAGUGAUCAAUAAUCUCUCUGCUGGGCUGGUAUAAAGCAAUACUCACCCAUUCGUAUCUGCCAGCAUGGUUCCUCCCAAUUACUUGUGUGUCUUAAAAUAGGUUGGACGGUACCAUCCUGAGGGAUUAAACUAAGUACUCCCCCCCCCCCCAAAAAAAGAAUAUGACCUAGUAAAAUUAUUAGCCAUGGUGGCUGUCCGUUCUGAGUUGCUUUCACUCAAAAAAAAUUAUUUAGCUGUAUAAAUAAUGAUAAUAAUUGCCAGAAAUAAAUAGCAAUCCAAUAUGAGCAAGAAAAUGACAAAAGAACUUGUCAAAUGCAAUAUAUAUUUUAUGUGAAGUAAAAAAAUCAGAGAGAAGAAAGCGAAAGAGAACAAUACAGCACAUCCACAAGAAUAUUUUUAGUAUUACGCUACUGCGUUGCUACUAUACCUUCAUUCACAAAUCCGCAAAGAAGAAAAAGUUAGGUACAAGGUUUCCUCCAAAGUUUUAACGCCUCGUAAAAGUCAUUGUCAUCAUUCUCUACUACUUCAAGGACAGAUUCAGAGCCGUCUUUGUCACCUUGGUUGUCGCAACGUUGUAUAUGGCAUCUUGCCAUGCACAUCAAACCAUUCUUCAUGCAAGUAGGCAACUCUCCUGGACAGUUGUGGAUGCAUUGUCUGUGGUAGCCCAAAGCUUAUUUUGGGGUGCACACCCUAUCGUCUUCUACAUAUUUUGGCUCUGACUAGAUUAUCUGCUAUAAAACAAAUGGGUUUGUAUCCAACGUUAGUUCUAUUGACAGUGGUAGCUGGUGCCUACUGGGGGCUGGUGAGAUGGAAGGCAGGAGGGCCAACAGUAGGUGGAGCCAGUGAGCCAAUGGCAGGCAGAGUCACAGCCAAUGGCAGGCAGAGCCAACUAAUUCUAGUUUUGUCACCAUCCUCCUCUCUCAACAAGGAUCAACACUGAGACCAAGGAGGAGGAAGCUGAGAGCCAGUGCUGCCCCCUGGACUGAAUCUAAGAAAGAAGGCAAGUAGGUGGGAGCUGGUUGAGGGCAGACUGAAGUUGGUGGAGCAGUGCCCCCUUCACCCAAAUGAACAUACCUCCACUGCAUAUUGAACUGAAAUUAAUGGGCAUAGCUAACACGUGUUCAUUAUUAUCAGUGCGUCUGCUGUCAGUAGAACUUAAUUUAAUGCAGCCCUAGGACCGAGUUGAAUCGACCCCAUUCUAAGGUCCAUGUAACUGGAGCAGAACUGGGUUAACAGAUUUGCACCAGGAGUGUUACCUCAGCAGAUACAUGAUUCAUCGCUGAUCAAUGUCAGGUAGCAGGCUAAAUUAGGAAAAUGUUGGCAUAUAAUAUGUAGAAGCUCCUCAGCCUUCAUGAACAAUUUUAUCCAAAAGUGAAAUCUGAAAAAUAAGAUCUUAACGUACACUAAGGUAGUUUCUACCCACAAAUCCUCCCUAUUCUUCAUCCAGGCACUCAAGGAUGAGCCAGCUGAAAACACUGUAGUGGGAACAGUGAGAGGCAUGGCCUGGGGAGAAGGGGUGUGGCCAAUGAAGGGCAUGGCAUGCGGAGAGUCCCCAGGGCCUGACAAUGAGGCUUGGAAGGCCACAUCUGGCUCCUAGGCCUGAGGAUUCCCACUCCAGUGUAGACAGAACUGGGAUGGAUGGACCAAUGGUCUGAUUGGAAGUAGGAGGCUCCCUAUACUCCUUUGUAGGCCCAGAUGAAAUAAGUACAGCAUGCAUACAAAUGUUGUGCUUCAUCUCUGAGCUGUGGGGCUCUAGACAUGCGCCCAGUCGGUGGAGAAGAGGCUAAGUGCAUUCAUUGUUCCUGCCAUUAAAGUCACUUUGCCAAAUGCUGUGCGAUCUUUUUCCCUGGAUAGCCAAAAGAUAUUCGGCCCACCAGAGCGGGGGGCGGAAUUAAACUCCUAAUCAGCAAAAUAGCUCGAUGCUUUAAAAAGAGAAAGAGAGAGAGAGAGAGAACAAAAUCAAUUUCUCCAUCUCCAGAAGGAUAUGCGUAUAUCUCCCCCUAAAUGGGAAGUGACAGCGCUCACUUAAAACCACGGUAAGAUUGAUGCCACAGAGAGCAAUCCUCCUGACAACUGGGGACGCUUUUUGCUGCUACUGGAGGGGCUAAAAAUAGCUCUUGCAAAAUGCUUCUGUGGGGGCGCAUCUGCGAGUGUGUUCAUCCAGAUGUUCCUCCAACACCUGGAAGCAGAAUGGGCUUGAAAAUUUGUGGAUACAGAUAGAUAUAGAUAUAUACGAAUGAUGGGAAAACAUGCUGUCGGGAAAGCUGCAGGAUGAACCACUUGAAAACAAAAAUGGAUUGCGCAGGCACAUAAAUGUACUCCCUAAAAAGUAAAUCCAGCCCCCCCCAAAAAAAAGCUGGGUGAAAGGUGAUAAAAACAAAGAGUAGAAAAAUAGAUGUAUAGAUAAUACGUUUCGGUUGCACAAAGCUUAAAGAUGGCCAUUACCUUUGAGUUUUUGUACAUCUGAAGACUCCUUGGGCUUUUGGUCACUCGCAAAAGCUUGCUGAAGUGAGCACUGAUAGCUUCUGGUGACAGGUGGCUGUUAGGGAGUGCACACACCCAAUGAUUAAUGCAGUGGCUAUCAAUGGCUACAACCCCAAUGGCUGUGUUCUGCCGCCACUGUCAGAAGGAGCAAUGCUUCUGAAUACCAGCUGCUGGGAACCAACAUACAUAAAAACAUAGCAAAGCAUUAAACAUUUAAAAACUUCCCUAUACAGGGCUGCCUUCAGAUGUCUUCUAAAGGUUGUUUGGUUUAGUUACUUAUCACCUUUGCUCCAAGGUCGCAUAAAUCCAUACACUCCCAACAUUUCUCUGAUGAAAAUAGGGGUGAAAAGCAGAGGCGGAGCUAGCUGCUCUGGCACCCAGAGUGGUGUUCACCCAGGGGGCAGGGCUAGCCGCCCGCGGGGGCAGGGUGAGUGUCCCAGGGGUGCGCUGCCUGCCGCGAGCCUCCCGGGGGCACCGCCCACAGCGAGCGUCCGGGGGGGGCGGUGCAGCGAUGUCACCCCCCUCAGGGAUGGCACCCCAGGCGGUCUGCACCCACCCACCCCCUUCCUACGCCCCUAGUUCUAAGGAAAAGCAGGACAUGCCGGAAUCAAAUCAGAAACCGGGACGGCUUCUGUAAAUCUGGGAUUGUCUCUGGAAAAUAGGGAUGCUUGAAAGGUCUGUAAAGUAUUACAAGCUACUUGAAUUCUCUCUCUCUCUCUCGCACACACACACACAAAUACCACAAAUUAUCAUGGUAACCACGCUUGCAGCUUUUUCAAAGCAGGAAAUAGCUUUUAUUCCAGUUAGGGGAGUUCAUGGUACACGGUGGCCUCCACAAAGACAUACUUCCCGAAGAUUUAUUUGCACAGAAGUGUCUUGUAAUAUCUUAACAAGACUCUCUUGGGGGGCGCUGCUUCCUAUACUGGACUUACAACCCAUCCCCAGAGUUUAUCAGUUUUAAGGUUGAAGGAGAUGAGCUCCCUCUGUCCUGCUAACAUUUUUCAGCUCUGCAGAAGACACAGCUCUUCACCCUGGCCUGUCAAGCUUCCUUUGACACCUGAGAGAUAGAUUUUCAGAUCCCAUCCUAUUCCUGGAAGUGUAAUUUGUUUUAAACUGUUUUUCGUGUUCAAUUUUAAAUUCCUGUAACCUGUUCUAUGGUGAAGGGCGGGUAAGAAAUCGAAUCAUUAAUAGCAAUAACGCUAUUAAUUUCUGAAUUUAACAAGAAAGAAAAGGGGAAAUGGGGGGGGGGGAAACCAGGAAAAGAUGAAACAAAAUUAAAGAACAAAAAGGGGGGGAAAUAACUAUAAAUCAUAACAAUGACCUGUGAGCAGUUUUAUUUAUCAGUGGCACAAUGGUCAUUACAAAACAUGGGACUAGCCCAUAUACUGCACCUACAAAUACAGAUUGGUUGUGGCAAAUCUAAACUGCUAUGACAAACACCAGGGAAACAGAUAUAAAAGGUAAUAUACAAAUAAUACUUCUAAUAGACCACCAUCAGUUCACAUUGCAGAUAAUAAUUUUAUAAAUCCAGCGAUCAUGGAUUGACUUAGAAUUGGCUAAUUCAAGAUGAGAUGGGCUGGGAGUUGGGGUUUUUAACUUGCAGCUGUGUCACUGGUAACAUUGUUUUUGGUUCUUUUACCUAUCCCCAGAAUUAUCCCCAGAAAGGUUAAACCCAGAUUAAUGAGAAAAAAGCCACAGAAUUGUCACCAAGUCAGAGAACCUAAGUUAGAUGUGUCUAUUAACUCCAGUGGGUCUCCUCUGAGUUGGACUGGCGCUGGUGGCGACCCUUGGGGUGGACUUUCGAUGCCGACGGUGUCAUGCGGAUGCUGCAGACAGCUUACUAUUUAGUUUAGGACCAAUCCCACAAUAACUCCCAACGCCCUUUAACUUAAGCACACCCUUCAUCCACGCGUCCCGGCUCUUCUCUCUCUCCCCCCCUCCCUUCCCAUCCAUUGCACUCUAGUGUCCCUCCCCAGACGUCCUUGUCCAGAAGUACAAUUAAGCCCAUUACCUUGGAUUUUAUUUUCCUGCCUUUAAAAGUUGUUUUGCAAUCAAAUUAAAAAGAGAGGAAGAAAGAUGGGGAGCGGGGCGGGCGGGGGAAUUGGGGGAAGGAAAGCUGCCCUUCCGUUAAUGCACUCUCGCGCUGCUAAGUGCCAUAAAUCUCGCCGUGGCGUUAAAAAGCUGGACCUCGGAACUCGGCUAUUUCACAAAAAUCUGCCAUAAAUCUCUGUCAAGCCAAGCUAAUGAAGAGAACAACAAACUGUCAAUAGGGGAAGCUUCCAGAGGGGCCCCUCCCUGCUGUCCCUUAUAUCUUCUCACACCGGACGUCAAGCGGGUGCUUUUCAGAAAAAUAAAGAAGAAAAAACAGUGUUUAAGGCAAGGGGCCAAUUGCUUCCACUACCCCAUUAACGGAUGCAUUACGGUAGGAGCAAGUGGGGGGCUGCCUUUAGCACAAAAGACAGCGAAAGAGCUGGAUUUUAAACCCCCACGAAUCUGCAGCAGCCUCUACUUCAGCUCUGCAAGAAGUGAGAUGAUGCUCAAGGAAACAGCUAUGGAUGGACCGCUGGGCAUUGCCUGUCCAACUGCUUUCCAUGCCAGGCAUGCUCCAAGGCACCACAGGCCUGUGGCCAGGGAUUUUGUGCGGAGGGGGUGCCUGAAGCAGGCGAGGAAUCGUUGCAGUGCAGCCAGAACAGAAAUACAGGUAGCCUGAUAUGUUAACGUUACUGAACAAGCUUCAGUAUUCACCCAAUUGAAGUAUCCUAGAAUUUAAAAACUAAGGGCCUAGCGCCUUUCAGUCAUCCUCCUAGUUUGCAUUCAUUGGCCAGAACGCUGGAAGGGGUGAGAAAGUUGACUCCUCGGAGCUCCUCCAUACGGCCUGUUUAUUGAGCGUUUACCCUGUUUGCUUACACACAGGUUAGGCUAUAGCCAGUCUUUAGUGAGCAUUCCUUCUGAUUUGUUUGUGGGGAGUUUAUAUGACAAUCAGCAUUCAUUGGCUUGCACAGUGUUUAUACACCUUCCCAUGAAUCAUCUGUUCACCCCACACUUUUCACUGCAUUUUCCCACCAUCACAUCCCCUAUCCACAAAAAGCCCAUUGUUUUUGGUUAAUCAGUCGUCUGCUGUUUAUUUUUUAAAGUGGGUUUCUUGCAGUGAGUUGACAGAGUGCUUUAAUCCACUUUAAUUGUGCAGGUCUAAAUUUCUGGUAUGUGAUUGAAUUCCUUCCUGCACAAUGCUGACAGGCUAGAGGUGACCUUAGUGGGCCGUUUCGGAGAAUGCUGUCUGCACACCCUUUUCUUUUAUCUGCGCAAGGCAAUUAUUUGCUUGCUGGUUUGUUUAUAGAGCACCACCGUGUCCUGCUUGUGGGCUUCUUACAGGCAUUUUGUGGGCCUAAGGUGACCACGCGGCCUACUUUAUAGAGGACAGACCUUUAUUUGAAGAUAUCGUACAUAUUUUGAAGAGCUGGUUGGUCUAAGUCUGGUUUAAAUAGAGAAAACUAUAAGGAGGAAAGGCAGGAGGGACCCUGAAGUUGACUAUAGGCUGAGCUGGCACACAGAUCAUCUGGUCUCUGUCUUCCCCACUACGGCAAUAUGUAUUUUACUUCUACAUCUAUGCAUAUAUAUUAGCAUAAGCAGAUUUUAUGCAGAUCUGUCUCCUCUGCUCAUAGAAUCAUAGAAUUGUAGAGUUGGGUCAUCUUGUCCAACCCCCUGCAAUGCAGGAAUAUGCAGCUGUCCCAAGAGGGGAUCGAACCAGCAACCUUGGCAUUAUUAGCACCAUGCUUUAACCAACCAAGCUAUCCAGGCGAGGCAAUGCAUUCCCUACUUUUUGAUUAUGCAUAAGCAACCUCCCUAGGUUGGCCACUGUGGUCGUAAGGUGCUUUGUGGCCUAAAACUAGGCUUAAAUAACUAGAUAUCUAAGCUGGAUGGUGAACUACAUAGGGCUCUUCUUAUAUUCAUUGGUUUAGCCCAGGGGUGGGGAACCAGUGGGCCUUCCAGUACUUGUUGGGGCCACCUUUCCCAUCAGCCGCAGCAAGCAUAGCCAACAAUCAGGGAUAAUGGGAGCUGUAGUCCAAUGACCACACGCUCCCACCCCCUCAUUUAACCAGAAGAACAAAUUCCUUCCUAGCUUUUAACAUAGAGCAAGGCAAGCUGUUGCAGUGUGAAUGAAUAUCAGAUGCAGAAGACAGAGAAGAGCAUUCAUCAAUGUGAAAGGUGCGCCCUGUGGUGAGAAACUAGGCAAUCGCCUUUGAUAUGAGACUAUGGACAUCCCUACUUUCAUCUGUGAAAUGUUGGGGGCUAUGUUGGCUAUAGAGAUGGGCAGAUCCUUCGCUUUUGUUUUUGCUCUGGUUCUCAUCCCACCCCCCAAUCUUCAGUUCUCCACAUUUGUAUAUAAGUUUGUGACUUACUUAAUUUUUAAACGUUCUCAUGAAAACUCAUCAGUAUUUCUGUGCAAAUUUCUCCAAAUAUCUGUGUGUGUGCAAUUGUGCCUGACAUAAACAUUUUUGCAAAAGCAUUUUUUCUAUAAUAUAAUGCAUUUUUGUAUGUUAUUGUCACUAAUACAUGCAUUUUAAAUGCUCACUUCACCCUAGGAUACAUUAUUUUUGGUUGGAGGACUUCACUGCAAAAUUCACAAAUUUGGGAGGGAUGGCUGUGCUUCGAUUUGUGCAUUGUUGGAAUAGUGUGAAAUUUGCUAUACUUGCCUUUUAAGUGUGAAAUUAAUUGAAUUCCUCCCCCAUCCCUAGUCCAAUACCAUGUUCUUUAUUCAUCCUGGACUUGUGGUUUGGGUAAAAUAUAUGUGGAAAGGCGGUUUAUAAAUGAGAUAAAUAAAAAUGAAUGAAUGAACAAAUCAGUGGUUAGGUAUGAGGCUGAUGGCAUCUUUACAUCAUGGACUCUUAAUUGUUAGAAUAGCCCUGCUCCCCAGGAAUCCCUGGAAACUCUAAUUCUGUAAGACAGUGGCUCCCAAGCUUUUUGCCCACAGACUACUUGAAAAUCAUUAAUUUUUAUGCCUCUUGUGUCAAUUAUAAUGUGUGGUGCUAGAUACUGUGUUUUUAAUUGCAUUUCUAUUGCUGCUUUUAUUUCUUCUAUAUUGUAUUUUAUUGUAUUGCAGUUUGAAUUGCAAUGCGUUUAGACACAAUAUAAGCAAUAAAAGUACAAUUAAAAAUCAAUAUGAAUAUUUCUUAAGCAGCAAAUCCACAGGUGCCUGGGGCACCUGAAUUACUAUUGUGGCCACUGAUGGUCCACAUGCCGCAAUUUGGGAACCCCCUGCUGUAAAGGAUGGAUGUGUUGAGGAUAAGCAUUUUGUCAUUUUAUAAGCUUUGUGACUUUGCUGCUCAGUUAAUUUUUUGAAACAAACAAACAAACACGGGCUGCGGUGUAUUUUAUGUGUUGUGACUUUGCUGUUAUUUUUAUUGAUUAUAAUCUAGUAAUGAUUUAUUGUAAUUGGUGGGAGUGGUUUUCUGCUUAUCAUUUGCUGGUUUUGAGAGUUGCUUUUUAUCGUGCAAUACUAUAUUUCAAAUGGAUUACAUUUUAUAAGCUUUGUGACUUUGCUGCUCAGUUAAGUUAACAGUUAACAGUUAACUUAAAUCAAUUGAUUUAAGUUGUUUAUUUUCAUAGACACUUUUUUCAUUAUGGCAUUUGCGUUGGAUCUGAUUGUUGUAGGAUGUGUGAUCUUUGUUAUAUAUUUUGUCACUUCUGUGGCUUAAAAACUGUCCCGUAUUGUAGCAAAGAGGAUGAAAUGAAAUGAAAUAUGGGGAAAGAAUCCUUCUGAGUACCCUCACUAAACCACAGUUCCCAAGCCAUGAUAGGUGGAGUAAUAUAAAACCAGCAUAACUUUGCAGUAGGGAUCCAAACAGACAAUAGGGGUUUGGGGAAAGAGGGGAAGGUCAAGGUGGUAUGAUACCAUUGCUGACAAUUGUAUGCACACCUUUGCAGGUUUUUUGUGCCGUUUCAAAAGCCUGUUUUAAGAGCAGUCAUAGCUGGGGUGAGGAUCGAAGCACACUCUUUUAAAAUGGUUGUCUGUUUAGAUCUACAGUUGAUUGUGUUUACUGGUCUUGUAUAACUUUGGCCACCAUGACUUUCCAAGGAAGGAAGAAAUUGGAUUGUGGUGGGUAUGGAAGAACAGAGGUGGAGAACAGAGAAAGGGAAAAUGUAGGAUGAAGAAAUCAGAAUGAGAAGAGGUGAAAGUGGGUUGACUUAUAUUGCUCCCUCUAAUAACAAACUAUGGUGGAAACUGAGCUGUAAUGGGGCCUUUGAGAAACAAUAUAAACAGCGUGUUCUGGGGAACCUUGAGGUUUAGAGAAGUAGAACUCUCUUUUUUUAAGCCUAAGAGGGCAAAACAACAACAGCCUAGUGAAGACUAAACAUGCUUCAAUAGGUAAGGAAUGCAGUGUGUCAGUUUGAAAGAGGAGGGAAGGAAAAUCCAGCGGAGGGGAGAGUGGGAUGCCCUGCACAAAAGGAAUAACUGGCUAGAAGUCUGAACAGGAAUACUGUGUGAGGAUAUACACUGCAACAAUUUGUUGUCUAGGUCUUAGGUGUGGUGACAUGUAAAAAAAAUGGCUACUUCACCUCCUCUGUAUAUUUUUAAGUGAAAACUUAAGGAGAUUAAAAGCUAUUCAAGUUAGCAUUCUUUAUAUGCAGUUUGACAUCCCCUGCCUUUUGUAGGUUUUGUGGACCUUUACAGUAAAGUGAAACGUUAUAAGCGUGUAAAAAUGGAAUACCAGAAAAUUAAUUAUUUUUUAAAACGCACCAGUGGAGGAUAUGAAAACUUAAAAUGGGAAAGAUUCAGAGACUGGGUUGUAGUCAGUGUUAGUCCUACUCAGAAUAGACCUGUUGAAAUUAAUAAAUCAGUUAGUUAUGUCCAUUAAUUUCAGUGGAUCUACUUAGCUGGAUACAACUCAAUUCCUCCCAUUUAAGCAAAUGAUUGCCAUAGAUUCCUGCAUGGAAAUUUAAAAGCCUGCCAUAGGGGACAGUGCUGUGGACCACCCCAGCCUUCUACCGCUGAUGCAGAAUGACCUGUUGGUCUUCAAGAGAUACCUGAACGUCAAAAGUGGGGGUGCCUGCCAACUCUCUCCUGGAAGAGCGUUCCACAGCAUGUGAUUGGCAGCAGCACUCAAUGUCCAACUUGUACUUGGGGUCAUUCAGGCCUCUGUAACAUGUGGAACAACUAGCAGAGAUCCCUUGAAUGCAGAAGCCAAGCCCAGAUGUUCUUGAGUGUGCGCGUGCACAUGCGCACACACACACAUUCCGCCUAUGGGCUCCUCCAGAUGACCUGAUUACUGAGAGCAUUCAUCCUGAUUUGUUUGCACAAAACUUGUGUGAAGGUUAAUGUUUGAUCUUUAUUAAGCAUUUGCUCUGAUUUGUUUACAUGGCGAUAAUGAGCUUGCAUUCUGAUUUACUUGUUCGGUGGUUGCACUUGUUCCCACUAAUCAGUUAUUUAUCCCAUAGUUUUUAGUGCAUUUCCCCAUAACCCCUAACUGCAGAAAAUUCAUUUUUUAAAACAGUGGAUUUGUUGUGCCAGAGCAUUUUCAUCCACUUUAAUUCUGCAAACCUAAAUUUCCACUAUGCAAUUAAAUACGGUCCACAACAUGGUGACAGUCCAGAGGUAAGAAUGGGGAAGGAAAUUGAUUCCUUUCACAUGUAAAGUUUAAUCUACCUAAUUCACGCUUUCUGGGAGGGAAAUACGCAAAAUGAAACAGAACCAUCCUUCAGAAUUCACACAUUUGAAUUAUGCAGGGCAGUUCUCCAGCCAAAUAAUGUGUACAAAAAUACAUUAUAUUAGGGGAAACUGCCUUGCAAAAAUGCAUGCAAACGUGUGGAUAGUAGGCGAAAUUCACACUAAAGUGCUGAUUGAUUUUUCACGAGGAUUUAAAAAUAAUAAUUUGCAAACUGAUGUGUAAAUGUGGAGAGCUGAACUUUAAGAUUGGGGAAAAUGAAAAGUGGAGAAAAAUUGAAAUUGACAGAUUUGUCCUUCUGCAGAUGACCUAAAUUCACUCCCAGCCAAUACAGUCCUGAACUUCUUGGCACCUUCCACACUAGCUCUGCUCUCCAAACUACAGGUUGUAUCAUCUGUGUCCUGCUCAGAGUAGACCCAUUGAAAUUAAUGAACCUAAGUUAGUUGUGUCUUUUGAAUUAAGUGGGUCUACACACUGAGUAGGACUAGCAUUGGAUACAACCCUGUGCGCCCAGAGGGACCACCCAGAGAGGCAAGGCCUCAGGCCUACUUUGGCCCCCUUGCCCCGUGGCUCUCCAUCCUCACCAGCAUUUAGUUAUCUUAACAAGGGUGCUUGUGUGUUUGCUGCCAAGUAAAUCCCCUUUUUAAAAUGGCAAUAAAGGCAGGGUGGGGCAGCAGCAUCUGGGUGGCUUUGUGCGUGCGUAUGUGUGUGUCUUUUCAAUUUCAUAUUUUGCGUUUGCUGUUUGUUUUCUCGUUCCUGCCAACAACAACAGCGAGGCGUAAACAAGCCGGCGAAUGUGCAGGCUGGUCCUCCAGCUCCCCGGAGGGACUUGGCGUCUCUGCCGCCGUAGCUAGAAAGGCAUUCCUGCCCUCUUUUCUGCUACCACUUCACAAGAAGCCAGCCUUUUAAGCCUCCCCGCUCCCCAUCCCCUGCCCGGGGGUUGGGGGGAAGAGAAUAAUCAGUUUCUUUAAGAAUUUCUGCUCCAUUGCUUUCCCUUGGGUUGGGGUUGGAGAGGGGGAAGAGACUGACUAGAAGCGGGAGAUGGGGGGGAGGGAAAGAGGGAAGAGAGAGAGGCUAAUUUUUCUGAAGCAAAAAAUGCUUCCCUCAGAAGAUGUGCGUAGACGAUGCUCAUGGUUUCAAAGCAGAGCUGCAGAGAGGCCUGUGCAGCUGCUAAAACCUCCCCCCACCUCAAGGGACUCCCACCCCCCUUGAGAUUACAGGGAUACUGGGCCAAGUUUAUUUACUUACUGGGGGUACAUUAAGGUUGCUUUGUGCCCCCCCCCCCAGUCUCAGUCUUCUCCUGUUAAAGCUAAGCUACUUCAUUGUGUGUUGGGGGGUGAAUAUAUCUGGUAUGAUGGUUCUGACUGCCGACUUAUUAUGAGACAAGGCCUUGGAAGAUUUGAUUUUCUUAAUAUCAAGUGAUUAUUAAGUUGGGGGCUGUGGGAAAGGGGGAGCAGCUUAUUGGGGAAUAUAAUUCAAAUUUAGCAAGAUCCUAGCGGGGACAUUGUUGCAGGGGCAGAGACAGUGGCGUAGCGUGGGUUGUCAGCACCCGGGGCAAGGCAAGUAAUUUGCACCCCCUAACCCGUGGAUUUGCGCCCCCUAACCCUAACCCCCAGAUGUUGCGCCCGGUGUGGCCGGCCCCCCUGCACUUCCCACGCUACGCCACUGGGCAGAGAUAGGGUGCAUUCCAGUUGUUUUAGUUCCUUUAUGACUAAGGAAGUCAUAAACCAGCACCCCCUGGCCAGCCCCAGCGGCACCAUUCGCCUGGGGAGCUUGUAGCCAGGGCUGCUGUAACAAACAGCUACGCAAGCCUUGGGGAGGCUGAGACGCAAGGGGGCAUCUGAGGAGGAAGGGAAGGAAAGAGAGAGAGAGGCCAGUAUUGCCUGCGGCACCCCUGACCAUCAUUUAAGGCACCCCAGGGUGCCACAGCACACUGGUUGAAAACCACUGUUUUAAACCGUUAAUGUGAGUGUACCCUUAAGACCCUGAAUUUAAUAGUGUUACUCAUUUCCCUUCUUCCCCUUUGCCCUCCCCUCCCUCAGGCAUACACAUUCCAUGCUUUACAACAGGUUCUAUGUGCCUGACAUGUCGGAGCAACAAAGAAACAAACAAGUCUCCUCCCUCCCCCGAUUUUAAAAGGAGAAAGAAAUUCUCUGAGCAUGUGCAGUUUUGCAUUUUAAACCCUCUCAAAUCAUCGCACCAUCGCCACUACAGGGAUAACAUUUGCUUGUACUGCAGAAACACGAAAAUGCGUUUCCAAUGCUAAACACAUUUCCUUGGGAAUAAAGCGGCAUUUUGUUGUAGAAAAUGAUUUUUGCUUAAAUUACAAAUAAUAAAACAAGCAUUGUUAACCAUGUACGUGGUUAACCCCCCAACUAUAAAAUUGGGGGACGGGGACGGGACUGGAAGAGAGAAUGCUGCUGAGACCAGUGCUGCCCCCAGUGGAACCCCUGGUCCAAGGUCUUGGUAGCUGCUCCCAUGGUCUGCUGAGAGCCGCUGUCAGUGUAGACAAUAUCAAGCCGGAUGGACCACUGCCCUGGUUCAAUAUAACACAGCUUCCUAUGUCCCUAUAUGUUGAAUCAGGUGUCUGCAUGAACUGAGAGGCUUUGGCGGCUUACAGCACAGGCACUGUGGGUUAAACCACAGAGCCUAGGACUUGCUGAUCAGAAGGUCGGUGGUUCGAAUCCCCGCGACGGGGUGAGCUCCCGUUGCUUGGUCCCAGCUCCUGCCAACGUAGCAGUUUGAAAGCACGUCAAAGUGCAAGUAGAUACUGUGAAUAGGUACCGCUCCACCAGGAAGGUAAACGACGGCUUAAUCAUGCUGGCCACAUGACCCGGAAGCUGUACGCUGGCUCCCUCGGCCAAUAAAGCGAGAUGAGCGCCGCAACCCCAGAGUUGGCCACGACUGGACCUAAUGGUCAGGUCAACCUUUACCAUGUCUACUCAGAAGUAAAUCCUAUUGAAUUCAGUGGGGCUUACUCCCAGUCAAGUGAGUUUAGGAUGUCAGCAUUACUGCCAGGCGCUAUGGGAGGUUCUGAGUAAUUAAAGCUACAGUCCUGCGUCAACUUCCCUGGGGGUAAUCUCCAUUAAGCACUGUAGCAUUUACUGUACAGUGGUACCUUGGUUGUCGAACGCCUUGGCUCCCGAAGAAAUCGACUCCCGAACACCACAAACCCAGAAGUAAGUGUUCUGGUUUGCAAACGUUUUUUGGAAGCCGUCCUUCUGACGUGGCUUCCGCUUCUUCCGCUUGAGUGCAGGAAGCUCCUGCAGCCAAUCAGAAACCGUGUCUUGGUUUUCGAACUGUUCCGGGAGUCGAACGGACUCCCAGAACGGAUUAAGUUCGACAACCAAGGUACCACUGUACUUCUGCGUACACAUGCAUUUAAGCAUACAGAACCAAAAGGAAUUUAAAAUUGCAGAGAGAAAAUAGACUCAUUCAUGUUUGUGUUCAGUCAGUGGUAGCUAAGUUACUACUCUUUGGGUUGUACAUAGUUCAGUGGUAAAGGACCUGCGUUGCAAGUGGAAGGUGGUCUCAGGUUUGAUCCUCAGCAUCUCCGAGUACGGCUGGGAGAGACCCCUGCCUGAAUAGCUGCUGCCAGUCAGUGUGUAAGCAACACUAAGAUAGGUGGACCAAUUGUCUGACUCAGCAGAAGGCAGCUUCCUAUGCUCCUAUAUUCCUAAUUAGUGCUUUAGGUUGAGCCUGGAAACAGAUGGGAGCCAAGCACAGCUAGUAAUGCACUGGCAGAAUGUGAUCAAGCCGUCCAGGCCUUGUCUCUCUUUGGGGGAUGCUCAGUGGUAGAGCAAUGGCCUUGCAUGCAGAAUGUCCCAGAAGGACACCUGUCUGAAAUCCUGGAAAGCAGCUGCCAGUCAGAGUAGACGAUACUGAACUAGAUGGACCAUUGUAGUAAGGCAGCUUCCUAUGUUCUUAUGACUUUGACCCCCCAAAACCAGCUGUGGCUUCAUCACUGCUUCUACAUGCUCAGAGACAUUGUCUCCUGCUUUUGCUGUCACAGCCCUGUGAAAGGGGCCAGUGCCAGGGGGCUUCAGAUUGUGCUAGCUUUUAGCUGCUGUUUAUUAAAAAUUGCACUUAAAUCUUUUCUGGUAGCUGAUGCUGGCUACCCCCAAAGACAGCAAAAUCCAAAACUACAGAAUUCACUCUCAGGGGACAUACCCUCCAAGCUCUGUCUCUUUCCUUGUGUUUUUAAGUGUGCUAUGAAUAUUUAUUUUAAUCUCAUUAUGCUUUUUAAGAAUUUAAAAUCUGUUGUCCCCUGACCUGUUUGUUUUAAAAUGUGCUUCUUAUUACGUGCACUUUUGAAUUGUGUGUUUUUUUCUUUUAAAAAAUAUGUUUCUGAGCCACUUUGUGAAAACAGCUUUUUUUAAGGCAAGGCAUAAGUUUGUCAAAGGCACAUUAUAUAGAUACGUAUUUAUAUAAAUAUAUUAAGUAACAGAGAGAGAUGGAUCUGGUUCAUGGAUCACAAGCCACGGCUAGGCACAGCCUCUUUGACUUUCAAUAAGGUGUGCGUGCACCAUGUGAAUGCAUUAAACCACAUAUAUUAUUGAACAAAACAGUAAUAUUAGGGGGGGAGUGCAUCCAAAAAUGUGCAUCCAGUAUUAGGAAAAAUGUGCACUAUAAUGCUGAUAAAUUUUCAUUUUUAAAAGACGCAGCAAACUUAAGUGAAAAUGGGGAGAACCCAAACUGGGAACCGAAAAUGCGCUCUUGUACUCAUGGAAUCCAUUUCACUUUCUCACGUGCAAAGAGGGCUCUGGACCUCACCCCUGGCAUUCGCAGUGAUUUUUGGUCGCGACGCAGCUCUGCUGGUUCCUCUGCCCUCUUCCUCCAUGUGGGCCGAGCUCAGAGGCACCAUCGCCAUCCUGACCAGCGCGGUCGGCAUCAAGGAGAGGGGAGCGCACUUCUCGCUGAGCCAGCACCCAGCUCGCCCUUGCGCCCCAAGGAGGCACCCACCAGCCCUGCUGAGCCCAUUAGCGUUGUUCGCCUCCCGUCCAGCCUGCAAAGCCGGCUGGGCCCUGCCGAGCCGACGGCCUGGGACAGAGGUGCGCCUGGCGCCGGCAGAGCCCGGCGGUGCCAAGGUUGCCGCGGGUCCGCAGCGUGGGCACUGCCAAGAGCGUCAGGCUGAGCGGCGCUCUUCCAGGGCCAACUGUAAAAGGCUUUUUACUAGGUCGAUAAAAGCGUGCACGGAGAGGUGGGGGUGGGGAGAAAAAGGCCCCUUUUUUUUAUUAGUCUUAUUAUGAUUAUAACCCCCACACCCCCAGAACCAUAAAAACGACACGGGCCCCUUUUCUCAUCGCCAAACGCGCGCGCGCAAAAACGCCCACCGGGGGGGGCAGGAGGGGCUUGAAAUCAUCCCCUAAAUCAACGCGCGCGCCCCAACUCGCGUCUCGCUCUUGUUUAUUAGGCCUGACAUGUUUACUCUGCGAUAAGAAACGGCGCUUUCACCGGGAGAUUUGUGUUCUGUUUUUCAAUUACCACUCGUCUUUCUCUGCCACUUUUGCACUAAAGGGAUAAUAAAUGUAUCGGAGCGUUUCAAUUAUUCAUCUAAAUCACGGACGCGCCAUGGCCGAGGCUGCUGCUGCCGCCGCCGCCGCCGCGCACCAUUGACAGUUUAAUUCAAGAGACUCUCUUCGUUUCCUCUCCUCCUUUCUUUCUUUCCUUCCCUCCAUUCUCUCCCCACCCCCAGCUUCCCUUUCCUUUCCAUUUAGCUGUGAUCCCCGCCCUCCCUCGGCCCCUUGGAAGACCCGGGGCAUGUUAGCUUUGUGGAUUCAAUCCAGGCAGAAGUCAUCCCGCGGUCAGCAACUUAGUUCUUAAAAUGUUUUGAGAGUAGACAAGAAAGGCCUUUCCAAACAUCCUUUUUAUGGUGCAUUGGGGCUCAGUUGUGACCCUGAUGGUAGCAGGGCAGUCACACCUGAUUCCACUUUCCAUGUCCUUCAUGCCCGCAAAGUUUCAGAGCAAUCACACUGUUUCAGUUCCAGUCGGCACAUCCUGUAAUUUCCCGCUGAAAUCCUGCAACAUGAAAAAUAGUAAUACUGUAAUAAUAAAAGCCUGCACAUGGGCCCGGGAGAGAAGCAAGCACAUUAGGAAAGAGUCUUUAGCCCUGCCCAUUCCUUUUGGCAUCUGUUUUCUACAUAAGGAGGCACUCAAAAAUGGCCUCCCCACCUGCAGUCUAAACCAGCACAGUCCCUUCCGCCAUCUUAUACCUCUGUUGCAUAGACCAGGCUUUAUUUGCUCAGUCUCAGAAAUUGGCAGGUCAUGAGCAGAGUCACAACAGAACCUAGUGGCUUGGGAGUGGUGCCAGGGUGGAAUGUGGGUCUGGGCAGAGCCAGGGCAGAAUCUGGAUAUGAAAGGUAACCAGCAUGACACUGGCUGUUUGGCAGUCCUUGCUAAGGCGUAUGUUUUAGGCUGGAACAAGGUGCAAAGCCCAUCAUUUUUAAGGGCCUAAGAAAUCCAAAGAUCACCUGCCACUCCUUGUUUAUUAUUACAAACAAGUGGAACAUGAAGUUUUAUAUCUUGUGCUUUCAGUGGUAUUUGAAAUGCCUUUUAAUGGUGUUUUUAUCCACUGUUUUGUUUUGUUGUUUAAAUCUUUUAUCCUCUUCUGCUUUUGCUGUUUUAUUUUUUAUGUUGCUAGAUGCGUCAGGAUUGUGUUUUGUCAACUCAUUGCAUUUUACUGUUUUUACAACUUUAAACCUUGUGUAGCAGUGGAAAGUGGGGGGGGGGGAUAUUUUCCAAACAAACAAAUGAUUUCCCACUUCUCCAGAGCUGAAACUUAUCGUUUUCUCCCCCCCCCGACCCCCCCAAAAAGCUCAGCUUGGCUGCUUCCAUGCAAACCAUCCAAAGGCCUGCCGCAUAACACUCUCCCCUAGAAAAAGGUGUGGGAGACAGAGCUGGCAGAGAAGGGAAGCAGGCAAAAUUUGGGAGUGUGCAUGAGAGAUUGUGUAUGCUUUUAACUAUCUGGGUGCCAUCUUUCCCCCUUUUCAUUUUCUUUCCCCUGCCCUCUGCCCCUGACUGCCCUGUGGUUGCAGAGGUCCUUUCUCUCAAUCAGCAUUAACCUGCCUAAGAGACCCUAUUGGUUUUCCAAGGGAUUUGGAAACUACUCAGUUUGAGAUUAGCAUGUUGAAAGGGUUUGGACAGCGGAGAGAGAGAGAGAGGAUGGAAUUACGGUAGCAGCAGCAAAGCUAAAAGAACUCACUUUGGGCAGGGGAGGGAUUACUUAUUUGACUAAUAAAGCAGCCCCAUGAACCCACAGAGGGGCUAAUCCCCUCCUCGCACUGGGAGCUCUCUGAGGUCAUGCUCCCCAAUACUGGAUAAUAAUCCCCCUCCCUCUUUACCUGGGGCACUUGCUCUUUUGUUGGCUAAAUUUGUUAUUCAGUUCCACUAGAAUAGUACAAGAUCUGCCCGAGUAUUUUCUUUUUUCCUAUUUUUUUCCUAAAAGAUAAAUUUGAUUGUCUUUUAUUCUUUUUGUUUUUGCUUGAUUUAUUGCUAGCAGCCUAUUGCUGGUAGUAACAUUUUUACUGGACGAUGUGGCCGAUAUAUACAAGAAAAUAUACCUCUGCCCAGUUUUAUUUCCCUUUCCAUCAAAGGUACCUUACGGAAAGCAUUACAGCUGCAACCGAUAUAGAACACAACUAGCUGUGAUUCCUACAUUUCAGGGGGCUGGAUGAGAUUAUCCUUUGGGUCCCUUCCAUCUCUACAAUUCUAUGGAAAGUGAACUAAUAGUGGGGUGUGUGAGAGACACCACAGAAGUUCAUAAACUUAUGAAUGGAGAAGAGGAAGGUUGGGGGACCUUGGGCCCAAAUGGAGCCCUCCAUUAACUCUCCCCACACCAUAACGCUCACCGCCCCUGCUUUGCACCCUCCAUGAGUGCCUGGGCAGGAGUGAAACAGAAGCAGCUGAAUAGCAUGCACAGCACAAGGCCUAUUCUCAAUAAACCAAGCUAAGCAAACUCAACCAGUGCUAGUUUAGAGCCAUAGAUUCAUAUAUUCUUAAAGGAGCAGCAUGCUCACGCUGUGCAGUGUGUUCCAGCCUUGCUUAGUCACACCCUGGGAUAAUUUGGCAACACCCUUCACAGACCCAAAGCAGGCGUUCAGUCCUCUGCGUUGCCCUGCCCUGCAGGGGGUGCCAAAGUGUGGCAAAGGAAACAGAUCCUGUCUGUCUGUGAGAUGUUUUGCUGCGGCCGCCUCGGCCAGCGCCCCAGCUGGGUACAAGGGAAGGAUUCAUCACCCCUUUAAAUAAUAACCUUCCAUGCACUUUGGGAAUGGCGCCUACGCCAGUUUGGGGGCAUGAAUGGGGGGCAUUCAUGGCUGGCCUGUUUAUGUUUCUGUCAGACAGCAAAGCCCUCCUUUACUCCGUCUCCCCAGAAAGAAAAAGGAGGGGAUUGUGCCAAAGUUCGAAGUGGCAUGGGAACCUCUUGGAGAGGAUGCUGGCAGGCUCUUUGGGGAUGGAUCUCUUGGUUUAGGAGGGGAGGAAUUGAAUGGAGCGGGGAGCAGACUUUGGAAUCAGGACUCCUGUUGUUUCUCACCCUUUUUAUGGAAGGGGUCUAAUUUGGGGCCAGGAGCCAUGGAUUCUGUCUCCAGACUAAGGUUCCCUAUUAAUUUAACUUUAUUACUGCCAUCGCUCCUGGGUCAUUUUAAGCAUCCUGAUAAAGGCAGAAGUUCAACAAGUGAAACACCCCACUUUUAUUUCCAUGUUAGGAAAAGCUUUGCCUGCUGAAUUUCUGCCUGCUCCAUGCUACUGUUAAAUCAAAGGAAAAAGAUUUUACAGUGCUUCUCAGCCUUGUUGGUACACAUUUUCCAGUCAUCCUGUAAGCUCAGGAAGGAGGCAAGUUAUCCUCCAUAUCAAAUAUAUCUCUAUGUAUGUAUCUAUGCGCAAGCCACACCUAAAGGUCCAGUGCCUUUAGACCUCUCUCUCAACUAGUUCACACAUUUGUCACUCAGUGUCUGUGAUAACCUGUGACAAUAAGCCACUAUGCAUAUAGCACACCACAGGUUAGGAUUUCUACAUUUCACAUGCAACACACGUUGCAUGUUAAUCCACAGUGUCAGCCCAGCAUCAGGGGUAGAGACAUUCCUGUGGUUUUAAUUUUUUGGUAGGAAAUCUUAGGCCAGGGGAUCAAAUGCAGCCCUCCAGGCCCUUGGAACACUUCUCAGGCCACACUGUCUCCACUUCACGCCACAAGGGUUCUAUUGCCUGUCUGGAAUGUGAAACGUGAACUCUGAUAACGCCUCUUCCUUGUCCGGGCGGAGGAUAGAGAAGGGUGUGUGAGUGUGUGAAGAAACUAGCCUACUGUACAAUGGCAAAAUCUGCAUUCAUUGCCCCACCCACUUUUGCCUCUGGCCCCACCCACCACAAGCAUGUGGCCCCCAGAAGAUUGCUCAGAAGGAAAUUAGGCCCUCAGGCUGAAAAAGGCCCCCGCCCCUGGUUUAAAUGCACUGCCCUCACCUAGGCACACUGAACACUCUCAGAUGAGUUAGCUGCAGUUGAACCAAAACACAGGCAGUGGGGAAAUGGCUUACCCCGGGCCGGAGAUUUGUGGGGACCAUUAAAAGCCACCCUGUUGUCAAUUAUUUAGUUUAUUACUUAUGUUCCAGUGGGCCUUCUUUUCUGGUAGCUGUCCAUGUCCCCCAUUCUUUCCUUUUGUGAAUGCCUUGUGAAAACGAUGUUAAUGCGUGCUUCACUCAUGUUAUCACCCCUCAAGGUUCAGCUCUUCUCCCAAGGUCUCUAGAAAGCAUAAUAUCUGAGUGGGGAAUGGAUGGGAGUUCCCCACACCUGAUAUAGCAGGCCCUGCUCCCAACACUUUCAAUAGAUCAAACAGGUAAUGAAUGCAACUGAUGUAAAAUUGCUCCCAGAUCCUUUUAUCUGGGACAUGCCAGGCAUUGAUUCUGGGAACUUCCGCAUGCUGAGAUUCUGCUCUGACACUGAGCCAGGGUCCCUUGGGUGUUGCUUCUUGGUAUGUGCAUUGAAGCAUCACAGGCAUGUCACUGUUUCCACCUGCAAAUCCUCAGAGGGCACGUUGCAGCCAUAUACAUCCCAGGACAAAUAUGCCUAAAAGAUCACCUCACUCCCUACAUACCUGCCCAACCACUGCAUUUUGCAGAAGGCAGUAUCCUGCAGAUCCCAUCCUGUUCAGGAGACCCAUUCUGCAUAAUGUCGGAAUAGGGCCUUUAGCAUGGUGACAACUAUUAUUUGGAAAUUCCUCUUGCUGCAAUAACUGUGUGUGUGUGUGUGUGUGUGUGUGCCUUUUUGCACCUGCUUUAAUACAUUCCUCUUUCAACCAGGUGUCUAAAAUCUUUGUCUCAGUUGGGACCUUCCUUGAAUUUGAAUUGAUUUUAUUUAUGUGCUGCCGUUGUUUUAAACUGUUUUUAUGUUUAAGAUUGGUUUUAUACAUAUGCAAUCAUUUAUUUAUUUUUAUAUAUGUAACUGUAUUUUAUGUGCUGUUACAGUGUAAAUUGCUUUGGGAUGCCUCAUGGGAAGCUAUCUACAAAUGACAUAAAUAACAAAACAACAACAACAACAACAACGGUGGCAGAGGGAUGGUGGGUGGGUGACAUUUAUUUUGUAGAAACCUUUGGUCAUCACAAGAAUACAAGCUAUAUAAAAAGUACAUUUCAGCACAGGCGGUCCCUAGCACACGGAGCCCCAUGUUGUACAGUAAAAUUCUGUCUGAUCUGUUGAGCUGCUAAAGUGAAUAUAAAAACCUUAGCUGCAAUGUAUUUAUCCCCCUCCCAUCAACAAAUAACAGACUUUCUCCUUCUGAGUCAAACAGAAAACUCGCUGGAGAAUUCCUUCAUGUAGCUCAUGGGUGUGUGGGCUUUAGGAAGUCUUUGUUUUGUCCCCCAGGAAAGUCCUUGCUUUCUUACAUGAAGCAAAUUCCCAAGCACACACGCACAUGCACAUUCACAUGCACAUACACCCACAGAUUCCAGGAAGACUGCUGAUUGGGCCAUUGCUUCUCCCCCUGACCCCAAACAAGCCCUCCAUGCCCUGCCAUAACUCACUAUGCCCCCCCACCCUCUCCAAGAGCUGUUUGUUGUACAUAAUGAAUGGGACAGUCUUUCUGUGGUUGGGAAUGGGGGCCACCUGAUUGGUGGCAAUGCCGCAGGAGUAUGAUGGGGUUUUUUAAUAAAGGAAAUUAUUGUAUGCAAUGAUGAAUGCAGAGCCGUCGUUUGUGCACCCAUUACGAAAGCUUAAUGUUUUCAAAUAUCAAUUGAGGAAGCUGAUCAGUCUUAAUAAUGGCCCCAGAAUUGCAUCUUGACGAACGGCAGCGUUUAGCCGUCUUCCGCUCUGGAUUUCAGGGUGCUGGUGUGGUCUUGGCAAGACCCCACAUAUUUGUGGCUUCGGAACCUACCCCCACCCCACCUCCACCCCACCCAUGACAUUUAUUCAGAUCCUGAGAAAGAAAACCAACUUUGCUUAAAGUCCACUUUGCUCCAAUUCAGUCAAAUUGUUCUAAUCCAGCCACAUCAAGUCAUUGGAGAAGGAAUGACCAACUGCUCAUAAUAAACAGUUUGGAGUAUUGUUGGGUCAGAAAGGAAACUGCAAUAUGUCCAUCUGAGUCCAUAUUGUCAAUGGUGACUGGCAGUAGCUCUCCUGGGACCUCCUGCAAGCUGAGCAUACUCUCUUGCAAUGAGCUACAGCUCUCAGGACUUUGAAUAAAGGGCCGAUUUAAAUAGGAUCUUAUGAACAGGCCAUUGGUACAUCUAGCUCAGUAUUACACCAAGAGUGGGGAAACCUUUUCCUCCCAAGGGUCUCAUUCCCUUCUGGGUCAACUUCUGGAGGUCAUUUGCCAAUGGUGGGCGGAGCCAGAGGCAAAAGUGGGCGGGUCUGACACUUCCCUUUGUACAAUAGGCUACAUUCCAGCCACAAACAAAAGAGAGGUUUGCAUAUCCCCCCCCCCCCCCAUAAAUCCAUCCUCUCAGGUCUAAGCAAGCAGGAGGCAGUAUGCUGCUCAGGGACAUAUCCCACCCAGGCAAAACCACUUGGCAUGGGUGCAGAGCAGGUCUGGGAAGGGGCAUGGUCUGUGAGAUUCCCAUUGGCCAAAGAGAGGGGAGCACUUCGCCUGUGGGUUGUGAGCCAAGCAACAAUGUUUGCAAUAAGUUACCUGAACCAGCAGGGGCACAGUAGACAGGAAACCAACCUAUUCUUCCCUUACUGAUACCUUUUCACUAACUAUCUGUAGAUUGUUUUUUUCUCAGGCUUUACUUCCUUCCUUCUCCUUAUUCAGUCAGUAAGUGCUAGACGUUCGUUUAUGGUAACCUCAUGACUCUAUGAGGGCCACUUGUAAGUCUGUACUCAGAAAGGCUUUGUUUGUCAGGAGUAAUAAACCCUAAGCUUACUUUUCUUUCAACCAGAGGUCCUACCAGACAGACAGACAGACACACACACACACACACACACACACACACACAUAUAUAUAUAUAUAUAUAUAUAUAUAUAUAUAUAUAUUGGGGUGGUGCACCACAAGUAAAUUAAACAUCCAUAUGGCCAAAUCUCUGGAUUUUAAAUAGUUUGCAGAGUGAUUCUGCCCCCCUCAAAAACCUAUUUCUCUAGGGAAUUGUCAAAGAUUGGUAGCAACACCAGCAACUCACACUUGGCAACCUCGCGUGAGUGCGGGGCCGGAGCAGGGCUUCUCCCCUUGCAUGCGUGCAUAUGCAAUCGAUACUGAGCCCGUUAAUUUCCAUCAGAGCCUGGCUCUCUCUCUCUUUCUCUCUUUCUGCUGAUAGAGUGCAGCUACAAGAGCUGACAUGUGGUAGUGAUUCAUGGACUCGAAACUGCCGAGCCUGGCAUUUAGGACACGUUUCCUAGAACAAAACAAACAGCGCUUGGAGAGCCAAGGCGGAAAAGAGGGGAGGCCAGCGGGGAGGGGGCGUCAGGGGUGGCAGCACCAGGAGCCAAGUGGAAGGGGGAAGGGUGUCAGGGGCUUUCCGCAGCAACUGCUCCCUGCCAUUAUAAAAGUGCGUUUUCAAUAACACGCGCCGAGCUGGAGUGGUGAUGAAUAAAUGCGUGUGGCAAGGUGUCCUUUUCACUGAACUUGGCAAACCCCAGUCUUCUUUCCCCCUGGGCUCUUUCAGCCCACUGCAGAGGGGGGACCUUUUUCAGCUCAACGACCAGAGGCAAAAGUGGGGCAUAGUCGGAAGCAGAAAGUAGACAAAGCAACAAAAGUGAAUUUUACUUUUGUAACCUAGGCAGAUUUCUACAUACUCCUACACAUUCCCCUUUUUCCUCCCGCUGGAAAAGCAAGAAGCAUUUGAGGGGCUGUUUGAGGAUGGAUUCUAGCCAGGCAAAAACACUCAAGCAGGAUGCCAAGCAGGACUGGUGCUGGGCGUGGCUUAUGAGAGUGUGCGUCCUGGGGAGAGUCCCAAGGGCCAGAUGAAGAGGUCUGGAGGGCCACAGUGGGUUUUUCAUCUUUGGAAAGGGCCUGUUAGGGUUUGUCAACUCUUGAAUUCAGAAAUGGUGACUGUCCUGGGGUGCUGGGGGGUGAAGCUCAAUACAAAAUGUGGCAAGUUGUGAGAGGUGUUAAGAGUGGAACCUGGUGGAUUGUGGGAGGGGCCAUAGAAUAUUCUGGCAGGCUGUAGGAGGGGCCAUUGUGGAAGCUGGCGGAAGGUAUUUGUUCUUCGUUGUUGUCAAACACAAACUUGAAAAAUAUAAUUGUCCUACACUGUGCUGUCAACCAUUCAAAACAAACCUCAGCAAAAGUUUUUGGUGCCUUGGUGUUCAUGUGCUUGCAAUGACAUGCAUGUGCAGUAGAGUCCAGGGAUGGGCAAAUCUAUCAAAUUUCAGCUUUUCUCAGUUUCCCAUUCUCCCCAAAAAACUUUCGUUCUCCACCUUUCCCCAUCAGUUUGCAAUUAUUUUUAUAUGGCCUCAUGAAAAUCCAUCACCUUUUUAAUGCAAAUUUCUCCUAAUAUACACAUAUUCAGUAUGCAGUUUUGCCUAACUUACAUGUUUUUGCAAAGCAAUUUCCCAUGAUGUUAACACAAUUUUUUAGCAUUAUAUUUCCUAGGGCAUACCUUUUAAUGUACUUGUUGCCCUCAGUGUAGGCAUUUUUGUACACAUUGCUUGGAUGGAGAACUUCAUUGUAAAAUUCCGAGAAGUGCAAAUUUCAAAGUAUGGCUGUGUUUCGCGUCAUGUUUUGCAAAGCAAGAAUUUGGUAGGUUAUCCUUUAAAUGCAAAAUGAGCCAAAUUCCUCCUCCAUCCCUAGAUACACACCCACCUAAGUUCCUGGGAGCUGCACCUUAAAGUAUGGCAAAUCUGUUGAAUGGAUUGGUCUAUUCCCAAUUUCUGGUGGUUUCGCAUGUGUUGGCUUCAGAGUCUGCCCCAUCCUGUUUCCAAUUUACUUACAAAAUACACAUUUCUAAAUGUAUAUUCUCUAUCUAAUCACAUUUGAUAAUAAAAUAUAUAUUUUUAUAAACAUUUCUUUUGAGCCAAUAAUAGGGCUGCCAUACGUCCAGAAUUUCCCAGACAUAGCCAGGAUUUGGCAACUCCAACAAUUGCAUUGGAAUACUCAGGGAGAAUCAUUGUGUGACAAUUGUGUCUUCAAACAUACAUUUAACCCAAGAGAACAAACACAGGCUUGGCUUUUAAAUCAGUGGAAAGACAUGCUGACACAAUGCAAACCAGUCCUUGCCAACCUGGUGCCCUCCAGAUCUGCAGGUCACCUGAGCCCUAGAUAGCAUGUUGGCUGGGGCUUAUGGCAAUUGUAGUCCAAAACUUCCAGAAGGCACCAAAUUGGCGAAGGGUGAAGUAAAUGAAUGUGGCACAUACGGGUAAUGAAACCUUCAGCAAUGUGGAAUUUGGGGUGGAUGGGUGUCAUCGGUUUGCAAAUUGGGGUGUUUCUGGCAUGUGCCUGCUUUAACUGAGAAAGGUUGAAGGUUAUGCGAUUUAAAAAAACCAACCAACCACAUAUUCAAUAACUGGAUAUCCAUGCAAUCAAAAUCAGUGGGGUUAAUACCGAUUCACAUCAGACAGAGUGAAAAUGUACCUCUCCGCCGCGCCCCGGCCCUAGAUUUAAGUGCACUUAUUGAUGAGUAAAUCUUAUUGAAAAUCCAUGGGAUUUACUCACUUGUAAGUGCAUUUGAGGUCACCACCUUAAUCUACUAUAACUGGGAGUGUGGGUUUAAUAGGAGCAAGACCGUACUGAUUAACUCUGCCCUCCCCUCCCCGUCUUCUCCCCCCCCAAAAAACCACAAGCCUCGGGCACUCUUAAUACAUGUUAAAUCCCUUUUCUGAGUUAAACUUAAUCCCUUUGCAAACCGGGUUAAUCUUAAUUGGGGAGGGAGAAAUCCAUUUAAUCCACAUGAGUUAAGUCCCCAUGGCUAUGUAAUAGGAGCCAACUAACCCAUAUGAAAUGCAGGCCUCUAAUGGGGAAUUGAUUAACGGGAGAGAUAUUCUCCCGCCUGCCGCUGCCCCGCUCCCCUGCCCAAGUUAUUCUGGCCGCCGUUUCCCAUCGCUUCCCACACCACAGUGCAGUGAGGUGCAUGUGGGAAUCGGGCUUUCAUUGGUCGCUGGAUUUGGCCCAUAGCUCAGCAUCCUUUCCUCCAAAAAUUUUUUUUAUUGAUUUUCCAAAAAUUUUAAGAAAAACAAACAAACAAACAAACAAACAAACAAACAAACAUAAAUCUUAUCUAUACUUAAUCCAAUCUUCAUAACAUUGUUAGGUGACUUCCUCUAAUCCCCCUGGCUGAAUUUCAAUGUAUAUCAUUGUAACAGUUUUCCAAAACUAAAUUUCUCAUAAAAUUAACUUAAUCAGUUAACAUCAUUCUUCUUUCAUAGCUCAGCAUGCUAGCAAGGAGUCCUGCUGAUUGUAGUUCUGUAAAAAGGGUCAGGGAUGGAGACAGUAGCGGCCACCAACUUGGACAGCUUUAAAAGAGGAUUGGACAAAUUCAUGGAGGAUGAGGCUGUCAUUGGCUGUGUUGCCCCUCCACUGUCAGAGGCUAUAUACCUCUGAAUACCAGGUGCAGGGCAUCACAAGUGGGGGAGAGUUGCUGUUGUGCUCAGUUCCAGCUUGUGGACUUCCCACAGGCAUCUGACUGGCUGCUGUGAGACCAGGAUGUUGGGCCUUUGAGAUGGGCCUUUGGCCUGAUCCUGCAGCCAGGCUGUUCUGAUAUUCAUAGAGAUGGGGGAGAAGUUGAUUCAUCUCGGCAGUUAAAGGCGAACCUACCCGAUUCACGCUUUCCAGAAUAAUAAAUGAACCAGAACACAACAAUCCUUAAAAAUUCUCAUUUCUCUGAAUAUUUCAGCCCAGUUAUCCAGCUCAAUAAAGUGUACAAAAAAAGCAUAUACUAGGGUAGAGCAUGCAUAAAAAUUGUACAUAGUAGGGGAAAUUUCUUUGCAAAAAUGAUUGCAUACAAUUAUAUGUAUAUACAGUGGUGCCUCGCAAGACGAAAUUAAUUCGUUCCGCAAGUCUCUUCGUCUUGCGAGUUUUUCGUCUUGCGAUGCACGGUUUCCCAUAGGAAUGCAUUGAAAAUCAAUUAAUGCGUUCCUAGGGAAACCGCCUUCAGACCAGGUCCGGGGACAGUCUGUCCCCGGACCUCUUCUGAAGGCUGGGGGCAAGGGCUUUUCUUCCCACCCCCAGCAUUUUAAAACCCCGGGACAGCGGAGGACUUCUCCGCUGUCCGGGCGAUCUUAAAAUGCUGGCGGGCGGCAUUUUAAAAUCACCCGGGACAGCGGAGGACUUCUCCGCUGUCCGGGGCAAUUUAAAGCCCCUGGGAAGGCAGGCAGGGGGACAAAGACUUUUGCCCCCGCCAGCCUUCAGAAGAGGUCCUGGACCUCUUCUGAAGGCGGGCGGGGCGAAAGUCUUGCUCCCCGCCUUCAAAAGCCCUCCGGGACAGGCAGGCAGGGGGAGCAAAGACUUUCGCCCCGCCCGCCUUCAGAAGGUCUUCCCUCCCCCGCCCGGCUUCGGAGCACCGUUCCGAGCCGGGCGGCGGCGGCAGGUGUUCCCUCCCCCCGCCCGGCUCGGAGCACCGUCCGGGCCGGGCGGCGGGGAGGUCUUCCCUCCCCACCGCCCGGCUCGGAGCACCGCUCGGGCCGGGCGGCGGGGGAGGUCUUCCCUCCCACCGCCCGGCUCGGAGCACCGUCCCGGGCCGGGCGGCGGCGGCAGGUGUUCCUCCCCCGCCCGGCUCGGAGCACCGUCCCGGGCCGGGCGGCGGGGAGGUCUUCCUCCCCCGCCCGGCUUCGGAGCACCGUUCCGAAGCCGGGCAGAGGCGGGAGGUCUUCCCUCCCCACCGCCCGGCUUCGGAGCACCGUUCCGAAGCCGGGCAGAGGCGGGAGGUCUUCCCUCCCCACCGCCCGGCUUCGGAGCACCGUUCCGAAGCCGGGCAGAGGCGGGAGGUCUUCCCUCCCCCCCCGCCCGGCUUCGGAGCACCGUUCCGAAGCCGGGCGGCGGCGGCAGGUGUUUCCUCCCCGCCCGGCUGCGGAGCACCGUCCCGACGCCGGGCGGCGGCGGCAGGUGUUCCCCCCCCCCCGCCCGGCUUCGGAGCACCGUCCCGAAGCCGGGCGGCGGCGGCAGGUGUUCCCUCCCCCGCCCGGCCCGGAGGAGCCUUCCGAGCCCGGCGGCGGCGGGAGGAGGUGUCCCCGCCCCGCCGCCAGGCUUCGGAGGAGGUCCGAGGACAGUGGGGAAGACGCGCUGCGCUCCCCGCUGUCCCUGAGAUUUCCCUAUGGGCUGUCGUCUUGCGAAGCAAGCCCAUAGGGAAAUUGCGUUUACGAGCGCCUCAAAACGGAAAACCCUUUCGUCUAGCGGGUUUUCCGUCUUGCGAGGCGUUCGUCUUGCGGGGUACCACUGUACUGGGAGAAAAUUGCAGGACGAUCACUGAUGUGGACAUCAGGCCUGGGAACCAAAUGUGGCCCUCUCGGCUUCUGUACCUGGCCCUCAGAACUUUCCCUAGGCCCCACCCCUCACUGGUCCUGGCUGGAAUGUGCCGCUGAUGCUUGAUAAUGCCUCUAGCUUCGCUGGAUGGAGGUUAAAGAGGAUGGAGAAGCUAGCCUACUAUACAAAAGUGAAUUUGCAUUCAUUGCUCCACCCACUUUUGCCUCUGGCCCCACCCACCACUGGCCCCCCAAAGGUUGUGCAGCAGGGAAUGCAACCACCAGGCUGAAAAAAGGUUCAAUCUUACGGUGUUAGGCUGAUUUACCAAAGCUGGAGAAUCGCUCCAUCAGAAACCAGAUAAGCCUGUGAUUUGUUCCUCCUUCAUUUUGUCUCUUACUAUUAAGAGGGUUAAAAAAAAGGCUCCUGUAAAUUAUUAACGACCAAGAAUGCCAAUGUGCUUCUUUAGCAUAAACUGACGCGCAAGUCUUCACACCCUGCCUCUCCCGCUUCUUCAUUUGUUUAAUUUUUUUUAUUAUCGGCAUAAAUUUCAAUAUUUAAUCUCCCCUUCAUGAAUAUUACAGGCACCCUAAAUAUCUCUGGAACAGAUUGUUAAAACAGGUUUUUAUUAAAAUUGCUCCCGCUGGAGACUUCCAGACUACGAGGGUGUUUUAAAAUUCCUUUAUGACUGAGAAGUGGGUAGGCUUGGGCGGGGUGUGUGCUUGCGUUAAUCUAUUAGCGCUGGGGAGUGCCCAGAGUGCGGCUGCAGAGCGCAUGCCUGUUUAUUUAUUAUUUAUAUUUACUAGCCGCCUCAUUUCUCUGGGUGAUGUGCAGUAAAUUAAAUGCAAAAGCAGGUUAAAAAAAGUGACAGCGGUACAAUCAAAUUCAGCAACUAAAACCCAGCACCAAAGAGUAAAUCAAGUACCAGACAGAAGACAGAUAUAUAGCUUUUCUGCUGAGGGCACCCAAGGCAGUUUGCAACUUUGAAACGCUAAAACAAAUGCAUUUUAUAAAAUGAAGACUUACAGAGUCUCUCUGGCCAACUGAGAGCUGAGAGUCAUUGUGCUUCUUUGCCUGAGCUCCUUGGCUUCUGCCUGCCCUUAGGGCACACAGGCUACCUUAGCAGCUCUGGGGAAAGAAGGAUGCCACUGAGCAUGUACAGAGUGAGCAUGUACAGCUAGCUUUUCCCACCCUCCCCAUGGACCUACUGCCAUGCCUUUUAACGCAAACCUGUUGUGCACUGCAGAUAUUAAACAUAUACCCAUUUCUUGUUUAUUAAAUAUGAAGUUUUGUACUUUAAAAAAAUUGCAGAUGACUGUGGAAAUGGAAUGGAAAAUACUUAUCAAUGAACACAUAUGAAACUGAUACGGAUUAUUAUUAUUAUUAUUAUUAUUAGAAUUUAUAUACUGCCCUAUACCCAGAGGUCUCAGGGCAGUUCACAUAAAAGGACCACAGCAUAUUAAAUACAAAUAAAAGAAAUAACCCAAUAAUACCCCCCAAAAGAGCCAUAUUUUAAAAGGGUAUGGGAUGGGAAAUAAGGUAAUAGAUAGAAAAGUAUCUGAGCAGGAAAGCAAAGGCUUCCUUUCAGGUUGUAGAGCCCAGGGUUGUUUUGUAGGUCCUCUGAUUCCCCAGGGCGCCCCAGCCUUUCCUUCCUGUCUCCUGAGGGGCUAAGCAGAAACUGCAGAUAAACAAGCUUUAAUUAAGCUGUGGCUGAGAUAACGAGCCCCUAACUAGGCUGGGUUGAACUAGCUGUGGAAGGGCGUGAGAUGGAAGUGGAGAAAUUAUAUGCGGGAAGGGGCGCAGGACUUUUGGAGGUGAGGCAGAGACAUAAGAGAAGCGGUUUUAAAAAGCUGGAAUUGGGGGGGGGGGAUCAAUGUUUAAAAAAGGAAACGUAUCAAAAACACAGAAUAAGUUGAAGUUCUGUGCACACUUACUUACCUGGGAGUGAAACUCCUUGACCGCAGUGGGAUUUAACGUCUGAGUAGACACACGUAGGAUUGUGCUGCAUGAGAGUGAGCUAGGAACUAGGAGGUUUCUUUUAUAUAUAUAUAAAUUUAUUUAUUUGGUUUUUCGGAUUAAACUUUUGCAGUCACAUAUCCAACAUACAACAUAAAAAAAAGAUUCCAAGGAAUCUCUUGGACGUCCCUCCUCCCUUUGUGGGUCCUAUUGUUAGUCAUUUCCUCCUGCAUCUUUUAUGAUAAUCCAAAUCUUUUACCUCCCUGUUGUGUCCAAAAUUCACCAUUAAACUACAAGUGAUAUUCAAAUCCUACAGGAACCAGGAGGUUCCUGGUUGGAAUCAUGUCUGUGCAUGGCUCUCAUACAGUAGAAUCCUAUCAUAUAACAAUAAGAGUUAUUAUCAGAGAUUUAGUGAAUGAAAGAAGAACCCUGCUGAAUCAGACCAAUGGCUCCUCUAGUCCAGGAUCCUGUUCUCACAGUGGACAAUCAGGUGCCUUUGGGGAGCCUAGAACAGGGGUCAGCAAACUUUUUCAGCAGACCUUGUGGGGGGCCGGACUAUAUUUUUUUUUGGGGGGGGGGAGGAAUGAACGAAUUCCUAUGCCCCACAAAUAAUCCAGAGAUGUAUUUUAAAUAAAAGCACACAUUCUACUCAUGUAAAAACAUGCUGAUUCCCGGACCGUCCGUGGGCCGGAUUUAGAAGGUGAUUGGGCCGGAUCCGGCCCCCGGGCCUUAGUUUGCCUACCCAUGACCUAGAAGCAGGGACCUGAGUGCAACAGCCACUCUCUUCUAACUUGUGUCCCCAAGCAAGUGGUAUUCAGAGUAAGGAAUCCUGGUUUGGUUCAAGCGGACUUGCCUCAUUUGUGGGCCCCCCUCAAAGAAAGAAAGAAAGAAAGAAAGAAAGAAAGAAAGAAAGUGAAGCAAAAUGUAGCUAUCUUUCAAGAUCCACACUUCUCCAAAUUUUGCACCAUAAUAUUGCUGCAGUAUUGCUUCAAAAGCCUCCUCAACAUUUUUGAUCGGAGAAAAUAAUGGAGAAAAUAAAUCUGUGUAGACACACCGCAUGCCUCUCAAACAUCUUAAAAACAGUUGUCUGUCUCCAGUGUUUGGAUCAUUUGAAAGAGGCUUGCUAAGGGCAAAUUCCCGGUGGAUGUUGAUUAGUAAAGAGGGGGUUGCUAUUUGGGUGCUCCACCUCCUGAGAGCAUAGAGGUGGAAGGUACCUCAGAGUUCCUCUUGUCCAAUCUCCUCCUCGGUGCAGCACCUAACUAUGCAGGCUGAAACUGAAAAAUCCCUGACAAAUGGCUGUUCAGGAUACCUUCAGCAAAGAAGUGCUGCUGCCGCCAUCACCUCCAAAGCAGGGGUGGGCAAAAAUGAGAGUUUUGGUUUCUCUCAUUUUCUCAUUUUCGCAACCUUAAGCUCUGUUCUCCACACAAAAAAUGUCCUAAUGAAAAUUCUUCAGCAUUUUAUUGCAAAUUUCUCCUAAUACACACAUUUCUGUAUGCAACUUUGCCUAAUAUAUCCUCUUUUUGAAAAGCAAUUUCUCCCAGUACAAUGCAUUUUUAGUAGGUUAAUUUUCACUCAAAUAUACAUUUAUAUGCAGACUUUUCUCGUGUAUAUGCAUUUUUUGACUGGAGAACUGCGUUGCAAAAUUUAGAGACGUGCAAAUUUCAAAGGACAGCUCUGUUUUGCAUGCUUGCAUGUGUUUGCAAAUUUGCAUGUUGCUUCAGAAAGUGCAAAUUAGGUAACUCUGCCCCCCCCCUUAAAAUGCACUGAACUGAAUUUCCUCUCCUAUUCCCUCCUCCUGAGGUAUUCUGUUCCACUGUCAAAUUGCUCAAACCAUUAGGAAGUUUCUCCUAACUCCUUUUUUGCCAAAAUCUCCUUGUUUGUAAUUUCUACCCAUUGAUUUCCAGUUGUGCCCUCUGGAGCAACAGAUAACUCAUCUGCUCCAUUUCCUGCCUGACAGCCCUUCAGAUAUCUGAAGACAGCUCUCCUGUCUCCCAGUCUGACCCUGACUAAGUGAUCCCCAACAUAUAUUUGCAUUCUGUAACUCUCUUUUACCCACAGCCGCCCAUGCGCACAGGCACACACACACACACACCCUUCCUCCCCCCUCUCUUGCCUCGUCCCUGACACCAGAUUUGUGUUGUAGCAAAGAGUCAAUUUGCACUUUGAAAUUGAUUUUGCGGAGGGCUUUGCAGAAGUGUGAAUGCAAAGCUGGUGCAAGCAGGGAUCAGCCGAGGAAAGGGGUGCCAGGGAGACAGCUUCUUGCACCAAAGAGAUCCCCCCUCCCCAACCCCAGUUAGGCCCUGUCUUGUCCCGGGAUGUGUAAGGCAAGCCCCUCAAGGCCACAUCCCAUAAACAGCUGCCCUAGCCUGCUUCCUGGGAUUGUGUUGGCAGGCCCUUCCAAGUCAACCUGUUUAAUAGGUACUGUGGGCAUUUUUUCUCACCUGCGCACAUGUUCUGAAUUUGUGUGCCUAAUACUGGUGCUUCCCUUCACAGAUAAGCCUAGCUAGCUAGCCCAAACAAUGGUCUCUGUCUGUUAUGAACUAGAUGUUGCUACUUUAGUGGCGCAUGGUAAAUUUUGAAACCCUGAAGCUUUGAGGAUUUGAAGAGUGGGGCUUCUGCCCCCUAAUAACGGAUUUGGGUGGCUUUGAAAGAAGUUUAGACAAAUUCAUGGAGGGUUAAGGCUAUCAAUGGCUCCUAAACCUGAUGGCUAUGUUCUACCUCCACCCUUUCUCCGAAUAUAAAGAAUUACUUGUGGCCUUUUUGAGUGAAGUUAUUGAUGGACUUCUCCUAGUCCUCCUCCGGGAAUUUGUCUGGUCUCGCUUUUUUAAUAUCAUCCAAGACAGGGGACCUUCCUCCUGUGACAGCCAAUUCCACACAUUUAAUUAUGCAUUUUGAAGAGAAGGACUCUCUCUUGGUCUGUCUUGGAUUUACUGUCAGUCCAUUUGAUCAGGUGAUCCCUUGUUCUGUUGUAAUGGGAGAGAGGACAGAAAAGUGUUUUGCGCAGCCUGUCAGACUGUCAGUAUUUUGCAGGAAGGAGGGAUUCAAGGCACACUGGGAAAUUUAGGUGCGCACAAUUAAAUUGGAUUAAUGUACUCCUGUUAUCCUGGCGCAGCAAAUCCACCUUCAAGAAAGAAGCAGACUCCUGUGCAGUUAGGAAGGUGACGGGGAAGUGUCCUGAGAAGUGUGGGAUGAACGAAGGACUAAAAGGGAGAUGCAUAAACACUCCACUUGCAAAUCAGGAUAAAUGCAGGAUGAAUGCUCAUUGCCAUAUAACUACCCAGAAGCAAGACAGAACAAAUGUUCAGUAAAGGCUGGAUAUACUGUGGUACCUCAUUUGUUCUGGAGGUCCAUUCUUAACUUGAAACUGUUCUUAACCUGAGGUACCACUUUAGCUAAUGGGGCCUCCGGAGCACAAUUUCUGUUCUCAUCCUGAAGCAAAGUUCUUAACCCGAGGUAAUAUUUCUGGGUUAGCAGAGUCUGUAACCUGAAGCGUCUGUAACCCAAGGUACCACUGUAGUCUAACCUCUGCAUAAGCUUUGUGGAAGCAAAUCAGGAUGAAUACUCAGUAGACAGGUUAUCUGGGAGAGCUAUCUCUGCCCACUUCUCUCCCACACUACUUUGUCGUCCCCCCUUUUUAAAGGAAUCUUUAUUCUGAGAAAAGACAUGCUCAGAUGCAAGGACCAGCACACUAGGUGGUGACCCUCUCCAUGUAUUUGCAAAGGCAUUGGUGCACUUUUGCCCACUCCCCAUCUCUAAUGUCCCACACUCAUGUCUGUGCAUCAUUCCCCCCAAAGGUGCCCACCACUCCGAUAGCCUGAGAAACCACUUUUCCUUCCCGGCUCACCUUCUUUUUCCUUUCCUUUUGUGUCACACAGAGCAUUAUGUAAGCCUCAGCCUGAUCUAUUAUUUAUUAACUAUUAUUUAUUAUCUAUUAUUUAGCUCGCUUAUGUAACCUGGGACUUGUAUAUAAUUCAUGCCUCUCCACUGUGGCUCCGGGGUGAACAGAAAUUGCUUGACUCCUGUUGCAGGAAAACUUCUUUCCAGUAGGGGGAGUGAUCCAAUUCCAACCAGAAAAUACCGUGUUCCCCAAGUACCAUAUUGUUGGAAAUCUGUUUUCACUGCAUAAGAAAUGUCAUUGCAGCAAAAUCUUACAUUUCAAAAUUUUCCUGUUCCAAAUAUGAAUUAAAAUGUGCACACUUUUCAGUUUUAUUUCUUUUAAUGUCACUGAAAAUAUUGCAUGCCAGUAAUGCUUUUGAAAGCUGGCUUUUUAGUUGCUCGUGUGAUGCAGUUAGUGACAGCUGGUGACAUCACUAUGCUAUGGUUAGAGAUGGAGGACAGCGUUCCUUCCCCCUUUGCCAUAUUAAAAACCUGGAAUUCCAUUUUAAUUUUCUUCUUUUAAAGUGGUUGUUUGGAGGCUGCACACCUGUGUACAUCUUUUCCUGCUCCGAAGAGCCUAGCUUAUCAGUUUGUUUUAUUUUCUCAAGGUGGAGGAAGCGUGGCACAGUGAGUGUGGUACAAUGCAAUGAGACUAUUGGAUUUCAGAAGUGGGGACCUAGGUUCAAAUUUAUUCCCAAGAGAGUGAACUGUGAACUAGGGAUCAGGGGUGUCAACUUCAAUAAAAUAUGGGAGGGGCGUUGCCCUGCAUAGCCAGUCACACAAACACCAUUUGAAUCGCAAUGCCCAUCAACUUUGGGGACCCACGGCGCCCUCAAAUACUUUAUUGCCAGGGUUGAAGGGUCCUUGGCCCCUAGGAGUUGGCUCCUUUGCUAGGAAUAGGGGAGAAUCUCAAGUAAAUUCAAAUUCAAAGUGAACCUACCAAAUCCAUAAUUUCCAAAAUAACAUGCAAACCAAGACAUGCCGAGCCUUCAAAAUUUCCAGUUCUCUGAAUUUUGCAAUACUGCAUGUACUAGAGUACAGUGUGCAUUAAAAUGCAUUUAUUAGUGAAAAUAUUAUGGGUAUGGCUUUGCAAAAUUGUGUACAUUGGGCAAAAUUGCAUAGAAAAUUAUUUAUUAGGAAAAAUUCACAUUAGAAUGCUGAUGAAUUUUGAUGAGCUUUUUUUAAAAAGGAGAAUUGCUGAAGAAAUGUGGAGAACCAAAUUUAUGCUUGUAAACAUAAGAAACUGAGAGAACCAUAACUGACAGAUCCAUCCAGCCCUGCAGCCCAACAGUGUAUUCUUAUACAUCAAGUAAAAUGGGACUAGCUAAUAUACUGGUAAGAUGCUGUGGAGUACAGCUUAAAUCUAUUGGGUGUGUGCUAUGUUUAGGUCAGGGGUGGGGAGCUGGAUCCAGCCAGUGAGUCGGAUUCCGCUUUCCUCCAGCCCCACCACAGGCCAACUUUGACAGGUGGGCAGGGCCACCUUCCUGUCAAUCACCUGAUAUCAUUAUGGCAUCAGGUAACAACUUAAAAGGAGCUCACCUUUGAAGCACCUUUGGAAGAGGUUUCAACAUGAACUGCUUGGAAACAGACUUCAAAAGCAGAUGUCUCUCCACUGAUCAGUGGCAUUAUUUAGAAGUCUGUUUCCAAAUGGGAGCCCCUUUCCAGUUGUCGCAUGACAUCAUAAUGAUAUCAGGUGAUUGACAGGAGGGCAUGGUUUGCCAGAAAUGCCUUUGUGGGCCAAAUUUUACCUUUUCCUAAUGAGGGCUAUGGGCUAAAGGCUUCCCAGCCCUGGUUUAGAUGUUCACUAAAAAGUAUGUAAAAUGUUGAUUUCCACAAUUCUGUAAAAAUGCAGGGUGAGAACUUCCGCUUUCUAGCCAUUGUGAUUGUAAACAUACAUUCAGUAGCCUCAAAAGCCAGAAUGCCAGGUAAACAGCUAUCUCCUGGAAGCCUUCCCCAACUUGGUGCCUUCCAGCUGUUUGGGACUAUAACUCCCAUCAUCCCUGACCAGUGACUAGGAUGGGUGGGGCUGAUGGGAGUUGUAGUCCAAAACAUCUGGAGAGCGCCAGGUUGGUCAGGAGGGGUGUAGAAUUAUGUUUUCGAGAAAUAUGGGGUUGCAUUAGCACAAACCCUUUGCUAACUCUUUCAGCUCCAUUGAAACUUCCAUCCUUGCUCAUUGUAGCUGGGAGAGCUUUAUUGACUGUGCCCUAGAUCUGCGCUGAGGCUGCAUGGUGGAUGAAUGAAGCCUCCGAGACUUAAUUAAUGCCUAGGAAAAAAAGGAGGCUGUCUUGGCGGGCUGAUUAGCAACUGCCUUUGCCGCAGAUGGGCCUAACCAUCAGUUGCUGCUGCCGUUCUCGUUCUCCAUCCUCCCCCCCACCGCGCCUCCCUCCAGCCCUUACCUAGAGACUCUGCUGCUAACUGCUUUUGCCUCCAGCCUAUAUGUGGCUAUUAGGAGAUACAAACUUGUGAGCCUCAUUGGGGAAUGCCCACGCUUAACACGCAGGCUUUGAUCUGUAUAAUUAGCGUUCUGGUGAGGAGGAUGGGAAGGCAGGAAGGAAAGGGUCAAAGCAAAAUAUACACUGCAACUGUACCUUGCAGUUUUAAAAGGUUUUCUUAUUAUUACUAUUAUUAUUAUUGCACAUUUUGGUGCAUAUGCUUUGGAACUGAGCAUCUGCCAAAAUGUUUACUGAGGGUGCAAGAUCGCAUGCCCUUGUUCGUUGUUGUCCGAAGCCCCAAAGUCUUGUUGAAUGUGGUGGCACCUUCUUCCAUGAAAACCUGGGUAUAACCAGAGCUGAAAGCAGCUUUGGGGAGGCUGAUGUGCCAGAAGCUGUCACAGACUGGGGCAUUGGGGGGGGAGGGGGAGGAAAUUCAAUUCAGUUCUUAUUUAAAGGCGAACCUACUGUACCUAAUCCGCACUUUCUGAAUCUAUACAUGACCUAAAACACAUUCACACUUCUCCAACUUUUGCAAUGCAAUUCUCCAGCCAGGGAAUGUGAACAAAAAGGCAUGUACUAGACUAAGUGUGUGUAAAAUAUAUAGUGAAAAUUUCAAAAGUGUGUUAUAUGGGGAAAUUGUUUUGCAAAUAUUGGUCUAUUAGGCAACAUUGCAUACAAAUAAUAAUAAUAAUAAUAAUAAUAAUAAUAAUAAUAAUAAUUUAUUAUUUGUACCCCGCCCAUCUGGCUGGGUUUCCCCAGCCACUCUGGGCGGCUUCCAUAGAAACAAAAAAUACAGUAAACAGGUGUAUAUUAGGAGAAUGUUGUUUGUUUGUUUGUUGCAUUUACAGCCCACCUUUUUCUCAAAGGAGUGUAAGGUGGCAUACAUUUUUCUCCCCCUCCUCAUUUAAUCCCUACAAGAACCCUGUGAGGUAGGUUAGGUUGAGAGAGGCAGUGACUGGCCCAAGCUCAGCUAGUCAGUUCAUGGCUGAGUAGAGAUACGAACCCUGGUCUCCCAGGUCUUUGUCCAACACGAUUUCUACAGUUCCCAGUAAAGAGGGAUUGAUUGUUGAAUAACUCUAAGAUUUUUGCUCCAGGAGGGGAAUAGAGGAGUCUCUUAAUAACUCUCAGCACCCUUAACAAACCACAGCACCCAGAAUUCUUUGGGGGAAGCCAUGACUGUUUAAAGUGGCACUCCAGCAGUUUAAACAUAUGGUGUGAAUGUGACCCACAAUUCCAUCCCACCUUCAAGGCUUUGAGGGGGAAAGCUCUUGACUGUUUCCCACCCCUGUGGCAUCAUCCAUGCAGGAAAAAUCAGCCCAUUGCUACAAACACCGGGAUAAAGUGCUCUUUGACGCCAAGAGGCGAAACCACCAGCUGGGAGGAUUUUUCCACUUGGGGGUUGAAGGCUUGGUUCGAGAACCCUGAUCCUGGCCGCGUGUCGUGACAGCCGGCCGCCACUCCUCCUUCUUGAGCUACAAGGCCUCAGAGAUGCCCAGCAGCCAUUGGGGAAAGAGGAAUGAAACGGGCCCUGAUGAGAUCUGAGGCGAUAAUUCUCAGACCUGACAGAUGGGCCUGGCGGGCGCCCACCCCCUUCUUUAUGUAAGGAGAUCUCGGGGAAAGUGGAUUACGGAGCGAUCCCAUUGAUUUGCCCUUGAGGGGGGAUUAGAGGCCUACACACAGGAAGGGCAGCUGGCGGGAGGGGGAGAAGAACUGGUUGCUUUCAUCAGGCUUGUUUAGGAUGGGCUGCGGUGGAUGCUGGGACUAGGCCUUUUGUGUGUUUGUAUGGAAGAGGGAUAAGAAAUGCCAGUCAGGAAAACAAGGGGGAACACUAUCAGAGAGCUAAGGCGUUUUAUGUAAGGUGGCUGGGCGCCCCCUCUCCCAGAACAUAGGAGCAUAUGAGUGCAAUCUUUCACAUGCAUAUUAUUUUUUAAGGAGGUCUCAUUGUGUUCAGUGGGGUUUACCCCCUCACCAAUUAAAAAUCUUUUUGGGGGAUUUAUGGAUUACGUUCAUGCUUUGGGUCUGAUUGCCAUAUCAUGGGUUGGGAAGGAAUCCCGGGUUUUCCAUGCUUGUAUAUUUUCCUUAGCCAGUUUAGGUUGCCAUAUGACAGGGGUUUAGUUUCAUUAUGGGGUGGAAAUUCAACAGCUGAAUCAUGUGGUGUCUCUCCUCUGCUUCCCUCUCCUGCCCCACAUACCCAAAGCCCACAAACCUCUGCAUCUCCAAAGCUGAAUCUAUUGGAUGCUUUUAGUCACGGCUCAUUGUGUCAUGGUGAAAAGUUUCAUGACUGGUUUCAACACUCCUGUAAAUUAUAUUUCCCUUUUGUAAAUAUUAUGUUCAAUUCUUCCAUUUGGUUUUUAUGAGUCUAAUAAAAAAGAAAGAAAAGGAAAUAAAAAUAAAAAGGCACCAGGAGUGGUUGCUGAAUUGCUGCUGGUGGGGGGGCACACACUCAUCCCCCCCCCUCUCACGCACACACCCCUCUCUGUGGUGUGGCUUGGUCCUCUUAUUAAAGGCAUCUGGUGCUGUUUGCUCUGCAAAGACCUUCUGUGAGACAUCUGUUCUCUAACUGUGACUGCUCUGGAUUGCAUAAAGCUGAUCUUUGGGGAAGGAAAAGAGGGCAUGGGAGGGGCUGAUCCUGCUCGCGGCAGGAUGGGGCUUAUAACAUGUUGGUGACUUCUAGGGCUGGACAAAUCUGGCAACUUUGGUUCUUGAAGUUUCUUAUUUUUCCAGUCUGAAAUUUAGUUUUCUGCAUUUCUGCAGCAAUUACUGAUUUAUUUAUUUUUAAUCCUCAUGAAAAUUCACCAGCAUUUUAGCAUUACUCCUGAGAAGCACAUUUUUGUAUGCAGUUUUGAUUAACAUACACUUCCCCCCUGCAAGCAAUUUCUCCUCUUAUAAUGCUUUUUUUGUAUGUAAUCUUCAAUAAUAUGCAUUUUUAUGGACAUUUCUCCCUAACAUAUGCAUCUUUGCACAUACAGUGGUGUUCAACUUUUACUCAGAGUAGACCCAUUGAAAUUAAUGGACCUAAUGGGCAUAGCAAUCCUAACUAUGGGAAACCACAGUAAAUGACUCUGGCCUAAGUUAACUUGGUCUAAAGCAUGCCACAUCCAAACCUGCCCAGGAGCCCCUGAGAAGGGCAAAUGUGAAAUGAAUCAGCUCCCACCUGGCAGAGAGAACAGGAGCCAACCAGCCACAGAGAGCCAGCUCAGCUGGCAUUGUCAUGGGAACAGGGCCCACCUCUUGACACGCAGGGGAGGGUUCCCAAGCACCCUUUGCAUGUGUGUGCAGAAGCAGCUCAAUCUAACAAACAAGGGACAGGGUGCAGAUGACAUCCCUGGCAAAGUUCAGCAUGGUGGCCAAUCGGCACACACUGCACACCCCAGGGAUGCCCGCCACGCACUCUGCCGGUCUCCAGUCAGACAGCCACAUGCCGCAACCGCACUACACAGCCUGAUCAGGGAAACAAAUGCACGUGGUUCUCACCAGCACACCCCACAAACACCCCAAACAUACACAGGCUGUGCCCCCCCGCCAAGAAUGUAUGUAGGGAUGCCAAAGGACAGAUUAUGAAAAGCACCUUAUGAGAUACCUAUGCACAGCACAGACAGCAGGCGGGCAGGAAAAACACAUGCACCCUGCUCCAAACAGCCCAGAAGAAGCACUCAGGGUGGCUGCGGUGGGGACCAGCGUGGGCGGCAAGCCCUUCUCUGGACAAUGGGAUUGGGCUCACCCUGUUCUGGGAAGCCAUGAAUGCGGUUGGGGUUGGGGGCGAGGGGAGAGGAACGCUUGUCCUGUUUUCCUCACUCUCUGCACUGCAGCGCCUCCUAGUGCUUUCGGGGGCAUUCCGUAUUUUUUUCAGAAGAGGGUAUGCGAGAGCUAUUGAUGCCCCAGUGAUGUGCAUGUUCAUUUAUUCUGCUCCCACCAACCCCCUCCAUUUCCUUUGGACCCCACGGCAGUCCUCCCACAUCUCUCAAGAGUCUCUGUGAGUCCAAUGCAACAGUACAUGCUAGUUCCCUCUCUCAGCCUCAGCACUUCAUCUAUAAAAUGGGAAUGCCAGUGGCUAGAAAUCAAGUAUUGAGAGGAGGGGAAUAAGAGUUGGGUUGUCACGUCUGCUAAAUGUUAUAUACAAAUCACUAGUAAUAACGAGAGCUUCAAUGCUUAGUCAAAAACAUUCUGAUCAACUAAAAAGGUGGCCCUAAUUAAUCAGGGGGCAGCUUUUUAACGUAUUUGGGUUUCUUUCAUUUUUAAAAAAUCAAUAUAAAUACAAAUCACAACUGGUAAAGGCUGCCUUAAAAAAUGCAUUCCCUCCUGUGUGUGAUAAUAUGGGGAGGGAGGCCUCUUCUAAUGACAGUGCCCCCCACAAUCUGUUUGUGCAUCAUCUAAACACAAAGGAAGCAUGGGUUAUAUACAGUGCUAGUCCCACUCAGAGUAGACCCAUUGAAGUUAAUAGACAGGACUAAGUUAAGUUCAGGGACGCAGGUGGCGCUGUGGGUUAAACCACAGAGCCUAGGACUUGCCGAUCAGAUGGUUGGCGGUUUGAAUCCCCACGACGGGGUGAGCUCCCGUUGCUCAGUCCCUGCUCAGUCCCUGCCAACCUAGCAGUUCGAAAGCACCUCAAAGUGCAAGUAGAUAAAUACCUCCGGCGGGAAGGUAAACGGCAUUUCCGUGCGCUGCUCUGGUUCGCCAGAAGUGGCUUCGUCAUGCUGGCCACAUGACCCGGAAGCUGUACGCCAGCUCCCUUGGCCAAUAAACCGAGAUGAGCGCCGCAACCCCACAGUCGGCCAUGACUGGACCUAAUGUUCAGGGGUCCCUUUACCUUUAAGUUAAGUUCAUCUAUUUCAGUGGGUCUACUCUGAGUAGAACUUAGUUGGCUACAACCGGUAAGCUUUUCGCUCAAGAUAUACUUCUCCCUCUUUCCUCAUAUGCAAAUUUAUACAGAUUUAGUCAACAUAAACUAAUACAACUCAUCGGAUGUGGGUCUCUGGAAUGGAAAUGGCUGAAGGGUUCCACUGGUGCUAAGAUGACCUGGAUGUCCCACUUUCUAACCUCUGUCUUCUUGCUUCCUUUAAGUUGGGACCCUCUUGACUGGCGCCAUCCCCCACCCCCCCUAUCCUCUGCCCUCUCUGGGUCUCCUUGAAAUAUGUCACUUUUGGUCUCCAUCUCAGAGCAUCUCUGUGUGGGAGUAUCAGCGCGCGAAAGAGAUGGGGAACCAUGCGUGAUGGCAAAACUCAUUCGCAUUAACAAGCUGGGUGUCGGGGCGGAAAAACAGCUGAUUCAAGGACUGAGGGCAGGCCAGGGGGAGGGAAGAGAGAGCAGUCCAUCAAGUGACUACAGGGGAGACAGAGGGGGUGCAUCUUCCUUGCUGGGGGGGCAUAAUGAAUGGAGCAUUUGUCCCAGAUGAGGGACCCUUUAGCCAUCAGAGCUCCAUCCCUGGUCCAGGUAGGCCCAGAGUCUUUCAGAUGCAGUUGCUAGGCAACCAUAUGCGUUCCUCCACAUCCACUGCUGAGAGGAGGCAUGCAGGCAAGCGCGGCCAUGGUCUAGGAAGAGAGAAGGGUACAGAGCUAUAUCCAUGUGCCUGUGGCAAACUUGAGAACAGACCCUAUGUGCACCUGGCGAAACAGACAUAUGCAGUCAUCACCCAUAUAUGCAGGAUACAUUAAAAUUUCUACUUGGAAAUAGAGCCUGAAAUUUGUUCAGGUGCCUCUGAGCACAUGCAUGGUGCCUUUCAUUGAGUAGAACUAGUAUAUUUUAUUUGAAGGGUUUUAAGAGUGAACUUCUUGAUAAUUCAAAGUAUCUUGCCUUUCAAAAUGUCUUUUCAAGACAGUGUUAUUGAGCAUCUGUAGAGUGCCCUCUCUGAAGGAGAUGGGCUCCUUCCUUCCUUCCUUCUUUCCUUUUUCUAAAAUAAAAAUGCACCAUAUAGAGAGCAGGAAAAUGCACACAAACACACACAAAUACUCUCUCUCUCUCUCUCUCUCUCUCUCUCUCACCUGGGUUUUACAUCCUUGUGUUCUAACAACUGGCCAGCAGAAGGAGAUUUUGGCUGGGCCAGUCAAAAUCCUCCUCUGCAAUUAUAAUUGUGGGGAUUAGCUGCACAUAGAGCCUUCCAGGUUGUCUCGAUCCAGAGCUGGCAAGGGGAAGGGGCUUAUGGUUGCCGAGGGUAAGCAAGGCUGUAUUAAGUGUGGGAAUUUCUGCUUGGCUGCUGCCUGGGUUCCCCGCUGUAUAGGCCUCAGGCCUCGGGCCUGUCAAACACAGCACAAGAAUAAGCUUGGAAGAACGGGAGUUGGAGUGGCGGGGGGUGGCGGGGAGAGAGAGAGAUGGGGGGGAGCUGCUAACCUUGGGCACAAUCUCCUUUGUGGUGAACGGAGAUGACAGGCGCCUCCCCAGAGGCCCCCUGCUUUGUACGCUGCCAGAAAUAGCCCAGAUGCCAACAAGCGCACACACACCCCGCCUUCCUCCCACCAUUAUUGGGAGCGUCAGGACAGUUGGGCUUGAAAGCAUCCUUCUCUCCUCUCACCCCAUCAGUUCCAUUUCAAGCUGCAGAACUGGCACCAAUGCGCAUUGGUCACAGCAAUACCCUCUAGCUGCCCCUAGUCCUCAUCUCCCCACCCCAGGUCAUCCCCCUACAUAAUAGGCAUAAACAGUGGACUCUUGAAAAACUCACAGGCAAGAACAGAGACAAGCUUGUAACACUGCAAUCCUCAUACCUAAGAAAGUUAAGAACAUGAGAAGAGCCAUCACGGCUAGUAGCCAUAAUGGCUAGAAGCCAUUUUGUGGCAGGGAGUUCCACCAUUAAGCUGUGCACUGUGUAAUGAAGUCAAUUUGUUUUCUCUGUCCUGAAACUUUCACCAUUCAGAGUUCUAGCAUUAUGAGAGAGGAACAAAAACUUCUCACUCUCCGCUUGCUUCACACCUUGCAUACAUAAUCUUAUGCGCCUCUGCCCGGAGAGAUUCCCUGAGUCUGUGCGCAGACACAUACCACCAGCCGCACGCUCAGUCUUGUACAUUUUGGGAGGUUCUGCUUCACCUGUUUUCUUCCCGUGUUCAUUCCUUCUGCAGCAGCCCGUCUCCCCCCAGUUUAGAAGCCAAGAGGGCGGUUAAGAAUAUGCUAGGAUAAUCAGAGCUGAACAACAGUGGGUUAUCAACAUUUCAAAAUACCGUAUUUUUUGCACCAUAACACUCACUUUUUUCCUCCUAGAAAGUAAGGGGAAAUGUCUGUGCGUGUUAUGGCGCAAAUGCCUGCGGGUGGUGGGGGGGGGAAUCUGCUGCAGUCGUGAGCAGAGGAUCCAUGGUUCCCCUUCCUUCCCUCCUCCGUGGUGACAAAGCGUGAAUCCACAUGGAUCCUCAGGAGUUUUGCAUUGGGCUACUCCAAACUCACUGUCAGAUCACAUGUCUGUGGCCACAGCAUGAACCACAAAAAUCAUAUAGCCACUAUUUCGUUUAGAAUAUUUUUUUUCUUGUUUUCCUCCUCUAAAAACUAUGUGCGUGUUAUGGUGUGGUGCGUGUUAUAGAGCGAAAAAUACGGGUACACCUCAGCAACUGCAUUAAGGUGCACAAGCACCAAGGACAUGAUGCUUCUCCACUCUGAGAUUUUAUUGGCGGGAGGGAGGUGGGAAAUGGUGACUCCUAACACCUGAACCCAAAAAUGCAAACAUUCCCCAAAAGCAAAAGCAGCGACAACUACACAGGGCCUGGAGUUUACCAAGGUCAAGUCCCAGAAAACAGUGACUGUCCCUGUUAGGGGCAGUUGGAGCAUAUGAAAUAAUCCGCCUGCAUUAUUGCUCAGUGGACAUGUAUCUAUUGAAUUUAUAUCCAUUCUGCUUCUUCAGAUGAGGAAAUUACAGCUAGUUUGGUUUGCUGCUGGGUCUGCUCUGGGGUUUGAAACUUUGUGUGUAGGGCUGGGCGGGGGUUAUGGCGUUUGGAAAAAUAGGUUUAGCAACCCUAGUUGACGUACAGGUUGACUCUAGACUGUCGCUGUUUUGCAGGAGGGAUUCAGUCAUGUGCAGGAAAUUUCAGAUUUGCACAAUUGAGGUGGAUUAAAGUGCUGUGUUGCCCUACAGCAACAAAUCCACUUAAAAACAAUCCACUGACUUCUAACAGUUUGGAAAGCAAUGGAGAAAUGCAUUGGAAAGUGUGGGAUAACCACUGAUGGACAGGAAGACAAAUCAGAGCGAAUGCACAAACAAAUCAAAAUAAAUGUUCAAUAAAGAGCUGGGAUUCACAUAACCUCCAUGGAAGCUUAGUGCAAGCGAAUCUGGGGGAAAUAUCAGUAAACAGGCCACGUGAAGGAGCCCACCAUCUGAAAAAAGCAGCGAAGACAAAUGGGGCUUGCAACAAAUGUGUGUUGAAUGCUGGUGUAAUCCAGCCAACCCCUUUAGACCAGGCAUCCUCUCUCAACUUCCAGUCUCUCUUUUCAGAAAUUAGUAGUAGUAUUACAUUUAUAUCCCACCUUUCCACCAAUUAGCUCAAGGUGGCAUACAUGAUUCCCCCCUCCAUUUUAUCCUCACAACCCCCCUGUUUGGCUGAGAGGCAGUGAUUGGUCUAAGGUCGUCCAGUGAGCUCCAUAGCUGAGUGAGGAUUUGAACUCUGGUCUCCCAAGUCCUAACAUGACACACUAACCAUUAUACCACACAUGCUGUGAUAUCCCCUGCCGCCCAUCACACUGGGUUACUUACCUGGCUACAGUUGUCUGAUUCCUACAGUCAAUGUGUGUAUUUAUAUCUCUUCCUCUCAUUUGCGCCCACAUAGAGAGCCAGGCUAACGGGGGUUGGGGGAGGGGACAGCUUUGUACGAUCAAAAAAUUGCCCAUUGCCUCUGUGGUUUUUAUCGACUCCCCUUGGAGUGCAGCUGAUAAAAUAUUGUUUUAUGGAUUAGGAGAUGGACUGUGAAUGAGCUAAUAAUGGACCCUCCUGAUCAAUGCUUCUCUCUAAUGUACUCGAGAGUGGACAGCAAAUCACCCAUCCCCUUUAGGCCUUGGAACACCUGGCCACGCUCUCCUUCUCUCCCCCCACCAAAAUCCUUAUAACCUAAAAAUUGCUGGAGAAGGCUAACGAUCCAUCAGGUCCAGCAUCCUCUUUCUACAAACAACCAAUCUCUGGGAAGCUCACAAAUCCGGGUGUAAAAGGCAAUGGCCCUUCCCCACUGUUUGACUUCAGCAAGUUGUAUUCUGAGGUAUACUGCCUCUUCACAUGGAGGGUCCGUGUAGUAAGAGAAUAAGCAGAGCCCUGCAGGAUUAGGCCAGAGGCCCAUCUAGUCUAGUUUCCUGUUAGCUCAGUGGCCAGCCAGAUGUCUCAGUGGGAAGUCCACAAGGAGGGCUUGACUGCAGCAGCACUCUCCGCAUUUAUGAUUCCCAGCAAUGGUAUAUUUCCCAGCACCCUUAACAUACUACAGUUCCUGUUAUGUACUGAAGUUCUCACCCUGGGCCAGCAGGGGGAUACUGUAGAUAGUUAUGCAAAUAAGGAAUCGAAAGUGACGUUCAUUGAUUGAAUAGUUUUAGAAAAUUGUUACAGUUAUGUUGUACUGGAGUUCUAUAUAAGCAGGCUGACUGAACCCUUCAGUUCAGUUCUGUUCUGGCCUGUGAAUAAACAAGAGCUGUUUGAAGAAUCGCUGUGUUGUCUGAUAUGUGCACCCACAACUUAACAGUUCCCAGAAUUCUUUGGGGGGAAGCAAUGUGUUUUAAGUCUCUGAUGUGGAUGUGACCCAAGUCGAGGAAAAUGCACUACAGGAAAGGAGCAGUGGAAAGGAAACUUGAAAGGAGCAGUAUUUGGAAACUGCAGUUACUAUUUCAGUCAGAACAGAGAUUUCACAGGAGUGUUUUGCAGGGAAGAAGCCAUAUUUCAGUGGCAGAACAUCUGUUUACAUGCAGGAAGUCCCAGGUUCGAUCUAGUUUAUAAGAUGGGAGUGGUGUUGGGAAGGAUGACGUUAACAGGCAAUGAGAAAGCCUGGUAACAUCCACACCAUCCAUUUAAAGCAGCUGUAUAUCACUUUGACAGUCAUGGCUUCCCCCAAAGAAUUCUGGGAAGUGUAGUUUGUUAAGCAAAUCUAAGAGCUGCUAGGAGACUCCUCACGGAGCUACAAUUCCCUUCCAGCGCUCUAAACAAACUACAUUUCCCAGCAUUCUUUGCAAGACUGUUAAAAUGGUACACCUGUGCUUUGAAUAGAUGGUGUUGGAUGUGACUAAUUCUUUCUACUGGAGAGCUGUUUCCAAUCAAGGCAGGUAAGACUGUGCUGGGAUGAGCGAGUUUCCUGUCCUGAUACAAGGUGUGUUCAGUGCUGCCCAUAUCUUUAUGCCCGAGUCUGAUUCUUACAUUGACAAAGUGUUUUUUUACAUUCCUUUGCUAGUGGACGGCUGCAUCCAUCGUGCUGCGGGGCCUUUGCUCAAAGAGGAAUGCCGGACCCUGAGUGGCUGCGAGACUGGAAAAGCCAAGAUUAGCUGUGGGUAUCGCCUCCCAGCCAAAUGUAAGUGUUGCUAUUGGUGUUAUUUUAAGUUUCAUUGAAAAACUGAGCUUGUGUAUUUCUUAUUGGACUGAGAGAAUGCAAGAUAAAGUAAACCUGUAUGUGACAUUGGGAGAUAUUUUAACUAAAUAACUUUUUUAAAAGUUUUAUUUUGGUUCACAUAAUGUUUCUUCUCUGUAGAUUUAGUAACAUUAACAUUGACACACACACACAUACCGGUAUAUAUACACAUAUAUCUCUGUCCAUAAUAAGAAAGAAAGAAAUGUGGCUUAUAAUUUAUCCUUUUUUGACUGGAAAGCAUGAGUUUGAUCAGAAAACGUACUAAAAGCGAAACAAAACAACUUAUUAGUCACUUGUUACUGAGAGGUCUCCAAGUGACUUACAACAAAUUUUUAAAACGUAAAUAUAAAUAGUGAAUAACAUUAACAAUGUCACAGAAAACAUUAACAAAUUUAUACAAAUGCAGAAAUAAGAUACACACAUACCCAAUAACAGACACAGAAAGCUUUGGCAACACACUAACCGAAAAACAACUGCUCAAUCCAUCAAAAGCUUGGCGGGGGGGGAAGUAAAUUUUUAAUUGGCACUGAAAAGGUGUCAGGAACAGUGGCAUAGCUAGCCGCUUGGGAGCCCAGGGCAGUGCCCCCCCCCCAGCUAUGACUCUGGUCAGGAAGGCACCAGGCAAACCUCUCCAGGAAUAGCAUUCAAUACAUGGGGAGCCACCACUGAAAAGACCCCUCUCACCUGUCACCACCCUCUGAGUCUCCCUCAGUGGGGACCUGGAGAAGGGCCCCCAUAGAAGAACUAAGUGUCUGGUUGUGUUCAUACCAGGAGAGGCAUUGCAGAAGAUAUGGGGUCCUGAAUUGUAGAGAGCUUUACAGGUCAAAACCAGCACUUUGAACUGGGCUCGGAAGCAUACAGGCAGCCAAUGUCUUGAACCCGGCCAUAGUUGGGCAGCCACAUUCUGCGCUAAUGGAAGCUUCCAAUCGGUGUACAAAGGCAGCCCCACCUGUCUUAAUUAUGCAACACAGGAUUGGGGUGGGGUGAGUGUGUCUGCUCCAAAGUCAGUGAAAAUGGUGCUCCCCACGCCAGAGGGAGGUGGUGCUUGUUGUGACUGGUCGAGUGGAAACCAGGGAGCUGGAGCCGGAGACAGUCAAAGCUCCCAUCUCCUUCCCUGCUGAGUUCUACAAGGAGCAAUACUGAGACUAAGGAGGCACUGGCUGAGGGCAGGCUGUGGUUGGUGGAGCAACAUGCCAUUUGCCCUAAUGGAUGACCUCCCAUUGCCUGGUGUAAUCCUUAUUAUUAUUAUUGGUAUGAAUUAGUCUCCAAAAAAAACUUUGAAUGUGCAUUCCUUCCGCCUUCCCACACCCCCUCUAAAAAUACCUGCUUUCCCUCCUUCACUGCCUUUCCUUCUUAUUUGCCUCUCUCCAGCCUACAUUCCACCCCCCCCCCCAAUACGCUUGUCUGUCUGAGAGGGAGUAGAGUCUGUUAAUUAAAGCUGCUCUGGGACACAGUCUUUGCUCUCACACAUUCAGACUGAUAAUUCGGCAGCAGAGGAUGCGUUGAGAGAACAAUAACGUGCAAAUGUGACACUUGGAGGAGCGGAGGGAAGGAGUGGGAGACACACCUUGCGCUCCUCAACAAGGGCUGAUAAGAUGCAGGAGGAGUAGCAGUGCGACACUUUUUGCUGGGGUGGGUGAGGGUCUAGGUCAGCGGCUCUUUUGUGUGCAACCUCCAUGCAAAUGUCACCAUGCAAGCGGGGAAUCUUGUACUGGGCAAAGGAUUUAGCAUCUUGAGAAUCCUCAGCCAACCUGAGAUCUACGGAUGAAGGGUGGUAUACAAAUUUAAUUAAUAAUAAUAAUAAUAAUAAAACCUUGCUUUAAAAGAGCAAUUUUUAGACCUUAUUGUUGCAAAGACAGACUUGGAGGUGUGCAAGCAAUGGCUUGUUAAAAGGCACUGAAAGUGGGAGAGGUCUGCCCCCAAUCCGAGACCAAGGCUGUGUACACAUUAAAGCAGAUUUAGAACAUUCCUUCCUUCAAAGGAUUCUGGCCAUGGUAGUUUGCCCCUCACAGAGUUACAAUUCCCAGGUGCACUUAACAAACUACAGUGCCCAGAAUACUUUGAAGAAAGGAAUGUGUUUCAAAUGUGCUUUGAAUGUGUAGUGUGUUAAAAAGGUAAAGGUACCCCUGACCGUUAGGUGCAGUUGCAGACGACUCUGGGGUUGUGGCACUCAUCUCGGUUUACUGGCCAAGGGAGCAGACGUUUCUCCGCAGACAACUUCCCGGUCAUGUGGGCAGCAUGACUAAGCCACUUCUGGCGAACCAGAGCAGCGCACGGAAACACCGUUUACCUUCCCACUGGAGCAGUACCUAUUUAUCUGCUUGCACUUUGCUGUGCUUUUGAACAGCAGGAGCUGGGACCGAACAACGGGCGCCCACCCCGUAAUGGGGAUUCAAACCUCCGACCUUCUGAUUGGCAAGCCCUAGGCUCAGUGAUUUAGACCACAGCGCCACCCGCGUCCCUCAAUAUUAUUUCCUGGUGGGGUUCAAUCACAUAUUGGCAAAAUUCAGGUUGCGCAAUUAUAGCUAAUUGGGAGGCCUUGCACCACAAACCUGGUACCCAAAAUGUUCAGACUUUUUGCGAUAAGGAAAAUAAUGGGAAAGUGCACUGGGGAAAGUAUAGGAUAACACUUGCUUUGACCUCCCCACAAACAAAUCGGAAUGAAUUCUCACGAAAUAGUCAAGGUCAUCUAAUCUCCCUCUAAGCAAAUCUGGAGGAACACUGGAUUAGUCUGGAAGUGCCCCCUGGUUUCACACCUGCUGCUUAAAGAGCUUUUUAGCCAUUUUGCUCCUCUUGAUGUGUAUUGUUAACCCUUUACCCUCCAUUCUUGUGUCAAGCUGCAAAUAGAUCCUCAAAUCUAUGUGCAUAUGUUAACCUCUUCCAGUAUGGAAACUUGGUGUGCAAACCUUGUCAGUUUCUAGUUCAUUUUCUGUCCGGUUUUCCUUAUUACAAAAGGUCUGAUUUAUGGGGUUGGUGGAGUUGUUGUGCAAGAUCACCAAGCCAACUUCAACUACGCAACCUGAAUUUGCCAGUGUGCGGCUGAAUCCCACCCCAAAAACUGACAGUCUGGAAGUCUCCUGCGUAUGUUUUUAGCCGGAAGAAGGCUGCCCAGGAGGCAGGGGGACUUUAUUGUACCUUUUAUAUAACUGAAGGGCUGUGGCCCUAUCUGCAGUAUACAUUUAAAGCUGUAUCGUUCCUCAAAGAUUCCUGGGAACUGUAGUUUCUUAAGUGCCCUAAGAGUUCUUUGGAGGCUCCUAUUCCCUAUGCCAGGCAUAGGCAAACUCGGCCCUCCAGAUGUUUUGGGACUACAACUCCCAUCAUCCCUGACCACUGCUCCUGUUAGCUAGGGAUGAUGGGAGUUGUAGUCCCAAAACAUCUGGAGGGCCGAGUUUGCCUAUGGCUGCCCUAUGCAGAGCUAUAAUUUUCAGAGUGGUUAACAGCCAAUAACUCUGCCCAGGUAUCUCUGGGAACUGCAGCUCUCUGAGGGGGAAUAGGGAUCUCCUUCCGGUUCUUUGCACUGUUAACAAACUACAGUUCCCAGGAUUCUUUGGGGGAGGCGUGGCGAUUUAAAGUGGUAUGAUACUGCUUUAAAUGUAUAGUGCAGAUGGGGCUUAUCCCCUAGGAAAGGACAGGGUUUCAACCUGAUUGACAAGUGACAGGUUGGUAGAUUUCAUCUGAACAUCAGGAGCAACUUCUUAAUGGAAAGAAACAUGCAACGGUGAAACCGAUUGCCUUGGCCAGGGGUGUGGAGUCUGUGUCCCUCCAUGUGUUGCUGGAUUCCAACUCCCAUCAUCCCUGACCAUUGGCCAUGCUGUCUGGUGCUGAUGGGAGUCCCAACAAUGUCUGCAGGGCCACAGAUUCCCCAACCCUAGCGUAGAGGGAUAGUGAGCUCUGCCUCUCUAGAGGCCUCCAAGCAGAUGAUGCUGUCAUCUUCUGGGGAUGCUGUUGCCCUGAAUCUUUCGCAGGAAGUUCAGCUGAACGGCCUAUGGAGCCUUCCCCCCCCCCCACACUCCCAGCUAUAUGCUUCUGUUUUCUAGGCAGUCAGUGUGUGUGUGUUUGCGUGUGCCUUUUCCCACUCUAGCUGGAGAGAGUGUGCUGACAUUUAACACAGGAACAGCGUAACUUUCGAACUGUGGUAAUGUGUGCAUUAACUGAAGCGGGAUAGGGAGGGGAGAUUUCCGGAGUGAUAAUUAAAGUGCUUUAAAAUGCAUGUUUGAUUUCUGCCUGACUGUGGCUCUCCUCAUUCCAUUUGCAAAUGCGGCCCCCACCAUCUGGAGAGCUGAGUGGCUCCGGAGAAUACAGAAUCUGGCUGCUCCUUGCUUUCCUCGCUUGGGUUGCAGGCGACAUUUAUUGUCCUGCCUGAAGACCUUGGAACAGCAUUGUGGCCUCACAGCAGCCCUGCGAGGUGGGUUAAGGAUGGGAGAGGCCAUGUUUUUCCAAGUCUAACGGGUGACAGUUCGAAAGAGAGAUGAGAGUGGCUUGAGCGAGGCUUUUGUCACUUCUACUCAAACAGACUUGGUAGGGUUUUUUAACCAAAAACCCACCCUACCUGUUUAACCAAACAGGUGAUGCCAAAACUUACCAUACCUGCUUAAUCAGAGGCACAAGCACUUUUAACUCUUCAGGGUGUGACGGGGGGACGGGGAAGCCUAUCAUCUGCUUCCAACCAUGGGGGGGGGGGGAGAGGAGAGUGGGAAAGACAGUUAAUUUUCAUAAAUAGUAAUUUGUCAUACCAAAACAUCUAUAAUCAAAAAAUGUUACUGCAGAACCUCAGGCUUUUCUUCUAAUAAUUUCAGUAAUCUGUAGUAUAAAACAGGCAUGGGGAAUCUCAGCCUCCAGGGGAUGAAUAUGCCUGCCCCCUACCCAGGACUUAAAAACUCCACCUGGGUCACAUCCAUGGGUAUAACCAGGGGGGCAGCUAUCCCCCCAAUCAAGUAAAUAAUUAAAAUAAAAAUACUUAACUAAGUGGCCAAUUGCAUCACAGUGAAGUUAGUUCCCCCCCACACACAUAAAGCCUGCCCCCCCCCAAUAAAUCUUGGCUACCCCAUCCAUGGUCACAUCCCUCACCAGCCUUGCUUUGCACCCUCUCUGAGAGUGUUUUCCUGGCUGGGAUGUGUCCUUAAACUCUGAAAAAGCCUUUUGCUUGUCUGGAUAGAGGACAGAGAGGGCUGUGUGAGCGAGUGUAAAAAAAUACCCUACUGUACAAAGCUAAUAUUUAUGUCCAUUGCUCCACCAACCUUUGCCCUUUGCCUCCCCUCUGCUGCCAUGUGGCCCUAAGGCUGAAAAGAAGUAGACAGGCAGACAGACAAACAGACAGACAGACUUGUAGAGUUGGAAGGGACCAACCCCCUGCAGUGUUUUAAAAUGUUCCUGCUGUGUCAAAGGACCUUUGUUAUAUUCCUCCACACAACCUCCAGUCAUUACCUGAAGUCCUGCUCUGAGCCUCAUGAGCCACAGGUGGCAGUGACCAAGGCCAGAGGGCUUUUUCCUCAGUGGAUCCCUCUUUACUGAAGCAGAAAUAAUACUGAAGCAGAAAAAAAUAGAAUCAUAGAAAUGUAGAGUUGGAAGGAACUCAAGGGUCAUCUAGCCCAACCCCCCUGGGAUGCAGAGAUCACACUCAAUGCAGGAGCAGUUAACUUGUGGACUUCCAUAUGUGGUUAGACUCCAACUCCGAUCAGCUCCAACCAUCAUGGCCAAUGGGUCAGGGAUGAUGGGAGCUGAAGUCCAGUGAUAUCUGGAGGGCACCCCAUCUGCUAUCCCAGUCAUGACCCCAGAGUCCAGCAGUGAUCAAGGCUCUGAGUUGGAAGCUGUGGAUUCUCCAGUGCCGGAACCAGAUUCAAGGCCUGCCCCUGGAGAUCAGGAGACCACUGAGCUUGAGGUUGACAGACAGGAUCUGCCAGAGCAACCUCCCUAUACCACUAGGGGAUGUGGAGCCAGGACCUUCAUAGGCACCUUCUCCCCCCACCCCAAGGAGCCAAAGGCACUGCACAGUACCUCGCUGGUUCAGUGGUACGGAUCUCGCCAGGUGGGAGGUUUGGGGGUGGAGGAGGCGCUCCAGUCUUCAAGUUAGUCCUCUAAGAAUCAAAAGCUGUCUACAAGUGGGUGGAGCCUGGGAGAGGUAAUCUGGAAGCAAGGGCUUGAAAGAAUGCCUGCUCCCUCAAUCUUUGUUGGAGCAACUUGUCCCCUUGGAGCUAUCCAUGGUCCUGCAACUCCUGGCUGUUGCCAUCCGGCUUUCCCCAAGGGAUUUGGCAUCAAAACAGGACGACCCCUGAUUUAUGUGCUGCCUAGCAGCUUACAAACCAAACUGCAAGCAAAAAGAAAUACCAACGUGCCAAGUCAAACCAUUGGUCCAUUUAGUUCAGCAUUGACUACAUGAAGCAGCAGCUGCUCUCCGGGGGACAUUCCCAGUCCUGUCUGGAGAUAUUGGGUACUGAACUUGGUGCCUUCUUCAUCCAUAGCAGGCGCUCUCCCGUUGAGCAAUGACAAUUGCAUCCAAAUUCUGUCUCUUAUUUACACUAUCCGUUCCAGUUUCAACAAAUUACAAGAGGCAAGCCUUCGCGCAAUCUCUCCUUUUAAAAAAUUCCUCUGUUCAAAAUCAGCCCUUCUUAAUAAUCUUUUUAAAAAAGAAUUAAGUGAAUGAGGCAGUGGCAUAUUAAUCAAAGGCUCAUAAAUACAGCUCUUAGCUCAUCAAUCGCUAAGUGAGGAAACAGAGAAUGGCUUAGCUUGUUGGAGAAACAGCAGAUCCCAGAUGAAUGAAUGACAGUGGCUGGGCUUACUUCAUGUUUGCCUGAUUUCUAAAUUGAUUAAAUACUGCUGUAAAUACCAUCUGCCAUGAGCCACGAAGUAGCCAUUUCCCUUCUCCCUAAGGAGGGAGGGCAGGCACCUUUCCCUCUUCCUUUGGUCUCUUCUCUGCUGUCCAAACUGCACUUCAUGCUUUGGUAAGUAGAAAGUCCUUUUGCAGAGAACACGAGAAGUUCUCUAUCCAAAUAUCGCCCCCAUUCUCUAAACUCACCGGGAGGCAAUCAGUAAGGAUUGAUAAUGGUUUUCAAGUCUCUUAAGCUUCUCAUUUUUCCGUUCAGAAAGUCGCAUCCAUCUAAGUUCUGCUGAGAGCAGACCCAUUGAAACUAAUGAACCUAAGUUAGCCAUGUCUUUUACUAUUAAAGUAAGAUCCAUCCUCUCUCUACAUAUGUGAAUGAAAAGAAGCUACCACCAUCUUGUCCCUUACGAGAGCCUCGGGGCCCCUCCAGAUGGGUGGGUUUUUUGGCAGGCGUAUUCUGCAAUAGGUUGUUGACGCAAUAUCAACGUAUUUGUGGUAGAAUUAUACUAGACCAUUUCCAGAAUGGCGUCCGAGCACUGAACCACUGGUAUAUCACAAGUGGAUUCUUUAUUAUUACGUUUGCAAGCGGGCUCUAAAUCAGCAGCUUUGGGGUUUUUCAAACAUUGGUAAAGGAUAUUUUACCUGUCCCACCCAGACUGAAUAUUGGAGUGAAUUGCUGCUGCUCUUGGAGGUGCAAGAACUUUGCUCCCCACCACCACGAGGGUCUCUCUGCCUCAACAGCUGGGCCCAUGUGGGGCGUGCCAGGAAUGCUGAGCUCGGGGAGAGUGUGCCUGGCACACGUCUGUCUCCCCUGUCCUCCCCUCCAGAUGUGGUAUUCGAGUCACAUCCUAAGCAGGUGGUUAGUAUUCAGCACAGGCAGUUUCCUCCAACAGUAGCUUCAAGAAGUCACCGCGGCUGCCUUGUGGGCAAGGGAAACAGCGAUACUGAGGGGCUGGGGGCUAGAGGGGGGAAUCAUCAGGAUGUCUCUCCAAACUGGAAAUCACUCCUCAGGUGGUGACUGCUUCAGGAUUGUACCAGAACUGCUAAAUAGAAGACUUGCGAACCCUGAGGUUGACAGAAAUACAAAUUUCCCUCCCUCCCUGCCUCUCUAGCUACUUACUUAAGUGGGCACACACACCUGUAUGAAACAGCCCCUUGUGGACUGAGUGGUCAUAGGAUGGGGCGUUACUGAGGGGGUUGCGGAGUAGGAAGAAAGCAGGGGAAAGGAAAGGAAUCCACAUCCACACCAUACAUUUAAAGCGCAUGGUUUCCCCCAGAGAAUCUUGGGGAUUAUAGUUUGGCAAGGGUGCUGGAAAUUGUAGCUCUGCUAGGGCUACAGUUCGCAGGAUUCUUUGCGGUGGGGGAACCGUGACUGUCAAAGUGGCAUAAAUGUGCUUUAAAUAUAUGCUAUGGAUGUGGCAACAGUAAUGUUUCUUUGAUGGUUUCAAGUCCCUCUUGUCCAGUGAUCAGAAUUUCAGAUUCCUGAAAGGUGUUUGGUGUGUUUUUUUUUAACAAUUGCCACCUAUCCAACUCAUCCUGCAACCCUCUGGGGUGAGCUUAAACUCUUUCAUCUUCCCAGGCACAACGAACUUGGCCCCCACCUACAAAACUCCCCAUUCCAUGGCCACGCAGUCCACAUGGGGCUGUUUCCUACAGGUGUGUGUGCCCACUUAGCUAGAGAGGCAGGGAGGGAGGGAAAUUUGUAUUUCCGUAAACCUCAGGGUUCACAAGCCUUCUAUUUAGCAGUUUGGGUACAAUCCUGAAGCAGUCACCACCUGAGUAGUGAUUUCCAGUUUGGAGAGACAUCCUGAUGAUUCCUUGAUUGUGUAUGACCGCCCUGAUACCAUCACGGGCACAAAUCAUCAUGAAUGCAAAAUAAAAAGGAUGUCUGGAGGGGCCCUCUGUCAUACUUUCUGGUGCCAACCCUGCCAGGCUCUGGCAAAUGUCAACCUCUCCCCUCACAAGGUGUGACCAAAGUGACCUCUGGAGGGGCAGACCAGCCACAGGUUGGUGGAGCCACUACGCCUGGCAGGGACUGAAGCAAUGGGGACACCCAGCCUGCCACUUCAACCCCUUAUGGGGCCUAGCUCACAGGCAUAGCCAAACUGUGUGUUCAGGGGCUGCCGUUUAUCAUGCCAAUAUUAUAGACUCAGACAGCAAAUGCAAAGCGCUAUUGAUUGGGCUGUCACAGGAGAUGGACGGCACGGGGCAGGCGUCAAUAAGAGCUGCAGGAUGCCAGGGCCCGGUCCCUCGGUAAAUCACAUCCACAGGAGUCGAUUCCUCCCCCCGCCUGGCGCUAAUAGAGAAACCACCUCUUUAACGGCAAAUGCCAGCUGCCUCUAAAUCAUCCAGCAGAGGGCAGGGAUGGAGGCGCGUCCACUAUCGACAGCCCGCGAGAAAAUCGGACACGGAGCAGUGAUAAUGGCCAGCCUGGCAGCCAUAAAUCACCCGGACAGAGAGCAGUCGGGCGGCUCAGUUUUGCCAUGUAGUAGCAACAUAAACACAAACUUUGGGUGAGGUUGUUGUUGUUGCUUUAAACUAUCCCGGUGGCCUUCAGGAUUGCCCCCUGUUCUCUUGGGCUAACUGUCCCUUCUUGUAGUUAACAUAUUUACAAGACGAUGACGCAGAUUUGUCACAAUGCAUUUCAGUCACUCUUUUGUACUCAAUUGGAUCCGGUGGUUUUUAUCUACUUGACACAUAUGCAUGUUUUGGAAGGGCAUUAGAAUUACUGAGCAACACUGGGCACUUUCCACUAGUCCUACUUACUUUUUUAAACAUUUUUUUUUUAAAGCAUUUUGAUGCAUUUAUACUGCCAAGAACUACAUUACAACUUUCUGACAAAUGUGAAACUCUCUUGGAUACUUAAGUUCCCAUCUGCAUGUUAGUCUAGACCUGUAGUCUUCAACUUUUUCACAUCUAGAAUCAAGCAUGCAUUUGGGGACACAUUUCUUAAUUCAUUAAAUUUUUUACCAUACAUUUAUCUGGUGGUAGUGUUGCUAUUGCAACUUACCUUAGAUUAAGCUGUGACCCAGUUGUAGGUUAUGUGACCCACCCUCUGAAGACCAGAGGUCUAGAGGAAGUGGCUAGGGAGGAGCUCUUUCUCCUCACAAAAUACUGAAAGUUGGAGGCCCCCCAACACAGCUGAAGGUUGGAAGAUUUGGGACAGACAAUUAAGUCCUUCACACAGUGCAUAGUUAAACUACAGUGGACACUCGGGUUGCAAACAUGAUCCAUGUGGGAUGCACGUUUGCAACCCGCAGCGUUUGCAACCCGCGUUUGUGCAUGUGUGGGUUGCGAUUCGGCGCUUCUGCACAUGCGCAAAGUGCGAUUUAGCACUUCUACACAUUCACGACCACCAAAACCCGGAAGUAACCCAUUCUGGUACUUCAGGGUUUCGGCAGUCCGUAAUCCAAAAAAACCGCAACCUGAAGUGGCUGUAACCCAAGGUAUGACUGUGGCCUUUAUUCCUGCAAGCUGUGCAAGGCUUUAAAGGAAAGGCAAAUUCAUGGAGGAUAAAGCUACCAAUGUGUGAGGAGUCUCUACAGUCAUACCUCGUGUUGCGUUCCGCUCUUGUUAUGGACUUUCAGCUUAUGAACGCAGCAAACCUGGAAGUGUUUACUUCCGGGUUCGCUGUCCACGUAUGUGCAGAAGCGAUCUGCGCACUUUACGCACACACAGAAGCGCUCGAUCAUGCCGCACACAUUUGCAGAAGAGGCGCUCUAGUUGCGGACUUUUCAGGGUGCGAACAGCACCCUGAAACGGAUUAAGUCUGCAACUAGAGGUACCACUGUACUUACAUUCAGGCAUUUCCUGAGUUAACGCAACACAUGGGAGGGGGAGGAGUUGAAUAUACACCCGUAUACAUCCCACUUUUCACAGGUCUGCUGUGGGGACCCUUCUCUGCUCCCAAAGGCUCCCUGCAAGUUUUAGAAUCCUGUUUUUUUAAAUUCCGGGUAGAGCAGGCUCCCUGCUGCGGGCAGUCACUCUCCGACUCCUCACAGCGACCGGUGGGGUGGAGCUUGUCCCCACUUUCCCCCCUUGCAUGUUGCUCUAACCCAGAAGAUGAAGACUUGAAUACGGCUGAGGGAGAUGCACUCUGCGUGUGCUCAGAGACAGUUUCAUCUAAUUUGUAGCGUUGCCACUUUUGACUUUUCUUUUGUUAGAUGCAUUGUUGGUUAAAUACCCCGGAAUCACUGGCUGAUUGGAGCUUGAGGUUGCUAGAGAGAUGGGAAUCUCUGUGCUUUUCAAUGAGGUGCCCAUCAAGCCUGGGGAAGGUCGGACACUUCCCCACACACGUCAACUAAGGAGGGCUUAUGCACGCGCAUGUGUGUGUAUUCUGUGUCAGGGAUGGGGAACUUGUGACCCUCCAGGUAUAGCAGGAUUCCCAACUCCCAUGAGCCUCAGGCAGCAUGGCCAGGAGUGAGGAAGGGUGGGAGUUGCAGUGCCGCAACAUCUGGAGGGCCAGAGGUUCACCAUCCCUGUUGUAAGUGUACCUUUGUAAACAAAGCAAACAUUAGAAAUACGCCAUAUAGAUCUCCAGUACCAUCUCAACCAAAGAAAACCAAAAGCUGAUAGGAAAGUGCUGCCCCUGGAAUUUCUCACUGCGCUUGCAGUGGGAGACUAGACCUUGGUCAGACCCCAGCCACCCCUGCCUGCCUGCCUGCCUGCCCUUUUUCUUACAGCCAGUACAGCGCAUGGCCCUGACUGCCACCUUCCUCCUCCUGCAUCUCAGUUUUGCCCCUUAUAGAACUCAGCAGGGAGGAGGAGGAGGAGGAGGAGGAGGAGGAGGAUGGGGACAAAAUUUGAGUUGGUUGGCUCUGGCUUCCAGCAUCUCUGGCUUCACCUACUGCCUGGGCUUCCUUCUGUCCUCCCAACCAUUCCCAGCAAGCACCAGCUGCUGCCACCACACUCAAGGAAGUGAGGAAAACACCGUUGUAUCAUUUCCCUAGUCCCAGGAUGGAUGGAGAUUUUCUCUCCCCGCUUUCUCUCUGCUUAUUCUGUGGGAUGAGGAAUUCGCACUCUGCACUCACUCAGAGGGGCUGUCAUUUAUUCUUACUUGGCAUGUUUCUUGGCUAAACCCUGGGACUGAAAACACAGUGGGGAUGAAGUAAGCCCCAAUUUUGCUCCCUAAAUCUUGUCUAUUUUUUGGAUACUGAGGCAGGGGCCUUCUCUGUCUGAAGCAUUAAGAGGGUUAAUUUUAACUCGCUGCUAGAUCUGUUUCGUAGCUGCAUUUCUGCCUUCCUGGGGGCCCUUGUAUUUCCACCUACCUGCCUUGUAAUUGAAUUUCACGCCAGGCUGGGUGCCCGCCUCUGACUAACAUUUUGGCUGCGAAUUUCUUUUCUCCCUUUCUCCCUCUCUCCCUGCAAGACAGCAAUUUCUUUUUCUCUUUCGUUUUUGCUUCCAUCUUGUGCUCUUCUGUGGAAGGCAGUGCCGCGUUGUUGGCAACAGCAAUCUGCGUGAUUAAAUCGAUUCGCUCGCAAAAGGCAGAUCAACAUGAGAGAUUUUUUAAUUGGGAUUUCCUUCCUUCCUUCCUUAAAUCAUAGUUCUCCAAGGGCAAUAAGCAUAGUCGAGGGCGUCAUUCUGAACAUUUCUCUCUCUCCAUUUGGGGGCUACCUCGAAGUCACGUUCUCUCGAGGGGAGAAUAAAUACCAUGCUGAAAAGAACGGAGAGGUCGUCGAGUCCAACGUUAUCUGUACAAAAUACGUCCACGCUAACAGCCAUGGCUACUCACUGUGGCGGUCGUGACAAGAGCAGUGGAAGUGGAAUUAAAACUGAGAUUCCACACAAGUGCUUAAUAUUUGGGGGGCCUCCAAGCUUUUGGGGUCAGUGGGCACAUUUUUGGUGGUGCCUGUCUCAGAACGGCUGCUGUGGGGUGCGUGGCAUAAUGUGAAAUUCCUGCUAUGGAGUGGGAGCCAGAGAAUUGGUGUGACACAAAAUGGCUGCCGCGUGUGAAAAAGCAGAAACAGAGCCAAGGCCGUAAAAUAGUACUGGCGGGACCCCACCCCACCCCGUCAGCCCCCCAUCGAUGUGAAGAAAAACAUAUAACCCACUGCUAACAGGCAGAAGCUCUUUGCACCUCUCCUCUGUUCAGAAUGGGUGGGUGUCAAAUCCUGGCAUCCCAUGAAAUAUGGGCAGGUAUGUGUGUGUUCAGUGUAGGAGAGGCUGCCCCAGGGCAGGCAGGAACUGAGCAGGAAGAGCAAGUGGCCCUUUGUGGAUUGUAGAUUUUUGAGAGGAUGUUUACUGCUAUCUUUGGUAGACAUCGUAAGAGGGUGCUGGCAGGCACACCGGCGCCCAUGGGUUCUGCGUUGGGGACUCAUGUCAUGGCUGAGAUGGUUAUAUAACAUUUGCUUAUGAAUUCCUUCAGCAAAGGAGAUUUCCAGUGUUAAUUAAAUGUUCACUGACCCGCCCCCCCCCCAGGAGCCCCCACUUUCCCACUUAAUCCCAGAGCUUGAUCCCGCUCUCACUUUCCUCCCAUAUUAUAAUCACUCGCUCCUUGCCUGUCUUCCUUUUUGGCGUCUGCAUUGCUGCGACCUGGACCUGCUCCCAUAACUGGAAGAAGCAGGGUGGGGGAGCUUUUUACAAGCAACUUCCCAUAGGAAAAUAGUGCCUGGGCAGCAAGUCUUGCAGAACCUUGAAAUAGUGUGGAAGCACCUAGACAAUCAGGGCACAGUUAUUUGCUACAAUUUGCAGAUAGUAGUUAACUCCAAACUGACAUCCAGAACCAGUCCCAAGCAAGACCUUCAACAAUUUCCACCCCAAAACAGACUUAUUAGAAAAACUAACCAAUAAACUGAAACUGACAUAGGGACAAAUAGAAGAAGACACCUUCAACCCGGUAUGGUUCCCCUUUAUCACAUACGCAGCCCAACAAGACAACAAGAAUCCACCAACAGCAUAUGAAUCAAUCUGGCUAACCAAAAACACACGCCCCACUCACACACGAAAACAAAUCUCACUACAGUGAACCAAAGACAACCAACCACACCCUAGGCCACCCCCAACCUCUCUCACCACCAAGGAAAUAUAACAAGCGAAUAGUAGGAGAACCCACACAAAAGCUGACACAAAACCCCACACAUACACUAAGUAGAAGAAUAGAAGCAUUGCCACCCGACCCCACCCUACUCACCAUUCCCCUUCCCCCUUUUCCCCUCUUUUCUUCCUAACCUAACACUCUAUAUAACACUGAUGUCUCACAACAAAUGAAACUGAUCAGUAGAAAACGCAAUUUGAAAAAAGAGACGAUGCACGUACUUUUGUAAACUAAGAAAAUAUUUUUUUUAAAAAAAAUCCAGCCCACCUUUUUACUCUGAUGGGUGUCCUGGACCAGCCAAAAUUCACCCAGGUUGCUUUUAACUCAUCACACUGCUGCUGCUCCUGCGUAUCCGUCCAGAGAGAGAGGCCGCUAGCCAAUAUGCCACGUUGGCAACGUGGGGACUGAGUGGAAGCAGCAGGCCGCUUGUCUUGCCUUGGCUUAAAGCAGAGUCAGGGAACCAUGAGAAAGGUCAUUUGGUUUCUGUGCUGCGUUGGAAGAAGAGGACUUUCCGUCAGCAGAGAAAAGCUGUCUCUGCUCUCCCCCUUUGCCUCUCUCUUCUUCCCUUCCAUACCCUAGCCUUGCUCUUUCUUUCCCCUACCCAUUAAGCUUGCUUUUUCUAAAAACCCCUGUGGUCACUUCCAGGAAUCCUGCUACUUGAGCACUCAUCCUGAUGGGUUGGGUUGGGUUGUGUCAAGGCACACUUCCCCAUCACUUUCCGGUCUUUGCUCCUCAAGAUCUCUAAAUCAACUUUCAUUGUGCAACCUGAAUUUGUCUGUGUGCGAUGGUCAGUGGUUCCCAAUUAGCUGUGGGCCCCCUUUUCAAAAGCCGAUCCAUGGACCCCCCUACUUUUGAAAAUGUUGAUAACUUUGUGGUAGUUUCUGUUAUUAUUUUUUAAAAUAUUUUAUUAAGGAUUUUCUUGUUUUACAGAAGUAAGUGUAAUGCCUCGUAUUUUUUCCCCCCCCCCAUGUAACAUUUUUACAAAUCCGUUUCAUUUGUUGAGGCAUUAGGCGGAGAAGGAAAAAAGGAAAAAAGAAAAGGGGGGGUGGAGAGAGGGAAGGUGAAUGGGGGUGGGGUCGGGUGGCGGUGUUUCUAUUAUGUUUAAUGUAUGUAGAGUUUGGUGUCAGCGUUGCUUGUGUUGUUCACUUGUGUUCCUUUGGUGGUGAGAGAGGUUGGGGUUGGCCUAGGGUGUGAUUGUUUGCUUGUGAUUGGCUGUGGUGAUCUUUGUUUUCAUGUGUGAGUGAGGUGGGUGGGUGUUUUGGAUCAGGUUAGCCAUAUUGAUUUGUAUGCUGUUGGUGGAUUAUUGUCAUUGUCCUGUUGGGCUGUGUAUGUGAUAAAUGGGGCCAUACCGGGGUGAAGGCGUCUUCUUCUGUUUGUCCCCGUGUCAGUUUCAGUUUAUUAGUUAAUUUUUCUAGUAGGGCUGUUUCCCAUACUAUUUGGUACCAUUGGUCCAUGUUUACUCCUGACAGGUCUCUCCAGUGGUAGUUUCUGUUAUGUGAACCUUUCAAUGUGCCCCAGCACAAAACUGGGAUGUGCGUCUUCCGGGCUGUGCUCCUGUGUUAGUCACCUGAUCUGUGUGAGAGCACAACCCCCCAAUAUGGGAUGUCUCAGACAGUUAACGGGUAUGUGCCACAGACCCUCUGGGUGGGUUUUGCAGACCCCCUGGGGUCUGCCAACUACCAAUUGGGGACCGCUGGGCUGGGUGAACUGAGAUUUAUUUGAUGAGGUGAUAGCCCUACUUUCUAACCACACUAGCUAAUGGAACCUUCAGCUCCAGGAACACUGCCCUUGUGAAUCUCAGAUGAUGCAGUUGUUGUUGUUGUACAUCAUUAUAAAUCUAUUUAUACUCCUCCUUUUCCCCUGAUGGGACUCCAGGUGGCUUACAGAAUUAAAAAAACAAAACUGCUAUUUUUUAUUUUAUUUUUAGAAAAAGCUAUAAUUAAAAAUCAAUUAAACAAUUGCUAGAAUCAAAACUAUAUACAUAUAUUAAAUAUGUUAAAGCACAUAAGCAAUAAAAACAGCACAGCACCAGUUUCCAAAAGCUCAACAGUCUUUUGGAAGACAUCUCCCCCUGCCUGUCUUUUGGGCUUUCUGGAAGCUCCUGUCUGAGGCUGGUGUCGAAAACAGGAUGCUGGACUAAACUGCCUUUGGUUCCCUCUCGACCUACAGGGGGAAAUGACCAUUCAUGCUCUGCAUGUGGGGUGAGGAGGGCCGCAAACACCCAGUGGCCCCAGGGUGGGGGUUGAGCUGAUGUCCCUCAAAGCAGGUUACCAGAGAAGCUGAUUUAUCGCCAGCAUCUCCAUGGAGUCUGCACGGGCAAUUUGUCUUUAUUAUCAGGGGCAAUGCUGGUGUGUCAGUGGGAGAUUUGCAUUUUGAUUGCAUUUCCCCAGAGAGGACGCAGAACCUCCUCUUGCUUCCGUGCUCAGGCAAAGAGGAGCCCGAGGAAAGGACAGCAUCCCAGGACUGUGCUUUUCCUUCCUUUUUUCUUUGGCCUAGGACCAGCUGUUGUUCCAUUAGUGGGUACUGGGUCAUUAUUGUCAUUUUUUUAAAAAAAUUAACUGUGUUUUUCGUUUGAAUUUUUGUGUUUUUAAGGUUUUAGGUUUUUUUAAUUGCUUUGAGUUGCCUUUGUAAGAAAAGCAGCUGAGAAAUACAACAAACAAAUCAGAGCCAACGCUGUGCCCUCGAGACGUUGGACUACAUCUCCCAUCUUCCCAUGCUGAUUGAGCCUGAUGGGAGUUGGAGCCCAACAGCAUCUUGACAGCAACCACCCUGUGACUGAAGUUCCUUCCCCAGUCCUGCCGCUGUGAAUCCUUUGCCCCUCUAAAGCUUGAAUCCAUUGCUUUCUUCAGCAGUGAUGGAUAUGCUCUCUUGGGUAUCCAUUUCCCCUUCCAAACACGUGUCCCGGUGGGGGGGGUGGUAGAUCAGGGAAGCCACAAAAGGCCAACCUCAAGUCCUGAAACAUGGGGGUUAACUCCCGUGUUUACUGGGGUAAAUCAGAGCACAUUGCUUCUAAAUCCAGGAGUCGUGCUGUGAGCACAGCAGCAAGCCUGCGAGCCACCUCUGGGCACUGCAAGGAAGCCAAGCCACCCUCCUUGGGUCAGUAAAUCACUCACAGAGCUAAGGCUGCAUGUGGCCACUCAAGAAGCUGAAGCAGCAGUUGGCCAGCAGCAUUUGAGGGCUGAAGGAUGGGGUGCCUAGACAGGACUCCUGGGUCCUUUGGCGAGGGCUGGUAGCUCGACAACAUCACACACACACACAUGCACAAAGUCUGGUUUACUUAUGCUGCAAUAAACAUCACCUGCUAGAUUUCACAACCACUGCUUUGGCUUGAAAUUUCUUAUCUGGAUAGCACUCUUCAAAUCACUGCACGGUGGCCCCGCAGAAGAGGGCAAAGGCUCAUUCUCCACUGCUGCCUCAGAGAACAGGACUAGUUUUCAAGGGCUUAAGUGACAGAAGGGCAGAUGGGUGUUCAAGGUUAGGAGAAAAUUCUGGAUGACAAGAGUAGUUAAACAGUGGUAGCAAUGGCCCAGAACAGCGAGUGAAGGCCCUUAAGCAGAGGCCGGACAGUCACCUGUGGGGGUGCUGUGGAUCUGGAUUUUCUGCAGCAAGGGGGCGGGGAGACCAGAUCACCUCACAAGAUCAAUUCUGUGGCUUCACUACCAAAAUUUAGCAGGGGGAAAUGUGCAGGUGACAGGAGCAAGCCAACAAUAAAUCAUACCCUGAAAGUUGGCGUUAACUCUUUAUUAGCAAGAACACGAUCUGCGCAGACUUGGCGGAGUGUCAGGCCUAAUGAGCACAGCAGCUCAUCCCCGGUGGGUCUUGUCCCAUGGAUCAGUUGCCAAGACUGAAAGCCCCUGCCUCACCACAGCCGUCCAAGUCCCCUCCUCUGCAAGACUUUUUCCGAACAAUUGGAGACCGUGCCUGUGUGAAGCCAACCUCUCCUCUGCCCUUUUCAUGCCUCUUCUGGUUUUGGGAAACCAGCGGACAGGGACACUUGUUGCAGCAGAAGGGGGAGACACCUGUGACUCUUUAGCCAGACUCAUCUCUGUCUCUUCACCUCCCUCCUCCCCUGCUUCAGCUUCUUCCUCUGAUUCUGGACUUCUCUCUGCCACAGACUCCCCCUGCUCACUAAGCCCUGUUACCUCUUCAGCUUCCAACACCUCCUCUUCCCUGUCUUCUCCCUCUGACCACUCAUCAUCAUACCACCUCCAAUCCAUGGGCUCUGAGCCUUCUUCCCUUGGAGGUUCCCCAGCUGGUUCCUCCUUCCAUUCCUCUGUGUCCAACCAGUGCAUGGCAGCAGGCAAGAUUCUACCAAGUUGCUCAGCAAGGGCAAAGCUUGUUAAGAUGCACAGACCUGUUUCCCCCAACUGGGGCGUAUGUGGGCAAUUAAGACUGGGAAACUGGUGCAAGGGAUCCAAGUUGCCCCUGCCCGCCUCAUGGCUGCUCAGAAAGGGAAAACAGUGAAAGCACUGGGAGGUCUGGUCAUGUCAUGUCCUGCACCAGUUUCACCCUAAGAAGUCAACUUGCUCCCGCUCUCUGGUGGCUGAUUGACAAGUGUGCUGGCACUCCAUUUUUUUGGGUGUUUUUGUGUGUGGCAAAAUCUGUUUUAAUUUUAUCAGAAUUAGAUGUUUACUAAUUGAUAGCACAUGUAAUCAUUUUGAUUUGUUAAAACGCAGUGUUUUUUACACACACACCCCCCUCUGUGCUGGCUGACACCACUAAGACUUUACUACCGCAGCAGGGCGGGUGGUGGCGGUUGUGAGGUCAACCGUCCUUUAAGGAGAAAGCUUUUUAAUCUGCAAAAUUGAAUUGCUUAUUUGUUUUAAUCAUUUGAGCUGAUUUUAAUGGAGCUGGGUGUCGGUGCCUGUAUGUGUGUUCCCGUUCAUUGUGCAUUAUCAUUGCCCUUUAAAUUGGACAACACUUUUGGGAAUUUGUAUGGAAAGCAAAUUGUAAAUAUAUCCCUCAUAAAAGAGGCUAAGUAGACCCUGAAUAGUUUUUUGUAGUUAUCCAGUGGUGGGGUGCCCCCACAUAUGCUACUUUACAUAGGACAGCCUUCCACAUGAAGAAGUCCUGCUGUUUGAAGGGCUAUAAAUAGCAGCAGUAGUAGUAGUAGUAGUAGUAGUAAUAGUAGUAGUAGUAGUAAUUCACAAGUGGCCGCUUAUUUGUGGUGGAGUCCCUGGGCAAAAUACAUUUUUGUGGAGGCCUUGCCUCCUCCAACCUGAUCACCUCCAGCUGUUUUUGCACUCCCAUCAGCCUCAGCCAGCAUGACCAGUGGUCAGGGGUGUUGGCAGCUGGAGUCCAGCGACAUCUGCAGGGCAACAGUUUGGGGACGGGUGGCUUGCGCAUUCCCCCUCCUGCCUCUGAGUCCACUUCUCAUGCGUGGCUGGAAGAAGAGAACAGGCAGGGGGAUGUGAACAGGUGGUGGAGGGGCACUCAGGGGUCUGUCAGGGGCGGCAGCUGUGCUUUCUCUUAUUGCAGGCUUGGAGAAGACAGCAACAAGCAGGCAGUGAGGAGCAGCAGGGCCCAGGGGUUCUCUGCUGGUUGGCAGUGGGCUUGACAGAUGCCUGGCUGUGCUGAUCCCUGCAAAACAAAGCAAAAUCGGAGGGAGCAUGAUGAAGGCACGGUUCUAGCACGCGCUGGAAGAUUACCUUCCAGUGCUUGCACACUCCUCUCUACAAAAUGCCUCCUUCCCCAUGAGCUCAAACACUGGACACUCAUAGCAGGGCAAGGGCAGGCUCAGAUGAAGUCCUACCUCACAUAAAUCACACACACACACACACACACACACACACACACACACACACACUACAAACACGAAAAGCAGUCUUCCUACCUUAGUGGGCAAUGAUUGCUGGCUCAACAGCACCCCCUGCUGACCAUAGCUACUCUUCCUGAUUUGUACGCUUGGAUCCUGAAUUUUACGUAGCAGGCAGAACAACUUGAUUCAGCUGAAAACGAAGAGGGAUGAGGCCUCUGGUAUCCUCAGCAGGCCCAAGCCCCCAGACCUCCUCGCUCCACUCAUCUUCCUGCUCCCUUCACUACCAUCUACAAAUUCACCACUGCCUCCUCCUGCAGGAGACGCUGAGGCCAAUAAAUCUGGGCCUGGUAUUUUAAUAUUUGCACACUUCCUCCUUUAUUUAACUAAACCCAGCUGUUGGCUGAGCUUUGACUCACCCCACUCCAUUCAGAAACUAAUUCAUUGAGUCCAGCUCACCUUCAGUCUCUUUCCCAGGGUAAAUAAGUCACUGCCCCUCAUUUAUCUCCGCAUUUGCCUUUGCGACUGGUGCCUUGGGAAAACAUUGGUAUGUUUUGUUGCAAACAUCAUCACUCUUUGGGGUUCCACUCUCUCCCAGGGAUCACUAGCAGAUUUUAGAGUGGGGAAUGGGUGCGUGCACAGGGACACCAGGGGCCCAAUUGGAUAGUUACCAUAAGACUGGCUGAAUGUCCUCAGCUGGAUAGCUCAGUUGGUUAGAGCGUGGUGCUGAUAAUGCCAAGGUUGCAGGUUCAAUCCCCAUUUGGGACAGCUACAUAUUUCUGCAUUGCAGGGGGUUGGACUCGAUGAUCCUCAGGGUCCCUUCCAACUCUAUGAUUCUGUUCUAUUCCAGAUGCGUAGUAGGUGCCACUGCAGUGGCAGAGGCAGGAGUAUGCGGCAGGGGUAUCCUUACACCACUGGGAGCUUGGCAGAAGCUUUGUGCCAAAUGCAAGGCGCCAGCUUGGGACUCAACACCCACACCCCUCCCAAUACCAACCCAAGCCCUGUGUCCCAAGACCUUCAGAGACUUCUCUCCUCUGCAUUCCUAUUGGCAGCAAACAUGCUCUGUGUGUACACUGAGGAAAGAGGCUGCUGUGUGGUGGCCCCUGCUUCUGGGAUGGCCUCACCUGGGAGCACCUCUGACACAGACACUUCUGUCGUUCUGGUGACUUGUGAAGACCUGCUGGCUAAAGCAUCCCUGCUUGAGAGCGAGUAACCCACUCUGUAGUUUUUCAAGUUGCUUUUGUAGUUUUAAUGUAUCUUUAUUUGUAAAUACAAGUGUAAUUCAUUUUAGCUGCUUUAUUAUUGUGCCCACUUACAAGGUUUUUUGGGGUGGGGUGGGGGGUUAGUAGUUCAUGCAUUUGUAUAUUCUACUCUGCCCUGGGACAGAUUAUGAUGCAGGGGUGGGCUAUAAAUAUGCCUAAUAAAUAGACAAUGAAUUUAAAAAAUGCAGAUAGCUAAAAGCCUUUGGCAACUCUUGAGAUGUGGGGCUGGGGUAGGGGUGCUUCUGAAGAUGUCCAAGCCAUGAGGAUAUUUAUUUAAAAUACGUUUAUACCCUCUUAUGGGACCAACCUUCACCAGGCAGUUCCCGUCGUGCAGAUAUAGGAUUAUAAUACCGAGUAAAAGCAAGAGCAGCACAAAUGAGAAACGUAUCUAUAUAUAGCUAUGUAGAUAUCUGCAGAAUAAAAGGCAGCAAUAAGAUUCGGCAACAGUAAAAUAGCAGCAAGACAAUGAGACCAAUAAAUAGUAACAUCCAGUUUCAGUCCAAGAAAAUUAAAACAAAUAAAAUAAUUCAGCACCACUUCAGUUAAUAGCAGCAAAACGAUAUCAAGAAAAGGCUGUUUGAAACAGGCAAUUCUUUAAUGCUUAUUUGAAGGUUGCAGCGAUGAGGUUGUCUGAGCCUCUUUUGGGAGACAGAUCCAUGAAAGUGGGGUCACUGCAGGCAGGUCCCCCGUUUGCCAUAUUUGAAAUGAGGUCUUGGUUAUUCUCAGGAGCUGCUGUUCAUUUAUUUCGUAAAGGCCAAAAAAAAAAAGUCAGGAGUGUAAGUGAUAUAAAAAUGCUAACAUGAAUCAUGCAGAGUAUAUGUUCUUGUAGAAGUGUCUAACCUCACUAUAAUAAAAGAGAACAUUAAAGAAUAUGUUGCUACUCAGUGAGGGCAUUACUAACUGCGUGUUUUACUUUUUAUAUAAAAAAAAUGAGAACGUUCCAUAUACUGCUGCUUUAAGCCUGAGUAAUAACUUCAGAACUACCCAGGGAGCCUAAAUGUAGCCAAAGGGCUGUAUGUAUGUAUAAAGCAAAUAAAGGAAAAUAAGUAAUUGUCACUUAAUAAUUUAUCUAAAUGCCUAAGGGAUACUUGAGAAAUAAUCUUUAUUCUUCAGAAGGAAUAGGCUUGCAGUAAGCUUGUUUUAGAGAAGUAAUGUGGUUCUCUCCAGAAGUUGCUGGACUCUCAACACCCAUCAGUCCUGAACAGCAGGACUACUGGGUGGAAUGAUGGGCAUUGUAGUCUAGAAAUAUCUGCAGUGCCCAGGGGCAUAGCAUUGGAGGGGCUGCCAGGGCAAGUGCCCUGGGCACAUUUUUCAUGUGUGUAUGUGCGCGCUACUCACGGCACCUUCUCCGAACCAGCCCUGCACUGCUUUACGAAGCUAGGAUUUGAUCAGCGGCUUGGGGAGGGUGGCAUGAGAAAGAUGCAACAGUCAUGUGCCCUUUGAUCCCAGCCUCCUGAGGGAUCACUGCAGCCUUGCAAAGUGGGUUGGGGCUGGUAUCGCUCGGGUGGCAUUGGCGGUUAGGCCUGGGCUGGCACGUGUCAGGCUCCGUUCGUCCUCCAUGCCCCACACUCUGCUCCCCGGGCGCGCGUGGGAGCACACCCCGGGCACCACGAGAACACGCUCUGCUGCUGGGAGUGCCAGAGACUCACCACCCACAAAAACUUGCAAAAACCUCUGCUGGAUCGGAGCAGUGGCCCAUCAGCAUCCUGUUCUCAGAAGAGCCAUCCAAAUGCCGCUGGGAAGUGAACAAUAAGGACUUGAGCACAACAGCACUCUCCCCACUUGUGAUUCUCAACAACUAGUACUCAGAAGCAUUACAGCCUCUGACCUCCAAUUAGAAUUUGUCUAAUCUUCUUUUAAAACCAUCUGAGUUGAUGGCGAUCACUGCUUGCCUCUUGUGGAAGCGAGUUCCAUCGUUCAGCCGUGCACUAUGUGAAGAAAUGCUUUGUCCCCCGGUGGUUUAGAGAAUUGGAAGGAGCAAUAGCAAUGCGCUCUUGAUUAAGUCCAGCAGCUCAGUUCUUGUAAGCAUCUCUCAAUCAAAUUGCAGAGGAAGGAACUGAGCAAGAGGGGCUCUGCUAGGCUCUGCUUCUGGCUGAUGACCCUCAUCUGUCUCUCUCUCUUUUCUCAGUCGUCAUUCACACGGUAGGACCCAUCGCCCAGGGGCAACCCAGUGCUGCGCAAGCAACCGAACUCAGCGACUGCUACAAGAACAGCCUGAAAUUAACUGUAGAGAACAAGCUGCGGACUGUGGUGAGCAGACAGGGAAGAGGCUUAAGGUGUUUGAUAGAGCAGGUGGCAAGGCUUGAUGCAAAUCUGCAAGGCUCAGCCCUGGGACUUGCUCUGUAAGUGAUGAAAUAAUUUACACAGGUAGUUCUUGAUAUUUUCUUUCUUUCUUUCUUUCUUUCUUUCUUUCUUUCUUUCUUUCUUUCUUUCAAAAUGGGGGUAUUUCUCUACCAAAGCCAGCCAGCACUUUUCCCAAGCACAGCUACUCUCCUAGAGCUGCUGACAGUGUAAUUUCCCCUUCCAUUCACCAAGGGUACUUUGAAAUUAAAUCUGAUCGGAAUGGAAGGCACAGGAAAUAAUCCAGACAUCAGAUACAAGGACUGUGUACACACAUCUAAAGCACCCCCACCCCACAAAGAAUCAUGGGAGCUGUAGUUUACUCCUCACAGAUACAAUUUCCAGCACACUUAAUAAACUACAGUUCCCAGGAAUUUUGCAAGGGUGCUUUAAAUGUAUGGUGUGUACGCAGCCAAGGUCUCUGGUGCCUGCUUACAUCUUCAGAAGGUGCAGACCUGCAGCCCAGUUCAUUGUGUCUGCUCCCCUUGGCUGGACUACUGUUCCUUUCCCUCCUUACAAAAAGCCAUCUCCCCCAAGUCUUCUGCCUCCGCCAGUGGUCAGCUCAAUGUCCCAGGAGAGCUCACAACAGCAGAGAUAUUUCUAGCUACCAUCCCCCUUUCGUCUGCUCUUCUGAUACUGCACUGGAGCGCGCAAGUUGAAUGCUUCGCUAUUAUGGCUGAUAGAUAAGACAGAUAAUUAAAUUAAUUAGGUUUAACCACAGGUCUAAAUGAUGAUGACAGAUAUAUAUUUGUAAUACAAUUAGAAAGCAGGGGCUCACAAUCGAAAUAUAAAAUCAUUGAAUUCAAGCGCUGUUAAAUUGAGUUAGCCUUUUAUAAACCCAAGCUUUCAGAAGAGAGCAAAAGCCUCCAGCUCUGUGGUUUAUCUGCAGCACAUGGGGCAGCACUGUAGGACGGCCAUGCUGGCUGGGGCGACUGGGAGUUGUAGGCCAAACCCUCUGGAGGGCACCAGGUUGACAAAGGCUAUUUUAGAAUAUAUAAGCUCUUGUUCUUUGCUGCUGGGAAUGGCAGGCCCUUGCAGGUUCACCAUCCAUCAUUGGGCCUAUUCUAUGGCUUUCUGCCGAAUUUACAUGGGAGGCAAGGAGGUCUUUGACUGCCAGCCACCCCUGCCGUGAGGUGCCUCAGGUUGUAAGCCCCUCUUCAACCUUCAGCUCCACACCUGGAACCAGGGAGUGGGAUGGAGCUCCUGCACCCUUACUGCUGCAGAUUAAGCACCCAGAGACAGGAGUGCUCAUGCACAUGCAGAAUCUCUCUCACGCACGGCCUUUCUCCCUACAGGCCUUCCCCUGCAUUUCCACAGGCGUAUUUGGUAAGUAUCGCAUGGGAAAGUGGGAGCAGGGGGAAACCGUUCUUCCUUAGGCCAAGAGAUAGAACGGAGGUUGUUCCGCAGCACUACAGCUCUUCCUUCUCCCUUUCUCAAUAGGCUAUCCGAACGAUGCUGCUGCUGAGGUGGUGCUCAACACGCUGCGCAAGUGGCUAGAAGAGAAUAAGGAGAAGGUGAGGGAAGAGGAGGAGGAUGCAUCUGGCUGGGGAAAGUGUGGAGGAGCAGGUUUGAGCACUGGCAGGUGCCUCCCCAUUUGAGACCCGAAUUCUUUCUUCCAUGCUGGAGAGUGCAGCAGGGGGAAGUUUUGACUUUGGAGCAGAGCUCAGUCUAACCAUCUCUCCUGAUCCAGUUUCAGAGCCCCCUUGCUCUUUAAGGCACAGGUGGAUUCAGCUCAGAGGCCACACGCUUUCCAAUGAGGGAGGGUGGGUGUGUUGCAUGCCAAUGAUGGCAGGGCUACGCAACAUUCCAGCCACAUUAAAAAGGAGGUUUCCCUCAGUCAGUAGACUCUUAAUCUCAGGGUAGUGGGCUCAAUCCCCAAGUUGGGCAAACAAUUCCUGCAUUGCAGGGGAGUUGGACUAGAUGACCCUUGUGGUCCCUCCAACUCUACAAUUCUAUGAUUCUACACAUGCACCCCCACCUUCCUCAUCCAGCCAGGCAAGUAAGAGGCAAUAUUACACUUCACAGGCCCAAUUCCAGCAAGCAAGAGCGCUUGAGGGCAGAAAGGCGGGCCAGUGAAGGGUGAAGCCUCAGGGUGAUUCUCGAGGGCCAGACAAAAGCAGCCUUCACAGCCCCAUUCAGACCCCAGCCUGAGUAAAACAGGCAGGCACAUGCAAAUGUUUUCUAAUUUUAAAUACAUAAUUUUUGGAGAUGGGUGAAUAGGUAGAUGUGUGCACCAUCAGCCCUGAAGAACAAAAAAACCAAACCCAAGGUAUUUAUCUAAAACACUAAUAUAAAUGACAGAGGAGGAACAGAGCAAAGAGCAAGAUGGAAGGAAAGCUAAAAAAUACCCAGCCGUGGAAGACAAAGCAGGAAGAGACGCAUGGUUACGCAUGGUGGAUCACACCAGCUGCAGGCAGCUCAGAGCAGCAACAGACUCCAACUUCCAUCAGCCCUGGUCUGGGUGACCAAUGGUCAGUGACGAUGGGAGUCCAGCAACACCGGGGGGGGGGCAGGCUUCCCAGCCCUGUCCUGGAGGAGCAAAUGGCACAGAAUGCAAAGGUGCAGCUCUCACUCCCCCCUCCAAUUCCUCUUCCUCCGGCAGGUUGACAGGCUCAUCAUCUGUGUCUUCCUUGAGAAGGACGACGAGAUCUACAAGGAGAUGCUGCCCCGCUUCUUCCCCGUGGGUGAGUUGGCGGCAGCAGCAGGAGGCCUUUUCAGGAAAGGAGGAUGCUUCCGAUAAGCUGCUGGUGGGCCUUCCACAAAAGCUCCAGCUCUUCAAGGGAGGGCGAGAGGGAAAAGCCCGUCGUGGGGGAUUCUCACCUCUCCCUUCGUUUGUUUCCAGCUUGACCACACUCCUCACGCUCUCCAAUGGGGGUAAGAGCUUUCCAGCACCGAUUGCAGUGCGGAAACAGGCACAGGGGAGUCUGCAUGCGCCGCUUCCCCGGCAGCCAACACAGACUAACCUCUUCCUCGUUUGCUGGAUUCCCAUUUCACUUAGGGAAUCCUGAGAUGCGAGAGACCUGUGGCUGGUUCUCCUGGUGUUUCAGUUUACAAGCAGCUAUAAAAGGUUCCCCAGCAGAGCAGUGGCUUGGAGGAGGGGCAGGGCCUUUCUCUAAAUCUCUCCACCUCCACCUCUUUAUCUCUCACACAAGUUACUAUUAGCCUAACUUGGGGGAGGUGGGGGCAUCAAAGGUGUCCUAUAGGUCAUUGUUCAUGUCUACCCAAACAAGCCAAAUACCAACUGCGGCCACUUUAGAUUUAGUGGGGGCGACACCCAUCCCGUCAUUGCUCCUUAAGAAAAAUAAAAACAGACACCCCUUCCCAUCAGCUUUUAAGCAGAAAUAGAAGUAGUGGAUCAGUCAACGACAGGUUUCCUGUGACACAUGUGCCCUUUAGCCCUUACGUGCAUGCACACGCACACACAGGCACUGCUGCUGGCCUCCAGGGUUAAGAAGUGGUCACAGCCAGGAGUUAUGGGGUCCUUUUCGAUCCUGGGAAGGAAGCACAGAGCAGCUAUCCAAAAGCUCCCCACAACAGCCUCAGAAUCGGGGUUUGAGUCCAUGAGGUUGACAGAGAGGAAGGAGCCAGCAAGCCAGGAUCCCCUCCUUCACAGAAAGCACGAAGGAUUUAGAGCCCUGGAAGAUUGAGAAGGGUUUAAAAUGCUUUUGGCUUGGGGAGGGGGCAUUUUGGGACAUACUUGGUUACUGCAUUUGUGGGGGUGGGGAAGAGAAGAACACCUUAGGGAGUAAUGUGGCACACAGUGGUCACAACAGCUGCAGAAAUUGCAAGUUCGGGGGAAAAUAAGACUGGAAAUUGCUGCACGCAGCAAAGAACACAAACUGAAGCGGCAGCAGUGCUAGGAAUCCAGGAGGUAGCUGGUGGGGCUGAGGGCCAACCUAACACCUGCAGCACUAACAAAAGCUUGUUGAGUUGGGGGUUUGGUGCUUGUCUAACUGAUCACUCAGUCUCUCUCCCCCCACCCCCCCACCCCGCUUUAUUGUUGAGGAAUGGAAACAUUUGCUCCUGCAUCCUUCUUUUUCCUUCCUCCCCGCUCCCAAAGCUGCAAGACUUACUCCGCCAGCCAGCAUGUACAUCCCUUGCUUCGAGCCCUGCCCUCUGCAUACCCAUUGGGCAACUCAGGUCAUGCUGAUGAAAUAUGCUGGGCAGAGGGGAGGCAGCCCUCAGCCAGCAAGCCUGACCUUUGCCUCUUUCUCUUCUCGCCAGAUGCCUCGGGGGUCCUGCCCUCCCGCCUCUGAGCUCGCUUUGCAUUGACUAUCCUACCCCUGCGAAGCACCCCGCUGCAGAAUACACCGUGGCUCGGAAGAGGCGCAGUGCCCAGACAAGCGCAACAUCCAGGAACUGCUGUUGGAAUAAAUUCAUGCGAAACACACUCCAGUUGCACGCCUUGUGAGAUUGGAAAGGG